CCUCCACUCUACUCCGACGACCGACACGUUGUAUAGGACGUAAACAAAAACGAAAACCAGUCCGAGACGCAACUCGUUGUACGCUUGUUGUUUAAUGUAACGAUACUCCGUGGUUUCUGAUACACGUUACAUAUUAUCCGUCUAAGUUCUAUUUACUUGUUCUUUCUGUGUUUUUCGUUUAUUUUUUUUGAUUAUUCAUUUAGGUAUUAUAUUACAUAUUAUCGAAAACGAAAUGGUAUUCGAUUAUUAUUAUUAAACGUACACCCACAGUGUUAAUUAUUAUGACGAAAUUCGGGUGUACUUACCAGUUAUAAUUUAUCGCCGUGUGUGUUGAGGUUUUAGUUUUGUGUCUGUGCAUAUUUUUUUUUUUUUCAAUGUUGUUUAUUCUAAAGGUUUAUAGCGCCGAGAAAGAAGUCGCGCUAAGAAUUCGAUACGGUGAGUACUUUGAUAUUUGUUUUUAUUUUUGUAAUUUAUCCAACGCCUUCAGACGUCUGUACUUUUCCUAACCUACCUACCUGUCCUAGGUACCUAUAUGCACCUACGUUUGUAGAAAAUUACCGCGGUAAGUACUUGGUAGGUAUGGUAUAUACAUACCUAACUAGUAGUUAGUACCCGUUAGGAAUAUUAAAAACAUUAAUCGUAGGUAGACGGACAUUCUUUUGUUUUGUGUUUAAACGUUCAAAAAGUAGUCACAAUUAGAGGUACCUACUCAAUAGUGAUGACUGAUGAAUAUUGUCUCAGUAGUAUUUCGAAACGGAAAAAUCAUAAUGUAUAAGUACCUAAGAAAAAUUGAUUAACAAACGGUACCGGUCACACUUUAGGUAAAGGCGACUCGGAGGAUCAAGUUAACUCGUCAAAAUUUCUCCCACAUGCUCAUCCAGUAGUAUUAUCAACUUAGCAAAUACGAUUAUUUGUUCACAGACCGUAUUACUGUACGCUAUAAAUCUAUUCGGAUAACGUAAUGUCUAAUGAUUAUCUAAUUCCGUAUUUCAUCGCUAUUUUCGCUUUAAAAUAUUUUUGUUUUAAAACAUUAAAUUCACAAUGGGCAUACGGCGAUCGGUAGCACAAUUUGUCGCAUCUCCGAGCAUAUACCCAAAGACAAUCUAACUAAUAAACAGGAAAAAAAAGAGCUGCUACUGCAGACGGAUGUGUUACUGUUGUAGGUGGGAAGGUUGGAUAAUUAGUUAUUAAUUAUACACCUAUAAGCAACGAUUUGGAGUGAAGUUCGGUUAUACGUGUUUUGAAAAGCCGUAAUAUUUACGUCAAAAUUUAAUAUUAAAAUUCUUAUAAAAUAAAAAUUAAACUCAACUUUUUAUUGUUGACCACUAAGUACAACGUGCAAUGAACCUCCUGUUCAAUUUCGAACAUUUCUGUUUAGUCUAAUAAUUUUAUCCACAAAGUACCUAUAAAUAUAAAAAUUACGUAAUAAAUGUGGAAAAAUUAAAAUGUCUAUAAAUAGUCUAAAAAUGGCUUAAAUGUUUUUUAAAAUUUUACUACGUCCAGAAAAGACAAAUAUAGUUUAUCUGUUAACAUUUCAAGUUUGUACUAAUGUUUCAAACUGACUUGCAACAGAAAAACCAAAUUGAAAAUAAUAAAAGCAUUAUUAUCGUAAAUAUCCCCGUUUUGUCAACGUUUUUGUUUGGUUUUGUUUAAUUUUUAAAAAACUACAGAGAAAAUAAAAAAUAAUGACUUUCUUAUACACCAACAAGAUUAAAAUUGUAGUUUUAUACAUCAAAAUAGAUUUGUUUUCGUUUUUUCAUUGGAUCAAUAUUUUUUGUAGAAUACAUAAACCGUAAGAAUUUAAAACAAUGCCGUAAAUUUAUCUGUUUAUUUUUUUCUUUUCCGGAUUUUCGAAAUUAUUUUGGCUACAUGUAAACUCCUACAAAAAUGACCUUUUUACCUGUAUUUAUAGUGUAAACUCUUACAUAGUCCUUUUUUACCUGCCAAAAAUAGAUGUUUUAAUCUCCUCUACACAGACUUUUAUUUACAUUUUAGAUUCUGAGUGUAGCGAGUGGUGUAUAUUGGUUUUACAAUGAUGUUUAUUUGAGAUAAUUGUACUUAAAUGGGGAGAAACUUAAGAUUUUACGAUUUCAUUAUUUUAAGUAAACACUCACGAUGUUUUAUACCAGAAAUAGUUCUCUAAUAGAAAAAUUAUAAAAGACAUUUUUUGGAUAAAGAUUCGUAGAAACUUAAGAUAAUAAAAUGUAAAAUACAAUUUAGCUAACAUAUUAAUAUAAUGUAUCGUAUUGAAAAUUCUUGAACAUUUCGAUAACACAUCCGACUGAUUUUUAUUCAUUAUAAUAACUAGAAAAAAAAAUUGUUUUACUAUAUUUUGCUUUGAUUUUUAAUCAUUUUACUUUUUACAACUUUAAAACUAUCUAGUGUAGGAGUUAACACUAUGUCAAAGUAGGAGAUUACCUGCUUUUGUUGGAGUUUACCAUUCUCCAUUAUUUUAGAAACCCCUUGGAAAAUCAAAAAUGACCUGUUUAAUGUAUCAACUGAAUAAAAUUCCUUUUCAGAAAAGGUGCUACACUUGAUACAUUGGAGUAAGUUUUCUUUUCAAAAAGUUAUUUACAGGCAGAACAAAAAAACCAAUAUAUCCUUCGCUCCGCUCCGACUCUAAAAAGGUUACAUCAAUUAAAUAAUUGCGGCUUUUUCUUCAAAACAUGCGCCCUCUCUUCCCUCCCCUUUAAUCUGACUGAUAGUGUAAGUAACUAUAAUGUUCUUAGGUAAUUUAUAUAUAAGGAGUUAAUAAUAUAAUAUAACAUACGUAUACAGGGUGCCUAUAUAAUUUAUACAAUGAGCAUAUGUACUGUCAGGUAUAUCACGGCUUAUCUGACUUACUAAUUUUAACAUGUGCAAUAUUUUAUUACAAGUAAAGUAGGUAUAUUUACAUACUAAUAUAUAUAUUUUAACAUUUUUUUUUUUAACCAGAAUAAUAAUUAACCUAGUGUUAUAUUUAAUUUAGAUAUGUAAUAUUAUUAUAAAUAUACUUAAUGUCAAAUGCUUAUUAUUUAGUUUUUGGUUUACAAUUUUUAAAAAUUGUUAUUUUCUGAAGUCGACAUUUUACGUAGAAUUGUAAUGACAAUAGUUUUUUCGCGAUAGGUAUCCAAUUUUUUUUUUUUGAUUUGUACCGUCUGACUGUAUACAACUAUUACCCAGGUUUCUUAUUUCGUUUUGUACAAUUAUUUUAGAUUUUUUUUAAAUAUAAGAAAAUGACUUAUAAAUUCAAGUCAAAACACCUAUACUUGAACGUUUUCAAUGUCGUCGUUUUUUUAAAAAAGUUUCAAAACACAAAAAAAACCAUUUCUAUUUUUGUAUUUUUGUCGUUGUCGGGUUUAAUACGACUAUAUUAUAACAAUAAUAGGUAUAUAAUAAAAAUGAAAAUUAUUUGAUAUUAAUUUUAGGUACGCCCGUUAUAUUAUUUGAAAGUUAAAAAAAAAAAAAUAUUAUUUCUUCUCGGCGGGACGUAAUUAUGUUUUAUUUUAAUUUUUGUUAAUAAUUAUUUUAUUUUAUAAUGAUAUAUUAUGUAUGUAUAUAUAUAUAUUAAUCGCGAUUUAUCAAUAUCCGUUUCCGUUGAAAUUUAAUAUGCUUUCAUUUUUUUUUUUUUUUUUUUAUUAAUCAAUAUUUAGAAUUAUUAGUUUUGUAAUUCCGAUGCAAUUUCUAGUGAUUUAUCGUGACGUUUUUUUAUUAUAGAUUACAUCCUAUAUUUUUAAAUUUAUACAAAAUUCAUAUUGUUAACAACGAUUCAUUAAUACCUAUUUACUGUUAAGUCUGUUAUUAUAAGUAUUGCGCAAGUAUAGAUAUACAUAAUUAUUUAAAAUAUAUUUUAUUUCAAUUCGAUUUUUUAAUGACAGUUAAAUAAUAUCGUAUUGCAUUUAAUCAAACAUUUUUAUUAGUUCGCUGUUAAAAUAAUUAGGUGUUUGUUUAUUUGUUGUUUUUUUUUUUUAUUACGCCAACUAAUAUAUUCGACAAACUGUAAUACUCAUAUUGCUAUUAUUUUACACGUAUACUUACAAUGCAUUAUUUUUUUAAAUUUUUUUUUUUUUUUUGAACCUAUAAUAAAUUAAAGGUUUUGAACAACUCAACAGUAUUUUCUUAUGUAGGUACUUACUCAGUAAUAACCGAGGCAAUAGUAAUAAAUGAUAAUAUACGUAUUGAAUACAUCAUGUAUAUCUUACUCGUCUUAUAAUAUCUUAAAAAUGAAUGAUUGUAUGUUUUUAUUUUUUACUAAUUCUUGUCGAACGAAAAUGAUGCAAUUUCGUUUAAAUCCUCAGGAAAUCACGGAAAAUUACUAAAAUAUUAUGAUAUAAAAAUAAUUAAAAAGUGUACUGUCCAACAAAAUAAAUUUAACAAGACUUCCGAGACGCAGAUGACCCAGAUGACGGCUUAACAUGAUUAUCAAUAAUUUAUAAUAAUUUUCAAUAAUUUAAUAAUAGACCAUCAUAAGAAAAAGAGAGAGAGAGAGAGAGCAAGACGAAGGAGAAGAACUAGAAUAAGAAUAUUGGUUACUUGUAUUUUCUGAUUUAUAGGUCCAGAAUGUAAAUCACUGAUGGAUAUUGUGUACACCAGAUUCUAGAAUACCAUGAUUUUCCCAUCGAUACUGAGAGUUUCUAAAAGAUUACAAAAUAUUUUCUAAAAAAAGAUUACUAAAGAUUUCCUUAAGAUGUUCUAUGAUGUUCUAGAUGUCACUAUCAAAAAUGUGUACACUGAUUUUCUUUAAUGAUAAUUACCCUCCGGAUAGAUUAGUAUCCUAUCGAUGUUUAAUCGAUGUGGAUAUUUUAUAUUUUUAUUGCGUCUAUUCAAAAUGUCUUAAAUAGUAGCUAUUCAAAUCUUUUCAGAGCCUUUCUAUUGAUUUAGGCAAUAUUGUCGGUAUUUAGUAGUUAUAGUUGUUUACAUAAAGCUUUUGAAUAACAUGGACAAUUUCUUGUCAAUUAAUGUAUUUUAUUAAUCUAUAGUUUUCAAUAGGAAGAUAAUUUUCUUAUUAUUUUAAAAUAAUUGAAAAAACAAACACUUUAGAUAAAUAGAAAGUCUAGACGUACCUAAAUUAAUACCUACGUAUACCUACCAAAUAUAUUUAUUUUUUUGUGUACACAAUAGUUUUAGAGAAAUUGAAAUUAUUAUUAAUUAACCUAAUAGGUGUAAAAGUAAAAUGCUAAUCACUUAAUGAUACAGGUUGUAAUCCCCGGUUGUUGUGUACAGUAUCUUUUUAAUAUUUACGCGGAUAUACGACAAACCUAUUGUAAUAAAAUAGUAGUACAGUAUACGUUUAUGCGUUUUAAAGAGUUAAAUUAUACAUGUUGUAUUAUUUUCCCGAGUAUAAGACUCGGUGUAAGAUGUCCGGUGAAUGCUAAAGUUAAUGCUCGAUAUUAUAUAUUAUUAUAUACUAUAUUUUGCAAUAUGGACCAAACCAUAAUAAUAAGACGCCAAAAACAUUUUAUUAUGUCUCUUCCAUUGAGUAUAUAAUAAUAUAAUAUAGGUGCUUCGUGUAUUUUGUCCGGGAUUUUUAGUUUUUAUAAAUCCAGUGUCUGAGUAACCCGUGGAGUCACGGCGCCGCAUUUUCGAAGGACAAAAAGAGACGGGACUACGGGAGUGUCUUGAAAAAAUAAAAAUAUAUACAUUAUAUAUACUAAUACGGUUUGGCGCCGUCGUCGUCGCACCCCCAGAUCCAAAUGUCGUACCAUCCGGGCACCAUUGGUACCAUAUAUUUACUAUAUUAUUUGUACACCGUACAGAUAUUUUUUUCAACCCGAAAUAUACGCGUACAGACAGUUGAAUAGUAAAAUAUCUAUGGGGGAAAUCUCGAUGUUGCAAAAUUAACAACUGGUUUCAUAUUAGUAAUAAUAAUAAUAAUAAUAAUAAUACGUACACGUAAUGUCAGUUAAAUCGUCGGGCUCCACGGGGUCUAAGACUGGCGGCCGGAAAAGGCGUGGUUCUAGAUCACCCACUGGAACCAGUUCAAUAAUUUUUCUUAUAAAUGGCGGUUCUCUUGUACCAGUAUAUACGAAUAGAGGUGCGUAUAAGACUGCUUAUUUAUAUUAAACAAAAAAAUAAUAUUUAAUUAUUAUUUUAUUUUGAUCAUGUGUAUUAUGUUAGUUUUAAAAAUAUUAAUUUACAGGUAACAGUCAUGUUACAAUAAUAUGCUUUUUAAAAUGUUGAUUUCCAUUUUAAUAACAUUAUUAUUAUUGAAUAAGAAUAUUGGCGAAUACGAUUAUUUUAUUGUUAGAAAUUAUCGCGUUCAAAAGCAGUCGUCACAUCUAUAUGCAUUUUAGACAUUUAGUUUUUUAUAUUUUUAUCAUUUAUAAAAAUAUUUAAAAAAUUAUCUGAUUGGUAAAUACGAAAACAUAAAAAUAAAAUGUUACUAAAAAAUAAAGUUUCGUUUGUGGUCAAUAAACUAUAGGUGUACGGGUAGGUCAAUAAAGUUCCUGAAAUCUCGCGUGUUACAAGGAAAUAAGUAGAUAUAGACGAUACAGAUAGUAGUAAUAUCAAUAUAAUAUCUUUCUUGUAUAGGUACCGAUCUGAAUAUAAUAUACUAUGAGUACUUACCCGUGCUAGGAUUUUUUUUUUACUUCAAGCCAUUAGGACUUACUAGUUAUUAAUUAUUAAUUUUGUUAUCGGGUACAUAUCAUUAUUAUAUUAGGUAUAUCUCGAAGAUAAUUAUAGUGGUCACUAACCUUAUUAUAUUUGUUAGUAAUUUGUCCGGACACACUAGACAUACGAAUGUGUAAUAAAAAAAUUAUAGCGUGGGAUUACACUGCAGGUGAAAAUCAUCAAACACAUUAAUGUUGUACUUCUUGUUGUAAUCUAGUAUAGACGAUAGUAAUAAUAAAAAAUAUUACAUAAUGUGAAUUAUUUUAACUUGACCUUAUAGAUUAAGUACCUACCUAUAAUACGAAUCAUUAUUAUUAUUUUUUAAAUAUAAUACAAUAAAUCAAACAUUAUAUUAUACUUCAACUUUAUAUAUAUGUAUAUACGAGUAAUAUUAGCAAAUUCUAGAGUGAUAAUGUCUAUUUCAAAAUUGGUUCAUGUUGAUUAAGUGUUUAUUCAAGGUCUCCGUGGCCCCUUUAUCGUUGUCAAAUUAAAUAGUUGUAAGUAUUACAACGGGAUUAGGUCGUCUUUAUAAUGUUAAUGUAGGAGUGAAUAGUGUGUAUUGGACAAAACUCUGAAAGAUUGCAGUAUACACUUUACACAAACAUUAGGUACCUAAGUGAAUAAUUGUCUCAAUUUGUUGAAUUUAUAUAUGUAAAAAAAUUUUGCAAAUAUUAUAGGUGUCCUAAGUACAUUAUUUAUUCACACUAGUUGUACAAUAGUUGUAUAAUAUGUUUCAAUAAUUACCAUCUUGUUAAAUAUUUAUUUUAUUUUAUUUUGUUAAUAUUCCAUCUUAAAUGCCUGAGUACACGAAAGGAUUGGUCGUUAAAAUUGUCUGCGAACACGGUUUGAUUGAAGUUCAUUUAUCCAGGUAGUGUUUGUCAACACGUCGGUUGGGCGACCAAUAUCUGCUGCGGUUGUCGCGUGUGUGGCUAUAUCUGCAGACCGGGCGGAAUCUGCUCUUUGUUAUCAUCUUAUCAUAUUUUAAAUAACUAACGAGACCGUCGUGAGGCCUGUCAACAAAGUGGUUUUAUCGUCAAGCAAAUCGUUCCUUGUAUGGGACCCUUAAUUAAGCUUCCGUUCUAUCAGCAUAUUUUGAUUGUGUAAUUUGCGUGUCAUUCUGGCUCAGUUCAAAUGAUGACAAGUCGUGACAUCAUUCUGUUUCUGUGUUCCUUAACAACAUAUAUAAUAAUGCACUUUAACGUUCGAUUCGAAUUUUAAUUUUCCCUUUUUUUAAGGAUAUAUUUAUACGUAUAUAUAUAUAGCUUUAAUUUCUCGAACCUAAUACAUAAUAUACGAAUUAAGUUUCGAGUAUGAUUCACGGGUAGGUAUAAAAACAAUGAAUCAUACGCGUAUACGGCAGAAGGGUUGUUGUUGUCGCGUGACUUGGGUUUUCACUUAAUGACUAAUAAUCAUCGGUGAACAUCAGCCGUACUUGUUUUGAGGUCAUGUAUGAGUAGUCACCAUAAUACACUAUAUAGUCGUAUACCUAAGUAGGCUUCUAAUAGGGAAAAUUUAAUGGCGUAACUCGAAUCCUUUUAUAGGGGAAAAUGUUAUCUAUAAGUAAGUAAUUAUAUCAUAUUGUGUAUUUGAAUAUACUAUACUCAUAUUUUAAAUGUAAUAUAUUCACUAUAAAUUGACAAUGUGUAAAUUGAUAAAAUUCGUAUAGGUAGUUUAAGUUUCACGAUUUAUUUAUUAAAAGUCGUGAUUUAAAAUGUAUUUCUACUGUGUAAGUAUUAAAAAAAAAACUUAAUACUUUUAAACAUUUUAUAAUACCCGUUGAAACGUUAAAAAAUACGAUCUGAUUGAUUGGUAUAUUUAAACAAAUAAGUGAGAAAGAACACAUUCUGCACUACUGUUUUUUUUUUUUUUUUUUGCAAACAACAAAUAUCUGGAACGACCGCAGCGGGAAAAUAAAGCUAGACAGGCAGUCUGAAAGAUAGGUACUUUAUAUUGAAAUCUAAAAGUAUAAAUAACCAAAAGUGCCAAAAAUCUCUUAUGCUUUAAAAUAUCGUUUAAGCUAUUUUAUUUGCGCUAACAGUGCCAACAUUUUUUUUUUCCUAUCUGACAUUAUAGAUUUAUUUCGCAGUACUCCCAUUUUACAGCAAUAUUAUAAUAUUAAUAUUAAUAUGGUUAUUAUCAAUGAAUUCGGAUAAUUUUGAAACUGUCGGAAUUCUAAAAUGAUAUACUUUUUUAGAUAAACGCGGUUUGUUGUACGCAUUCGUUGAACGCAUUAUAACAAUAACAACAUAAUUUCUAGAAUUAAGGAUGACGGAUUCUUUUGAACUUAACCGUUUAUUUAUGUCGUACUCGGUUUAUACCGUCGUAUUAUUUUAUUUUACUUUGAAUAUAAAUAAUGAUUUUGUAAAGGUAAUAAAACGACGUCUCCCCGAACCUAUGAGGUCAAUUUUGUGUCGUUGUAGUGUACAGUAAAAUAGAAGUCGUAAAAAAAAUUAAAUAUAUAUAUAUAUAUAUAUGUUUAAACCGGUUUGUCGGGAAGCAGUAAUUGCCCGCGGGUCGAUUGCUUUUUACAAGUCUGCUGCUAUCUCUGAUACUUCCAACGUAAUAUACAUAUACUGCAACCUCCGACGCUUCCAAGUACAGGUACCAAUUAGAUAAUUUAUCCACAGACCUGGUUAAAACCUUGAAUAUCGGUGUUGUCAUUAAGCAAUCAUCACUCAGAUUUUAAUAUAAUUAUAUCUGCUAAAAUGUAUAGCUAUACACGUGAUCAGUGAACGAUAUUGUUUUGUUGCGAAUAAUUAUGAUACAAAAAAAAAAAAAAUAAAUAAGGAUAAUAAUUGAGGUAUACCUAAAAUGUCAUAUUAACAAUAUGGCAAUAUAUACAAUAUAUACAAAGUGUGUUCUGAUAUGUUAUAUCUCACGUAUUACUAUAUACUCAUAGUAUUGCACGUAGCAAUAGAAAUUAUUUUAAACAUAAAAAUAAUUUAGUUGUUAAAUUAACAUAUUACCAUAUUAUUAUUUCCAAAAAUACCCCCCCCCUAAUAAAACCUAAUAUUUUGUUAGGUAUAUGUUUUAAGUACAUUAUGUUUUAACGAUACACGGACCGUUAAUUAAGGUUCGUAUGCACACAAUAUUAUACCGGUGUAUAAAUUACAAUGAUUUUAAAUGGUCCACAGACAUUUCUUAUGAAACCGGUUUCGUUGCUGUAGGUUCAUAACACAAGUCAAAAAAAAAAACUAAUGGUUGUAUUUCACAGUUUUAAAACUUAAGAUUUUUCUAGUGGGAUUAGUUGUAACGUUAUUAAUAUUAUUCAAGUUUAUUUGCGACCCAUUUUGACCUCCGAGGUUCUGAAUUUAAUUAUUUGUCACUUGUGCCUAAAGUAAUAAAUAUAGUUAUGUUAUAUUUUUCCACUAGAAAAUAUGAUUCGUCAAUAACAGCCGUCGUAUACGAGAGUAUGAGAUCGCGAUAUAGUCAUCUUUCAGUUUAAAAACAUAACUACAAUGUUGUAUUUUAUUUUGUACUUUCGACGAUUACAAUAAACUUCUAUAAACUAGUACAGUUAAUAUUAAUGAGUUAAUUUCAAUUCCCCAUUUCCUCGAUUAAUAAUUAAUAUACACAAAUCAACCGAAAUUUGUAGUUGGUGAUAUUUCAAAUAUUUGAAUUACUCGCUUAGAUGUAUAAGAUGCCCUAAAGUUACACUAUCAUGAUACUUCACAGUUCAACAAUCUAGCCGGGGGAUUCUAUUGUUCAUUACUCUAUUUCGGUACCUACGUUCCUUAUAUUAAAGUAAUUUUUUUGUAAUCCUUUCAAUAGAGUAGAGAUAUUCUGUUAUAUACUCGCGUUGUUUAUUUUUUUAUUUUUGUGCACCCGACAACAAUGGCCCUCCAUUAUUCGACCCGUUCUACACGACUCUUCGUUCAUUAACCGUCAGUUAGUCGUCGCUGUCCUCUGAAGACUACUUUUUUUUUCUUUUCGCACCUGUCUCGAUUUUUCACGCAUGCUCAUCCGUAGAUAAUGUUCGUUGGGUAUAGGUAUUUCGAGUAUCGGAAAUGAAUUUCCACACUCGAUAAUAUUCAAUAUUAUGCGUGUAUAUAUAAGUACUAUGUAUCGGUACAUUUAUGUAUGUGUGCACGCGUGUGUGCAUUAUCUACGUAUUAUUUUUACAUAUUCUGACAAAAGUAUAGUAUUUAAAUUGGUUUGAAUUUACUAUAGUUACGCAACUCUUGUAUACUAUACUAAUAAUUUGUGAUUAAAUAAAUUGUUUUUUUUUUUUUUAUGUUAAAUUGGUUUUCAACGUAAUCAAGGUGAUCUGAAGUUAUAAUUUUACAAAAAUACAUAUUUAUUUACCUUAAAAUCACCACGUCCAAAUAUAUUAUAUUUGUAUUUAUAAUCUAUACUCUCGUGUACACAUUUAGUAAAUCAUAUAUGAUUGGUUGGGGAAGAAAAAAAAUAAAAUUCCCAAUAAGGACACAAGAUAGGGGAAGGCAUGGCUUUCGGACUGACCACCUUAAAUAUUAUAUCUACGCGAACAUUAAUUAGUGUGUAAUAAAUGUGAUUUUGCAAACUACAAUAUUACAGUUAGGUUAAAUGCUUAUUUCAUUAAUUUCUAUCUAAUGUAUUUGCGUAUAAAUGCGUCUUAAAUAGUCAUUAUUAAUUUUAAAUUAAUAAUUAAUAUAUUUUUAACAAUAUUCAGUAUCGUACGAAAUCGAACGUAAAUAAACAACCCACGCAGAUUUGUUUGUCGAUAUGAUUUUGUAAAAUUAGGUACUUAUAGUUCAUAGGUUAAAAUAGCAUAAAAUAUUCGGUACCUACUUAAUAUUUUUGGAUAAUUUUAAUUUACAUCGACGGAUUAUUCUCAUCGACUGGAUAAUUCAAAAUGCUUACUAUAUUAUAAUUUUUUUUUAUCGACUUACGUUCUAUUUCAUUUGUAGUAUUUUGGCACACAUAUGCGAUGACGCAAAUGUAGUGCCAGACUACCAUGUAUUUUUUUUAAAUGGUUUUCUUUAUUUUUACACUGUUUGUUAAACUUUUGAAUACGAUUCCUGUUAUAUGUAUUCUUUUUUCUUUUACAAAAUACUUAUUCAUUUUUACCUAUUUAUUUAUUUUUUAGAUGAUAUUUGAAUUCACAACUUUUGACGCUCUAGACACGCUUUAUUUGUGCAGGUAAGAUUUAUUAUUAUACAUUACUCAACUACAAAUUUUUAUGAUAUUGUUAGUAUUAUAAUGUUAUUGUGAUUGUGUCCGCUUUUUACUGAUAUUGAAAAUGUGUCAACAUGUAUGUAUAUAAUAAUAUUAGAAUAUAAUAUUAUGAAUUUCAAUGCAUAAUAUAUAUGCAUAUAUUUGCUAAAUAUUGCAUUAAUUUGGGUAGGUUGUUAGCUUACAAUUAAAAGAAGCUUUUUUUUUCUUUGUUACAUCCGGAUAAAUUUAGAUUAUAAUACCUACAAAUAAGUACUGUGAAAAGAGAAAUAAAAUAUUGUAUCUUAUCUUUAAACCCUAUUUAGUAUAAUAAUUUGUACGGGCAAUCUCGUAUAAAAUCUGUCUUUGAGUAUCCAAUAUUUUCAGUUAACCGACACGUUUUGCCGCUUAACCAGAGUCAAAACAUAAUUUAUUAUUUGAAUCGUAUAGGGUUGUCUUGAUAUAUUAUCUAGGUACCUUUUCGUACACCUGCCCGUUCUCCAUACGCGAUCGUUCUUUUGUGACAUGUUUGUAUAUAUAUAUAUAUGUAUUUAUAUAAUAUUCGGCUCGACUGUUGAUUUGUAUAAAAGAUCGUAUUAUAUUUUUACGAUAGAAAUUCUUGGGGUGUCUGCAUUAUUGUACAUAAUGUACAGUAUUUAGUACAUGAUACGAUAUCUACGGAUUACUGCGGGUAUUUUUAAGCUGUUCAAUAUAAACACCACGGGCCAUUUUAUUAUACGAAUAUUCGACUUAACGGCUCGCAGCUCGACUCAUAAAUGGUAGAUCGUCAUCGUUCUGUUAUUUGUGGUUACCCACUCGUAAUAACGACAGUAUUUUUUUAAAAGUAUUAUUUUGUCGUUUUUAACGUGAUCAUUAUUAUUGUAGUUGUUUAUACUAUUUUUUUGCCGACUGGGCGGACAAAAGAACCGAGGGUUUAAAAAGUAACGUGUCACCGUCUAACAAUACCUAAUUGCGUGAAAUACAAAGCUCCGUUUUAGGUGUAUGCAAUGGUUAGAACGGGCUCUUGAAUUACGUUUUAGUACCUAUUUAUUGUUAUAAGGUGAUCUUGCACAUUAAUAUUUUGUAGUUAAACUUUUUGUUCACUCUUUUUGCUGCACUAAGUAACUGCAUAUACUAUAAAGACAAUUUAAAAUUAAAAAUGUUUUCUAUUAUAUUCACUAAUAUACAUGUAGGUAACCAUUUUAUAUAUACGAUUAUCAUUAAAUGUGCAUUUUGUAUUGUAUUUAGUUAAAAUUGUAUAAAAAAAUCGGAUAGACAUAUUUAAUAACAUAUAAAGAUAUUUAAUGUAUAUUAUAUUUAACUUGACAAAUGUGUUAAUUUGAAUAUAUUUUAUAUUCGCAGGAGUAUUAGUAGUAAAGUAAAAUACGAAUUAAUAUAAUCGUAUUUACUUCUCUUUCAUGCAUAAUAUAUUUUAAUUUGUAAAUAUAUUUUUACUACUUAUAUUUUAAAAGGAAAAAAAAAGUAAAUUCAUAAUGGCAACCUGCACUGCAGACUCCGUGGUUCAAACCAGCUGGAGAACACGUCACGAUUAUUCUUCUCUUCGCCCCCGCGUCUAUACCUUUGUCGUUUACAAUAGAACUGGUUUGCUGCAGAAGCCACCGUUGUUCGGAAUUAUAUGAAUCACGCAGCAUUGACCGUUUUGUUGUAUUUUUUCUCUUCUUUUCGAGACGCAAUACUAUAAAUGUUUAAUACAAAGUCGUUUUAUUCCUCUCAUUUUAUGUAUUAUUUCGGUUUAAUGAAUACAAAUAAUUUGUUAGUGUAUGAUUUCUUCAAUUUUUGUAUUAUGUGUGUACGAAAAAUACACAAAUGUGAUCGAAAAUGCGCGUGUAUUUUUAAUAUACCGUAUAGUUCAUUUUAACUUUUAAUCAGGGUGAAACAAAAAAACACUAAGUAGAAAGUUGAGAAGGUAGGAUACGUAAAGUCAUAUAAAUUUAUACCUAUAAUAUUAACGAUAAACCAUUGUUAUCGAAAAACGGCUCGAACUGAAGUUGGGUAAACAUGUUUUGAAAUGGCGUAAUUUUUACGAUUUUGGUCAAAAUUCGAACUUAAAUUGGUUUUUAAAAAAAAUUCUUUAUUAGUCUAUUAAUUUUAAUUGGCCAGUGGCCACUAAGUACAACUUAUGAUGAAACUCGAAAUUUUAAAUAUUUCUGCUCGUCCAAAACAGUUUUAAAAAUAAAACCAAACAAAAACUAAAAAACCUCGAAAAUAUGAAAUCCCUAUAAAUAUAUCUUAAAUAACUAAAAAAAAUAGCCGGAAUGUUUUAAAAAUUUUAUCAAGUCUAUAGAAAGAGGUUAGGUUAUACAAGUAUUAUGUACAAAUAUUGAGGCAGGAUUCGUUUGGACCAAUUUUGAAGACCCGUUUGGGCUAAAAAAAUAUUACUUUUAUGCAGCCCGUUUGGAUCAAAAUUUUCCUUAUUUUAGUUUUACUGAAUAUUAACCAAAUUUUGUGAGCGUUUCUGGAAAUUUAAAAUUAUUGGUCCAAACGGGUUCACUAAAUCCUGGUAUAAACGGUUUGCAGUUUUAUUAUUGACCCAAACAUUCCUAGUCCAAACGUGUCUUGCCUGCAAAUUGCAGGUCCGAAUUAACUGAAUUACAACAAUAUAAACAAAAUCGAAUAUAAUAAAACCGUUAAUACCGUGAACUUUCCGAUUUUCUCUAGGUUUUUUCCCAACUAUUAAAAAAAUAAACAAGUAAUAAAAAAACGACUCUCUUACGUACAAACUAAAAAAAAUUUCUGGGUGCCAUACUCUUUUAAGUUGGAAUAACAAAAUUAUUAACAGUUUCUUUCACAAGAUCUAUAGACCAUAGUAAAUACUUAUCUUUAUGAAAUUUAUUAAAGAUCUUUCUAAAUUCAACUAGAGAUUCGGAAUAAUCGUGGGAAUGCGGAAUGCCUUUGUUGUUAUACAUUACGUGCGAGACCUUUCAGAAAAAACAAAAUAUGUUCUAACGAUACAAUAAAUAAUGCGGGUGAGCAAUAUUUAUUAAUCUCAAUUGAGUUACAAGAUAAUAAUAUGAUAAAUAAUAUGGAUGACCCUUGUCGAUACACAUUCUAUGAGUUUUUAUUACUUAAGUUGAAAUGCGUAUUGUGAUUAUUUCGCGCUAGUUGAAAACGGAUUAUUUCCUACAAUAUGUAUUCAAACACAAAUGGGGUGGUAAACCUGCAGUUUUUAUAAUAUUAUUAUUAUUGUUUAUACCCGCUUACCAACCGCCGUCGGGCGUAAUCCGAAACCUCUAACCAGUCCGGAGAACGAACAGACGAGACGCGCGGAGUACGGUUUGAAGAUUAAAAAAUUACGCUGGGGAAAAAAAACCGGUCGCAUUGUCUCCGGCGGCGUGCGUUUGUUGCCUAACUGGUCCCCCGCUAUAAUGGCGCUGGUUCGGUUUUCCGUUUCUCGAUAUUCACGGUCAACUCGGUGUAAUAGCCCCGGCCCGAAGCCUCGCAGUCUGUGCUUAUAUUAUUAUUAUUAUUAUCGAUCCGUGGCCGUCGCAAGAUAUAGAGCCAAACGACACGAGAACGUACGACUUUUCUUAAUGAACCGUUGCGCGAUACCGCGAUGACCGUGAGUACAUUAUAUAUUGAUGUAAUAUAAUAAUAUUAUUAUGAUCAGACGCGUAUUAUUAUUACCCGUAAUUAGAUAAAAAAAAAAAAAACAACCGUGUACUACGUAUUAGUUAUAACUCAGAACCGCGGCAAUGGCACGAAAUAAUACAACUAUUAUACUGAUAUAUAGGUACUAUUCCCGCGUUUGAACUUCUCUGCGCUCGAGUCAAAAUAGAAUCGUAUUUUAAUUUGUAAUAUUGUUUGUUCAUUAUUAUAUUAUAGUAAAUUAUAUAUAGUUACCGUAUAAAUAAAUUCGGAAAAGUAAACAAUUGCUGUUCAAAUAAAUAAAGAAAUAGGCAUUUAAUUGAGUUAAAAAAAAAAAAAAAAAUUGUUAUUUAUUUAUAAUAAUUAUCGUAUAUAAAUACGAUUUUUAUAAUACAAGUAAACAACACGAUUUUUUGUAAUUAUUAUAUUUUUUUUUUUAAAUAAAGAUUUUACUUACACAGAAUGCUGUUUUAUCUAAACAAAAGGUAUAAUUUGUGCCUAAUCGAGUAAAGCGUUUUAAAACUAUUAUCUGAGCUAUACAUUUUUUAUUUUUCCGUUAGCCUGUGAUUAUUUGGAUUAAAAUUUUAGGUAGUUACAAUAUUAUUAUAAGUAAACGUGUCACACCAUCAUAGUGUAAAAAACCUUCUGCAUUAAAACGUUUCCUUGUAAUAACGAUCUUCAUUUAAAAAAAUGUUCCCUUUAACAAUUUACAAUCGCUGAUAUAAGAGCCUCUUGCCACUGGUGGUGCGAUGUGCUUGUCAAGUUGACAAUAUCGUGAAAAUAGGAUACAAAAAUAGAUUGAAAUUUUAAUAUAAAAAUUCAAUUAAAAUUUAAAAUAAAAAUAUGUCACAUACACGAUUAAAGUUUUAUGAUCAUUUUUACUAUAUAUGUAUAAGGUAAAUAUAUACGUGCAAAUAGAUUAUACGAAUAUGAAAAAUAUGUAAAUUAAUGUGCAAGCGUGCUAUUUUUAUAUAAUCGGUACCUACGCGUGUUAAAUAUUUUAAAUAUUUAUAAUAAGUAAUUGUUUUCGUUUAUAUAUUAUAUUAUGUUAUUUGUGUUUUGAAAAAUGUAUGUCAAGAACAGGAAACAAUUAUUGCCGUUAUAUACGCACGCCAAUUGUAUAUAUAAUUAAUAAUAUUUAUUAUUGUAUAUAGAUAAUAUGGACGCAAAUGAUUAAUAAUUAGAGAGUUAUUGGUCUAUACAAUAAGUGAGUAGUGGCCAACUAGGGAGCCGUUUUUUAUUAUAUUGGUCAGGUACCUGUCGAUUAUUAUUAGCGACGCCAUUAUGCGACUUUUCUUUGGACUUUUCUAAUGCUCUCUAGUAAUAAUAUAAUAUAUUGUGUAAUAAUCGUAAAACGGUUCGCCCCAUAGUGAAAUACUGUUAAGAGUUGUCCACUAUCUUGUUAUACCUGUAUAGUAUAUUAUAAGUUUUCUACUGAAUCAUUUGAUAAACUCAAAGUUAUAUGUAUUCUCUUGAUGAUACACUCGUAUACAUUUAUUACGCGGCCAUUUAUUAUUUGGCGGAUUGAUUACUGUAAUAGGUUGAUGGUUGCUGCAGUGAAUCUCUAGGAUAUAUAUAUAUUAUACACAAUCAUCUCAUAAUCUUAAUUAAUAACACGAUUAAAACGCAAAAGUAUAAAUAAUUGGUCUCAAUUCGUUUUAAUUACAUUAUAUAUUGUUUAAGAUACGUCUGGGAAUUGUUUUAGUACCUUUACAAUAUUGUAAUAGUGCCAGAUUGGACACUGUCCAUUUUCAUUUCGCUCAAUCACUGCAGCAGGUCAUGUUUGUAUACACGUCUGCAUGUGUUAGUGCCGAAUUCAAAUAUUAUAUUUGUAAAGUUUUGUAUUCGUUUCUAAAGUAUUUCGACAGCCAAAAUUAUAACAGAUUUAACCGGAUCAAAUAUCAUCUAAUCAAAUUGUAUAAUAUUAUACCUACAGUAUUUUUAAUGUGAAUUUUAGAUUGCAGUACAAAUAAAUAAAUCGAAUUGCAUCGUAUUGUUGAAAAAAAAAAAAUGAAUUCUAUAUUAAAAUGGCUAUUUUCGUAUGUAUUUAUAUAAUUUGUUAUUAUCAAUUAUAAAAUAUAAUACCUAAGUUAAAGAUUCAACUGUUACGCUUGUUACUUAUAUAAAAAUAUGCAUAAUAUAUAUUUAAUCUCGAUCUUUACUAUUAUAAAUAUCUAAAAAAAAAACUUCAUCGUUUUAAAAUUGUUAAAAUUAAAAAUUAGUGCGUACACAUGUAAGUGAUAUUUUUAGUAAUUUUAUAAAUGUUUAAUACGAUGUUAUUUCAUAUUCAUUUAAAAUUAUGAUGAAUAUAACUGUGAAAAUAUGUAUUAUAUUUAUGCGAAUUGUACAGCGUUCACGCCAAUAAUGUGUCUUAAAUUUGUUGUAUUAUGUAAGUGCGUUACGUUAUUACUAGUAAACAUACAUUUUCACGGGUUCUGGGUUCUGAGUGGUGUAUCAAUUCAAAAUUUGAGAUUACAAAUCUGUGCAUACGAAUAGAAUAAAAAUUGAUUGUACAAUUUUUUUAACGAAAUUCCAAAUUUAGAGUGCUAACGUAAUGGACCUGUAUUAUGUGAAAAGCUCGUAAAGUUCGUUUAAUAUCGUGUACAUUGUAGAGACAAAUUGUUUAAAAUCAAAAAUGUCUGUAGGGGUGUGUAUUCGUAGAAAAACAGAUCAGUCGAAAGUUUAACCUUGGUGCGUUUUCUGUGGAAAACCUUGAUCCGAUGACAAAUGAAGUAAUUUACAGUCUCCGUGAACGGACAUACAUUGUAUCGUAUAUUGUGAUGUGUAUUACUUGUAUUAUUAAUAUAUUUUUUUAAAGUAGAGUUUGCUAGUAAUAUUUUAUAAUGAUUAUAGGUUAGGAUUUUUUUUUUUUUUUUUUUGAUAUUAAUAAUAAUGUUAAUUAUUCGCUAUACAGUAAAAACAACUGUAGACCCUUAAAAUUAAGACGCAUCGAAUAAUAAAAAAAAAAUAUAAAAAUAAAAAUCAAAUAGAGACGAACAAGCGGCGUGCGUUGAAAUUUCAUUUGUGAUUCCGCGCACAGAAACAUUGUCUUAUUAAACAUUCUGAUAACAGUUCCACAGUGCUCGUGAAUUACUACUUGUACACAUAUUUUAUUCGAAAUGUUCACUAUAAUAUAGUUUUCGAACUCAUUGUAAAAUAUAAAUAUAAUACCCAUUUUAUUGAUAUUCAUGUAAAAGUGUAUUAUACAUUAUAUACGUAUAAUAAUAUGGAAGAAUAGUAUGGGUAAUAUAAGACAUCAUUGGCCUUCGGCGCGAGAUUAAAAUUGAAACGUGUGUGUCUCCACGGUCGUCGAAAUUAUUAUAGAACGGAGCAAUAAUUCCAACAGAAAUCGUAAAUUUACUAUAUUAUAGACGCAUACCAUCCAAUUUUACUUAAUUUAUCGUUAUACAUAUCUAGCAUUCAACGCACGAUCCGGUAGGUAUAUAAUACGAGUACUGCAAUAUUAUACGUCAUGAUAUAAGUGCGGAUUUUGAAUUUUUUUAAAAAUUUUUAUUUGGUAGCUACGGCGGUAUUAUAAAUUAAAAUAUUAUAAUCUAAUAAUAUCUUGAUCCACGGUCAUUUUUAUAACGCGGCUCCUGCAGAUAUUAUCGAAAGCCUAUAUACAGGGCGUUCCGAAAAUGAUUUCCCAUUGCCAACUUCAAUUCGCGACUUUUACCAUAUAAUGUAGUGUAAUAGUAUAUUAUAGCUUAAGGAUACCUUUGACCUUGCUAUAAUAUUAUAAUAAUAGUGUAUAGGCAGUUUGCAGACGUUCGUUCUUUGGACUAUAGUUUUACUGCAGCAGUAUUUAUAUGUACAGGUACCUAUUACAUUUCCAUAAGUUUUCAAUCCGAAUAAUUCGAUAAUUUUUCAUUUCAAACUACAUAAAUAAUUUUGAAUAUCAUAAAUUAGUCAAUGUACAACAACCCGUAAAUCGUUAAAAAUUUCGAAUUUUCAAUUGAACGUUUCAUCAUUGAUUAUGGAUAUAGUAUUUAUAAACCGAUUUAUCAAAAUUUUUUUUCUAUACUCUGCGGAAUGAAAUAUAAUACAUUUGCACUUGAUUAUUUUCUUGUUCCACGUAGGUUACGAUAUUAUGCAGACUGCAAUAAUAAUACAAUUGAACUAUUUUAUUAUUUAUACUCGCGAUAUGUUCUUUUUUUCAAUUACAUACUAUACGAUAGUAUACUGAAUUGAAUAUCCUAUAAAAAGCUACAAUAGAUUGUAUUUUUUUUCCAUCUGAAUGUGUAGUUGUUCUAAAUAUAUGCGAUUUUAGUGUGUGUGUUUGUGUUUCUCGUAUAAUAUAAGUAUAUCGGUUGUUUCAACGACAACAUCAUGACGUGCUAUUUCUUUUAUUGAUUCGAGUUCUACAUUGUACGUGGUUAUAAAUCAACUAUAAUAUUAUGUUAAAAUGUGUAUUCCGAAAGAAUAGGGAUUUUUUUUUUAAAUUUUGUUUUGUGAAAUAUUUCGUAUAUUCGUAUAGUUUUCGAAUAUUCUCAACCUGCGCACCGUGUAUUCUAAAACUGCGGCCCGAUUUUUUAUUCGAUUUAUACGACUGUUAUAUUAUUAUUAUACUAUCGUCUAAAAUCAUAACAAUGACAAUGAAUAAAACGUUUACUCGUUUUUCAGUAAAAUUAACAAUUUUCAUUUAUUUUAAAAAAACUUCGUGUUUGCUAAAUAAAUAAAAAAAAAAAUAAAAAAAAAAGUACCUUAGUGUUUUGGGUUAAAAUACUAUAUCGUAUAAUAUUGUACUUAAAUUAAUGCGUUAAAAAUGACAAUCGUCGUUAUUCUUCUAUAAUAUUUUCGAAUAAACGCGAUACUUAUUUUAAUAUUUUAUCGCUUCAAAAUAGUUUUCUCGUUUAAAUAUUAUUAUUAUUAUACCCACCUUUACAAAAUUUCUUGGCUUGACUGCUGUUGGCCAUGCGGCGUACGGUUUGAUAUUCAUACCGGGUCACGCGUGUACAUUGUAUUUUUUUUUAUUUUACUUUUGACAGGUAGUGUAAGACAUGUAAGACAUAAGAUGCAGGUGCAGUUAUAGAACGAUAGUCUACUCGUAAUUUUUUUUUCACCUUCUAAUCCUUUCGGGUGAAAAACACUCUAUAAGCAGUGAAAUUCGAUGACGACUUGUGUCAUUCAGGCCUACCCAAUAGUCAUAUGUUGUGCGCAUACGCACACUUUCCUGCUGUCCGGCUGCUAUAGAAUAUUACAUUAUAUAGGUUGGGCGAUGCCAUCUAAAAACACUAAAAAUAUAAAAAUAUAUAACCAGAUGGCUGAACAAAAAAAAAACCAACAAAACAAAAAUGUCAUAACUUAGGUAAAAUUGAUUUCUUAGUCGUUCGUUUUAAUUAAUUAAUAUUUUUAAAUUAAAUCUGGUCGUUUUGUAUGUCGCGUUGUAAAAUUGUGUCCGUUCAAAUAUAAUAUUUUUCGCGUUUUUUCUCCCUAGAGUAAAAUACCUGAGUGUUGAUAUAUCACGCGAGUUUAAUAUGAGUGCAAUGUAACGCAAGAAAACUUACAUUGGUUGCCAAACGCAUUUCAUAAGAUUGCAUUAAUCUCGAACCGUUUUGUCGAUAAACUCGUUUUCUUUAUAAUUUCAUAUGGCAAGUUUCUCUUGGGGAUUUUUUUUUUUAAAUUUAAGUUUAAUACAGCCGAAGUUCAAAUUGGUGACAUUAUAUACUAUUAUUACUGCUAUCAAUGUGUAUAUAUUAUUUUUUUGCAAAACAGGUAUUUAUAAGUAUCUCUAUAAUACAAAUGUUAAAAUAUUAUUGCUUAGGUAUUUAUAAUUAAAUUCAAUAUAAUUAAUCAUAUCUAUAGUCAAAAUGUUUUGACUUUAAACGGACAUAUUUAAUAGACUUAUGAAAUAUUGAAAUCGGUUUAGUAUAUCGAAGAUGAUUUUACAGCCUAUUAGAUUUUAAUUUAUAGAAUUAUAUUCUGGCAAAAAUAUUUUAUAAAUUACAUUUUAUAGAGAUCAUUUAUUAACUGUACUACGGAUUAAUUGAAUAUUGAAAUGUUUAUAUACGCUGAAAACUUUUCUCGUUUAGUUUUGAAAAAAGAAAACAAACAUUUUAUCGUAUUAGAAACAUAAUACUUUCUAAAGUAUUGUAAUAUCCUAUACAAAAAUUGACAAUCUCUACUAUACUCUUUAUGUAUUAUUCGUGAAAAUAUAUUUUAGUUUAUAAGGUUUGAUGAUAGCGUCACUGUGUGUUAGGUGAUUUGUUGACCAUCUGUAGCGCAUCGCCGGGAACGGUCAACAGACAAAGAUUAAUGAUCACUAAAUGUAUGGCGCGCGAGAUUAUGGUUUAUAUAAAAUUAGUCAAAUUAAAUAUAAAAAAAAUAUAUAUAAAAACUUAUUAAAACCGAUAACGGUUCAAAUAAAUACGCUGUCGAAACUGCUGCAGGGAGAUGAAACAGUGUCGGACAAUGCAUGCGUAGUGGCAGUGCCAUUAGCAGGGUUGCAAAAGAGAAAAAAAACAUUUUUGACAUUUAAAACAUGUUUUUUUUGUAAAUCGAAUUGUAUCAUAAUAUAAUGAUAAAAAUAAUAAUAAUUCAUACUCGUUUUCUUCAUUCGAAAACAAUAUAGAAACUGCAUAUUAAAAAUUUGUAUUUUUAGAAUGGAUAGGAACUAUAUAUAACUACAUAUUUUUACUCUUUGGAACGUAUUAGUAAUUUUUAUUUGAUUUUUGAACGUUUAAAACGUUUACGAAUAAAACGUUUUAAACAUAAUACUACUAGGAUUUUUUUUAAAUAUAAAGUGUUUAAAAUACUUCGCAACUCUGGUCUUUUAGCCAAAACACGCGUACGAGUUGUCACGAUCGUGUUCAUGAAGGGGGGAAAAAAUUUCUCGGAGAUUUUGCGGUCGUCCGCUAUUCGCCUGAACGAUUUCUCUUACACGCGAACUUGCACGUGCACUUACUGAUCGGAUGACUUACACACGACGUUUCUGUGAAAAUCGUAUUCUGUUUAGCGAUUUGUCACCUCCUCGUGGUUUCGAUACAAUUACGCGGACCGUAAAAUGUUGGUUACGAAAUUUAUAUACGCGAUAUAUUUAGAUUACACGCGUUUAACAGAAUAGGAAAAAAAAUAUCGGUUUAUGUGAUGAUGAUGAUGCACCAACAUUUACGUCAAUAAGGAAAAAAAAACGCCCGUCGAUCAAUGACUAUGACGGAAGAAAAAAAAUGUCGACAACGAUAACCCGUUAGAUAGUUUUUCGGCGAGCAGUCAGUGAUCACCAGUAUAUAGAACAAUUAUAUAUUAGGUUCUAUUUUUAAGUGAACAAAAAAAUAAUAAAAAUACGUACUCACCGUGAUCGGGUGCUAUAUACGUAUAAUGCUGUGUAUUUUGUUACCGCACUGUUUUAUACUCUAGGUAUAUUAACCGCUAUUUUAUAUUUAAGUAAACGAAACGAGGCUGGUGGAGGGGGGGAGAUUUGACAACCCAUCGCUGUGACGUUUCGUCGUUAUACCUGAACUCUCCAAAAUGUAUUUUCAAUUAGUACGAUUUUGGUGUUUGUCAUUGUCGUCAAUAAACCGGCGGGUUCGCUGCAAUUGGUCUUAUUGUAAUACUAUUAUAAUAAUUAUUACUGCGUUUGAUUUUCUCUAUAUAAACGACGAGAAUAUUCGUUGUAAAAAAGACAUUAGGUAGAUACUUCCUGCGUUUUUUUCUCUAAAUUUAAUUUGUGUACGAAAAAACAAACGUUCUCCUUAUAUUAUUAUAUAUAGUGUGUCGCCCUCCUUUCCCUAUUUAUUAUAAUAUAAUGGGUCGACGAUUCACAAUGAUUCGUAAUAAUUAUUACACCGCGUAUUAUUAGGUCGACAGUGGACAAAAUUAUCGAGUGUUAUUUCCCAUAAAUUUGCCGCAGUUUAUGACGUUUUUGAAAAUAAUUAAUAAUAUUGAUGUUUAUUUAUUUUACGUUUCAAUGACUAUUCAGGUUAUAUAUUAUACAGCUAGGUACUAGCUGGCAACUACCUCCAUCUCCGAUUGUUGUUUUAAUUCAAAAAUUAUAAGAGUUUACUGAGUCUACUAUUUUUUAUUUUUAAAUUUAAAUAUACCAUUAUAAUUAUUAUAUAUAUUGGUAAAAGUUAAUUCGUUUUGUAUCUAGUUAAACAAAUUACUUAAUAAUAGCAAUAAUAAUAUUAUGCUAACUAGGUAUUAUCUAUAAUAGUGUACAACUAUAAUUAUUAUUGGAGUACUACUGUGUGUAUACUAUUAUACUUAUAAUAAUAUAUACCGUGACUAAUAAAUUGUUUUUAGAAAAUUAUUAUUCUGUGUUUAUUAAUAUUAAUAUAAUUGGGUGUAUAUCUAUUAUAGUCUAAUCAUCAAUGACGAACCGAAAACAAGUUCAAUGUUAGCGAGCAACUUAAUAUUAUUAAGUUGAGGUUAGGUUAGGUUUAGUUUAGAAAAGAAAAAAAAAACGCACUUAUAUCUAAAACUGUUGCGGUAAUCGAUCGGUGAGUUUUAUUAACCGUGGUUUUUUUACCUAUAAUGUCUGUAGCUUGUAUGUUUGUGUUUUUAAUAAUACUUGAAAAUGGUUGUAUUAUGGUAAUUCGUAAUUUGACUGAAUAAUAUACUGUUGAUCGUAGUCUUUUUUUGUUUUAUAAUGUAAAUUUAAACCUAGAAAAACUUCUUGUAUAGACGCAGUUACAUCCGAGCAUAUUUCAAUUGUACUUAGGCUGGAAACUUAUUCAAGAAACGUAUAAACGGAUAAUUAAUUAACAUAAUCAUAAUAGAAUAUAAAAUUACGUGUACACGCUAGUUGAACAGUAAAUCGUGACUGCGCGGUCUAGUUGUAAAGUUUAUGUACGUAUGUUGGUGUAGAGACAUGAUUCCCGAUACAUUUACAGAAAAUCAGUACUAUGAAAUAUUGAUUGAAAAAAAAAAGUUCAAUGUACUCUUAGAUUUCGAAUUAAUCGACGUGUGUAAAAAUUCUAAUAUUUUCUUUAUGAUGUAUUUCAGAAUGUUUCACUUUUUUGGUGUACAAAUAUUGUUUCCAUCGGUUUAUAAAUACGUGAAAUAAUAUUAAUAAUAAUCGUCAAUAUAAUAUAUUUUCUGUAAGAACAUUUUAAGAGGACGUCAUACGCCACACGAUAUGCUAUCUCUCAUCCGUCAUACAAUCACGCGAUCAAUUUGCUGCAAAUUUUUGUUCAGCGAGGACAACACUGUGCGCCAUUAGUUUUAACAUUAGAGCAAAUUGACCAAUAUUAUCAAACUUGAAGGUAAGAACAUCUGUGUCGUGUCGUCAUUUAUUAUUCGUAAUUUUAAUUUCUGAGCGAUAUACGAAUGUGUGAAAUAUCAUGAUUUGAAAAUGUUUAUAUGUCGUUUAAAAAUUAAAAUAACGAAAAAAACUCCUACCACAUGACCCAGACAAUGGGCAUAUCUUUAAGAAGUUUGAUAGUUGGCGAAUUAACUUUGAUAUUAAAACUACCAGCACAUGGCAUCCUCUUAGCGUAAAAUUCGAUGGCAAUGCCAUCAAAUCAACCGACCACUGUAACUCAAUCGUGAAAAAAGACGAAUUCGGCCCGACAUUUCCCGAUAUAUCUACUGGUUACAGAAUGUUGUACCGAGAUUACAAUGGCCAAUCAGAAUACGACGACAAAAUAAACGCUUAUAAUAAUACCGAUAAGUAUAUACACGGUUAUUAUAAUAACAACUACUACUAUAAUAUAGUAUGUAUCCACUUCAACUUACCGUCUUAUACGAAUCAAAAUAACAAUAACGAUAAUUUAUAAAAUUUGUAUAGAUUAAAAAUUUGUUAUUGGUACCUGGUUAUAUGUCAUGUUAAAUACGUUAGCUAUAUUAUAAUAUUAUACACGAGUAUUUACAAAUAAUUUACUCGACGUAGUUGCAUAAUAAUAUUCUUAUAACUUACCUACAUGUAUCGUGUAAAAAUAUUACCGCGGAUAAAUAAUCGGUAUUAUAAUAAUAAAAAUAAUUUAUGAUUGCGUAAAAUUACGCUUAUAAAACAUGUAGAUAUAUUCAACAAUAUUAUAUGAUAAAUUAUUGACGAUAAUAUAUUAUGUAUAUGUACGUCAUGUUAUUCCAACGUUUUUUUACGGUAUAAAUAUGACUCUUUUCUCUCCACAAUCGCAAAGUAGUACGCCAAAGGCGUAUUAUAUAGCGGUUGUAGUUCAUCCUCCAGUAUCUAUCAUUUAGAUCAUCGUUUUUACACUUUCUCUUCAAAGCGCUUAUUACUUGCAACUAAAUACGGCCCGUCUAUGUAAUAAGUCUUCGGAUGUAUAGAAAAUAUCAGUGGCGGCUCGAAGUAUUUUUAUUUUGAAUCACAAAUUUAAUUUUUCACCCACCCGCCAUAACCCAAAAAUACCCCAUCACAAAUGUAUUGGAAUUGGUUAAAUUUCAAUACAAUUCGCCAACUUUAUCAAAUGUCCGAGGUCUAAAAUUCUUUGAUUAAAAUUUGUAUGACUUGUUUUGUAAAAACAUAAUAAUCUUUGUAAUAUUUCUGAACACCCAAACACUCACGAUACACGAUCCAUUUUUUUUUUUGAAUCAUGUAAUUCAAAUAUACCUCUUUCAAAUCGCCACUGGAAAAUCACACCAUAAUAAGCAUAUACUAAAGAAUAUAGUCUGUAGAUAAAUUUUAAAUUUAAAUUUCGCAAUGGUAGGAUUUUCACGUGGAAUUUGUCUGUCUUUUUUUUCGUGAGAAAAAAGAGCUUUUCAAAAUAAAAAUCUGAAUUUAUUUACCAAAAAUACAAUUGAACUAAAGGAACUUGCGUCUUAAAUAUUAUCUAUACACGCACGUUGAUCUUAUCUACGUCUUGGGUGAUACCUACAUAUAAUAUAGCCUGUGAUACUUGUAGAGUUAUGAAUAAAGAACGGAUUUAUAUGUAAUUAAAAAUAUGUACCCACCUAAAUAUGGAAAUAUAAUUUAAAAGGUAUGUGGGAAAAAAAUUACUAUUUUCGUGUAAUAAAUUUACAGAAAAUACAUUAGAUAUAAUCAUACAAAAUGAAAAUAGUGCUUAUAUUAUAUCACCGGAAAACGUUAGUUUUGGGUAAUUUCUUACUCGAAUCAUGUGUUGCAUUGAAUAAGAUAACGACUAGCGAUUAAAUAUGUAUAUAUACCGAUGAUCGGUUGUUUUCGUCCACUGUGACGUGCAGUUCAAAAACGUAUAAAUAAUGAAACGCCAAAAUAUCUUUAAAAAUAUGUAAUCAUACCAAAAUAUGUAAAAUGGAGUUGACCUAAUUUUAAUAAAAGUAUGGUUUGAAUCUUAAACUUUUCAAAAACAUUAAAUAUCUUAUUUCAAUAAAAUUAUGAAUUUACGUAUUAUAUGCUUACGAUGAAAUGUGCCAUUGUACCGGGUGUGAAAUCUGGACAAUAAGCAUCAUCGAGAAGAGAAAGCUAUAGAAGCAUUUGAAAUAAGGAAGUAAAUACUCAAGAUUUUGUGUUGAGGCUGAUUAACAAAUUAAGAUACGUUUUAAGAAGAACCCAAGAAAAAAUAAAACUUUGGCAAACUAUACAGUUUGUAGAAGUAUAAUUAAGGUAAAAUUGGAAGAGCGAAAGACCAAACGGAUUGAAUAUAUACCGCUAACUAUUCACGGCAAGGGAAUGGAAAGCUAAGUUAAAGGAGUUUUGACAAGGGAGCACGGAGACAAGCUGUUAACUAACCGAUCGAAAGGUUGAAAAAUAGAAAGAGUAAACGUUAUUAAUAAUAAUUAUUAUAAUUAUAUUUACUAAUAUUAUAUUAUAAAGUGUAGGAUGAUUUACGUUAAUAGUUGUCCGGCCGGCAUUGCUUGUGCUAAAAGAAUGUGUAAUAAAAACGUUUUCCCUUUGGAUUCCCUGUUUCAACCCCUGUUACUAUUACUGUGGUUAACCAUUGCUGCCCGUAAAUGUUUAAAAAUGCCUUUUAUUUAAUGUUUAUUUCAAAUUUGUAUGAAUUAGUUAUAUGAUUGUUAAGCAAUGAGAAACAUCUAUAAAUUAUUUUGUAUCCAGCCCAAACUACUGCAGGUUAGGUCUACUACUUCUAUACGGGUCACAUCGAGGAUUUCAAUAGUUUAAAACCUUUUCCGUGAUAUGAUCUAUAAUUAAAAAAAAAAAAGAGACCACGUAACGAUUGGAUGUAUAGUUUUGGAGAUUACCCUGGACACUAUAAUAAAAUUGCACUAAAUUAUAUAUAAAUAAUAUAAUAAUAAAUAUUAGUGAUAAUAAGAAAGGAUAAAAAUAUAUGAAUAUAUUAUAAAUGUAGGAUUUCCGAUAAUAUCUGCAUUAUAUAAUAAAGGUAUAAAUGACAAAAAUGGUGUAGUUUAGUUUAUUAACAUACAGGCGCACAUUCGGACGGGAGUCGUGUCGUGGAAUAUAUUGGUGUGGGAAAAAUGAAAAAGGUACGCACGCGUGUAAUACAAUCCCGGUAAUAUUUUAAGAAUUCGGAAACUCCGGAUUAUUAUAAAAAUACAUCGCGAUGAAUUUUUAUUAUAGGUAGGUACAGACAGGCUCUCUUUUCUACAUUCUUUGUGCGUAAAACGAAUGACUCCUCGACCGCGCAACGGCGGCGGCAAUCCCGCGGCAACGGGUUUCGUCACGUACUCGGACGAUUUCCGAACGCUUGCGGUGGGAACGUGACGAUCUCCUGGUACUAAAGAUUUACCUGAUCGAGUUUUCACAGGGUUUCCUCCACCCCUCUGGGGAUUUUUUUUCUCUUCACACGACGUACUUAAAAUACACCUGUGCGCGGAGGUUUUCGAGAAAAAUCGAUGAUACUAUACUGCAGUUGUGCACGCUGCAGUUGCAAAGUCGUCGCGUGAGAAUGCACGUUACAUAUAAUAGUGCCUAGUUGUAGUGUUACCUAUUAUACCUACCGAGUUUUCUCGGAUAUUCGAAUAUAGGAUACCAACCCGCGAUAAUAAUUUCUUAUGUUUAUUAUUCCGAAAAGAAAAAAUAAAUAAAAAAAUAGUUGUGUAAGAACCACGAAAGCCAUAAACGGCAAAAAAAAAAAAAACAGGUUGUACGCGACUCUGUGCAACGAGUAUACAUUAUUAUUAUUAUUACUACAUCGCAAUAAUAAUUACACACACUUACACACACACGAGCGUUGUAAACACACGUGUGUUGAAUUUACAUUAAUAAUAAUCGCUCCUUUCGAGCGGCUCGCGCUAAUAUAAUAUAAUAAUUUUUUAAUAUAGCUGCGAGUAGCGGGUAUCGUCUAUGGCGACGACGACGAUCGUUCCGAAUUUUUUUUAUUAUUUUUUUUUUCGCCGAUCCGGUUUAACAACUUACACGUGUACUUAUAUUUAUAUGCCGUAUGUAGCAUAUAAUAUAUCGUCGGCUUUUAAAAUCACAGGAACGUAUCGACCAAAAAUCGAUUUUAUUUAUGAUUUGUCUAUUAACUACUUUAAUGGAAUGUUUAUAAAGUUCAAAAGUUUAUAAUUUACAAUUCAAAAGUUGCAUUAUUCGCAUUAGGUCGAUGAUACGUUCAUGCGAAUUGAAUCCGACAGUGUAAACGACGACACCGUACAAUUAUUAUAAUAUUUAUAUUGUAUAUGUAUAUGUGAUGCAGUGGGUCUUUUUUUUAUGAAUAUGCACGACCACGCAAUAUCCACUUCUCCUUCUGUUGAAAAAUAAUCUCCAAUUAUACCCUAUACCUGUAUAGAAAGUUCCAAUCUUUCCACUUUAUAAUUCAACCUUAAAUUGUGACCUCCCCUUUACUAGUGAAAGCAUUUCAUACACAAAAUAUUAAGAGUAUAACUUAUAACCAUAUCUAAAAUCAUAAUUUGUAUCAGAUGUAUACAUAAUCUUAUCAGUUAUCUAUAUAAUAUAACCAUUAUUAUAAUAUUAAGAUGUGCUGUCUUUGUCUUAUACAAACACAGCAAAUUUGUAUUCAGCAGAGACAACUUUGUGCUGUCAGUUUUAAUAUUUUAGUGAAUUGACCUAAUAUAAAACUUAAAGAUAUUAUAAUAUUAUGUGUGUAACAUUGGGUUAAAUAUUUCAAUUUGUAAACGAGAUAUAAACAUUCUUAAACAUGUUGAUGUUUCAGAUACUCAUAUAUCUUUCUUUAGAAUUAAAAUAUGUAUCGAACAAAUAUUGCCAACGUUUUACAAAUAAUAUUCACAUCUUUAAGUUUGUUUUUAUAAUAAUAAUAAAUAAUAAAAGAACAAUUCACUUUAAUACUAAAACUAACUGCACAAAGUUGUUUCUACUUGUUGCAAAUUUGCUACGUCGUUAUACCUUUGAUCGUUAAUAAAUGUAUAGUAAAAACGUUGUUUAUUGGACACACAGUAAGUAGAAUUUUUGUCCAUUGUACAUUUAACUGUGAAACCAUUUGAAUACAGUAAAACUCCUUCAGAAAUGAGCUGCAAUAUUAUAAAUGAAAAACAAUGUAUAUUAUGUAUAGUGAAGAAUGGAGCAGAAGAGAAGAAAUGUAUGCGGUGGCGUCGUGGCGUUCGUUUUUAAAAUUGGAUUCGUGCAGAUUCGAAAACGAUUUUUAAUUUUGUAUAUAUUGGGAAAAAAUUAUUAAAAAAAAAAAAAAAAAAUGCAUUUCGAAUACGAUUGUGUAUAUAGUGAGAGUUGUAGUUGAGUAAAUUACCUAUCAUACCAACAGACAUAUAUACUAGAACUGAGUUUCGGAAUAAUGAUAAUAUUAUCCUCUUCUUCGAUGUAAUAUUGUAACGUAUACCUAUGCAUUAUAUAGUAUAAUUAUAGUAAAAAUUUAAUAUCAAUUGGUUUUUUUUUUUGCCUUCUAUAAUCUCAUAAUCGCGCUUCGACGAUGACGAAAUCGAACGUAAUUUUUGAAACCUUUGACUCGUGUAUUAUACACGAUAUACGCGAAAAUUAUUAUACGCCUGCAGUAGUACAGCACCUAUAUUAUAGAGAGCUACCGUGCCAUCUUAUAGCUACUAUUACGAUAAAUACUAUUAUAAUAAUAUCGUAUCGUACCAUAGUUUUAAUAUGUAUUUUUUUUUUACCGGUUUAAUAAUCGUCUGCGUCCGUAUCGGUUUUAUUUUUUUCUACGUAAAUCUUCCACAUUUUUUCUCUAUACAAUAAUAUUCUCUCGUAAAUAAAUAAAUACGACAAGCACAGUUCGAGUUUUUAGGCAACGCGCGCGUAAUAAUACUCGUAACUAGAUAUACUCGCACUGAUAUUUAACAUUAAUUUUAACAAUAUAAUAACAUAGUCUUCUGUACAAAAAAAAAAAACAACACUCGAACGAUUUUUCGGACGUCUGUAUAUAUACCGCAUAAGUAUAUUAUGCGCCACGUGUUCGCGUAUAUUAUAACCACGGUGACCGUUACUGAAAUGUACUACCGCGCCUAUAUGCACUUGAAUAAUAUUACAAUAAUGACGUAUCGUCGACCGUAUAAUUUCGGACGAACUCUAUAAAUAGGUAGAAAUAUACGCCUCGAAAAUCGAUUUAGGAAAUUUAAAAAAAAAAAAAAUAAUAAUAAACGCGCGUAUCUUGCACCUACGUCGCACAUUAACCUGUCAACGUGCAGCGGCACUAGUGCACGCGUAAAUACUGCGGGGUUAUUGAAUUUGAUGAUUUCGGUUAAAAAUAAAAAAAAGCAAAUAAAAAAAUAAAAUAGCGAAACACACAGCUCCGGUGUUCAAACACACGCAUGUAUAAUAUAUAUGUGUAUACUUAUAUAUAUAUAUAUAUAUAAUAUGACGUGAUAAACAAUCAAUAAUAACGGUCGUUCAAUAUUUUUUUAUUGCCAUAUUAUAUUAUUACUAAAUUAUUAUUAUUAUUGGGUAUAUAGACGACGUAAUUUUUCUUAAUCGUCCUCUAUGUACAUAUAUCAUAAUAUAGCUGCACUUGUUGCUGAAACCGUCAUUUCCUGUAUACUUAUGUACACUACUGCAAUCACCUAUAUAAUAACUGUUCGUGUGUUGACAUCGUCAUUUGGAAAUGCCAUCGUAAUUUUUAUUACCUAUACGUUAUGAAUUAUUAUUAUAAUAAUUAUAUUAUGGUUUUUAAAUUUCCUCUAUUAAUCGCUAUAAGUAUAGCAUAGUGUAGCGUAUAAUAUUGUAAUAGCAAACGUUUAAAGCUUAUCUGUUACAAUAUAUUAUUAUUAUAACGCAGUAUAUUAGUGGCACGACUAGCGGCCGGCAAAUCAGCAAAGUGAGACUGAUAACAGUCGAUAUCAGAGGCUCCCAAAAUGAGCAAGAUGUGGCCUUCCGAAGACAAAUAAUUAACAGUAUAGUGUUAUCGUGUUUUUUUUUGGGGGGGAGAGGUAUUUUAAAAUAGAUAUGUUAUUAUUUGUUUAUUAUAGACGUGUCACUAAAACUUAAAAGGAGAUUUAAGAACAGGAGGAAGUGAGGUGUCUAGUGAAAUGUUCGGAACGGUUUAAAUUUUUGAGAGGGGAUUUUAAUUCGAUUUAGCUCCGGAAUGUCCAUAUAGUUAUUACGUCCUGCCUAUACAGUAUCUUUAAGUGACCAAAUCGUCUGGUAAACUUUUGUUAGUUCGUUUAAUAAAAGAUUCAAUUAUACAUAUAUUAUUGUAGGUUACAACUAUUAGUUAUAUUGUGUUCGGAUUGGGUUUUGAAUUCUAUAUAGGGGUACCUAUUAUGUAUAUCGUGCAGUAUAAUUGUAUAUAAUGUAUAGUAAGGUCGUGUGGUAUUUGUGUGUGUGUGUGUGUGUGUGUGUGUGUGUGUGUGUGUGUGUGUGUAAAGCCGCAUAGUAUAAUUGUUCUACUUUAUAAACAUUUAUUGCAGUAUUAUAAAAAAAUAUCUAUAAAUUAAUAAUAAUUUAUUUCAUGUAUAUAUGAUUAAAUGAUACUUAAUACUUGAUCAGUUAUCAUUUAUUAUUAUUAGUUAUCACGUAUGUUUAUUUUUCUUUUGAUAACAACUGUUUGGAAAAUGCAGCGGAUAUGACUAUCUACUGCGGUUUUUUCUUUGUUAUCAUACAUUUAAAACUGUCUGUUAUUAACGCGAGAACAAUUUUUUUAUUCCCCACAUUUUUUCGAUAUCGUAUGUAUUAUACUCAUAAUACUCGUGUAUAAAUAUAGAAUUCGCUGUUUGACCACUAUAGUACCUAUAUAAUAUCUAAGAUUGGACGAGAAAAAUGCCCGCGACCUUGUGUAUGUGCACGUCAGUUGCAGUUCAUUUCACGUAUCGUCGAAAAAAAAAUAUGCCUGUGUUUGAAAAAAAAAAAAAAAAAAUGUACGUCACGUUUUCUACGGUUUUCGUUUUACUCGUACAGCUCGUACACAUUUACGAUAGUUAGACAUGCGCGAUAAAUUCAAAAUGUCAAAAUCUAUAUCGCCGGAUAUAUAUUAUUGCUAUUUUGUAAAUCGUAAUUUUUUUUUCCGCACCGGUGGUUAACAUUGAUCAUAAUAAUAAUAUUAUAAAGUUUAUUUUUUUAUGCUCUCCCUGCCCACGAUAUAUAGAUAUUAUCAAUACUAUAUAUACUCAUAUUAUUUCUAAUAUUCGACGUACGCACCUAUAUAGAGUAUAUCGUCGUUGUCACUCUGUGUAGAAAUGUAUAAGUUUGAUAUACAUAUAUAAUGUAUAUACGUAUAUGCACGAUAAUGCGAGUAUACUGCAGUAUUAUUAUUAUUAAUCCAGUACGCAGUUUGUUAUUUCUUUGCUUUUUUUUUUUUUUUACCAUAUACUUACAAUAUUGUAUCGCGUUCAUUUAGGUUAGUCCGUUGAACUCACGUACACGAUUUUCCCGCGAGUCGCGUUUACAGUGUUUGUAUACAUACUCGUGCGAUAUCGGUCCGCGUGCGUAGAAAUAACAAUUAUUAUUAUUAUUCUCGGUGAACAUUUACCUAUUUUCGCACUCUCUCUAUGCAUACAUAUAUUGUGUAUUGUGUAGUAGUACGGGCUGUAGGCAUAAGAUGCAAGUAUACCGGUAUUAGGUUCGGUACGGCUUUACUGUACGCGCGUAGGCAUGACCCGUGCGCGUAUAACCAUUCCAGCCGCGAAUUAAAAACCCGCGGCUCGCGUCAAGCACGUAUUCGGGGUCAAUUUUCGAAGGGGGGGGUUUAAAAUAUUUUUAAUACAUGAACUCGAUAUAGUUUAUCUUUGUUAUAUUAUAAAUAUAUGGGUUACCUAUUUUUAAAAUUUCGGAGGUUUUACCUCCCCCCCUCCCUUGUAUAUGGACUUGGCUCAAUUUAUGAUACGCAUGCGAUAACCCCGCAUCAAACAAGUGCGUAAUCCCCGUUUGAUACAAUAUACGAAAAGAACGGAACGCGAAAAUAUUAAUUGUGACGUGGAAAGGAAGUAAAAAUCGCCUAGAGUUGUUUCUUAUAUCAUUCGAGAACCGAACGGGAUCCUAGGCAAUGUCCUAUCCAUUCUUUAUUAUUAUCUAUACGAUUAACCCACGCUGAGAUGCCGCGGUGGCUCAGUGCGUAUACCGGGUGAAACAUAAUAUUAUUGUUACUAGCGACCGGGUUUUAUUUCGUCUGCGAAGAACGAUUAUACGCGUACCGGUCGCACGUGGUAAGAUGUAAGUAUAAGCAAUAUACUAUAGGUAGGUUUGGUACGAUGUAUCGUACAUUAUAAUAAAAUAUAAUCCUGGCACAAGCUAUACACGCACUAUAUGCAGAUAAUAUACAGUAUACACACAAAUACACACACACACACACACACACACACACACACACACACACACUCACUCACUCAUCUGGGAGCAACGGGCGCGUUUUAUUGUCGUGUAUUAUACGCGUAUAGUAUAGGUAACACGUAUAGUUCCCGAGGCCAAAUGGCGUGUCUUCGUCUGUUUACCGCGCGCGCGGUUAUUACCACGGUCUUGGUACCUAUCUGUAUAUUAUAUUAUUGUAACCGCUGCUUCAGCUAUACAGUGUACACGCACGCCGCACACGCUUUCGAUGCGUUUCGACGCGCGGUUACAUAAACGCGGUUAUGGCCAAUGGGCGAGAGAGAGGGGGGAGGGGGACACCGCGAUAAUGUAUAAUAUAGUGUUGUUAUGUACCGCAAGCAACGAUAUCUGCGUCGAAACUAUCGUUGGGGACGAUAAGUCUUCUCGACGACGGUAAAAGCGUAUACGGCUAUUAUAAUUCUGCAGCGUACGACACUCGAGGGCUAAUUAAUUUACAUCGGCCUGGGCAUUCCUCCUCUCAGGUCCCUAGGGGCUUCUUUUCUCAGUUUUUCUUUGUGAUAUUAACGUGAUUUUCGACCGUCCUCGUCCGGAUCAACACAACAAUACAGUAUUCUCGCUCGUAUUAUUCACGUGCGCCGAUUGAUUUAUAGUCUGAUGUUUCCUGCUCGUAUUAUACACAUCACACGUACUAUACCUAUGCCACGCACAACGUCGUCAUAAGGAAACCCAUCUCGAAAAUGCGUUUGUAUUAUUAUUAUUCGUUUGGCCCAUUUAGUCGUCUGCUUGUGAGUUUUCAAGUUCCUCCCCACCCUCGACACGUACAGCGAUCAUAACGAGUCUAUUAAAAAUAAUAAUAUAUUAUUUCAUCCAAAACAAUGGUAGACAUGUCUAGUUAUCUCAUCGUAAUAUUUUACCAGAUUUUUCUCGCGUUCGUCGAGUUCUAUUUCUCACGUUUUAUUAUCUUAUUAAAUAGUAUUUUAAUUAAGAAACACUGCAGUGUUGACCGAAGACUACCCGCAGACGGUUAUACCAAUACCUGUACUUUUUAGUUGUUGUAAAUGUCGUAUUAGUAUUAUAUUCGUAAGUUUGGUACUUAUUUUUAAUUUACUCUUAAAGUACGCUGAGAUGUUCACCUUAAUUUUUUUUUAAUUUGCCCGUUAGUAUAGUAUAAUGCAAUUUAUUAUAGCCAUACAAAUAAACAUCCCGAGUUCACGUACAAUUUGCUUUAUUUUCAAAAAAUAUGUGGCGACCUUGCUGAGUGGCAACGGCACCGGAUGCCACGUGUAUUAUUUGCUAUCGAUGUUCUGCGGUGGCGGCGGUCCAAAUCGAUUUCUUAACCAAAUCGUCCGAAGAUUAUUAUAAUAAAAUAACAUGCUUUGCGAAUAAUAUUAUUACACAAGUAGGUAUUAACCUAUACGCAACAAAUGGUGAUAAAAUAAAAUAAUUUCACAAUUGUCGGAUAGGUAUAUAAGGUACCCCAAUGACUGAUGGAGUCGCUCGUGGUUUAAUUUUCAAUAUCGACCCCGGCUAUAGCUUCGUGUACGAAACGAAAUGGAAAUUACUGUUCGCAUAGUCUUCGUAAUAUUGGCACGUUUUCAAUGCUAUGGAAAUUGAUGAUUUUAUAAUAUUAUCAGAUGUAUCCCUUAUACUUACUAUUAUUGUGUGUCGUAUGUAAUAAUAUAGCAAUACGCGUUCCACUUUCUUGUGAUUUUGUAUAAGAAUAUUACUGCGUGUAUAUUUAAAACAAAAAGUUAUACAGGGUAACUUCUUUUACCUUUGAACACUGAUAAAUAUUUUGCAAAGUAUUGACUUUUAACAAAAAAAAAAAAAAUGUCUGGUAAUUUAAGAAACAAUUAGAUUUAAAAUGUUACAUUAUUAAUAGUUUUUGUUAUCCUUUGAUAUAAAUUUUACUAGGGUGGUACUUUAGAGAAGUCAUUUUUUGAUUUUUCCAAAGGUUUUCAUAAUAAAUAGGAAAAAUUGGGAAUAUUUACGAAAUGUAUUAUUUUCAGAUCGUAUAUAUUACGGCCUUUCAAAACAUGUACAACCGAACUUCGCUCAGAAUCGUUUUUCGUUAACAAAGAUUAAUCGUUUCGUAUAGAUAUACAUUAAUUUCCCUCUAUAUUCUACUUUCCAAACUUCUCAUCUAUAACAGCCACCCACCCAUCGUGCGAAAUAUGUACGUAUUUUGUUGGGGGUGGAAUGACUACCCACCUACUAUUGGUUUUAAAAUGGUAACUACAUUAAAAGUUCCAUAAAUUGAUAGAGUGUUAGUAUUUAGUUUAAAUAAAUUUUGGUUUUGAAACUUUUGAUUUCUGUCUUUCCAUUUACGAAGUAUUCCACUUUAAAAUUUAGGUAUAUAGAGAGUUGUGGAAAACUAUUCAAACUCCGAGCUCCGUACCGCCAUACUAGUGAUACAUUCUACCCAUUCAAACUUAAAAUUGAAAUAUCUCGUGAAUGAGUUGAAGGAAAUCAAAAAUGUCAACACCAAAAUUUAUUCAAACUAAAACUCUAUCAAUCGAUGUAACUUUUAAUGUAACUUACCACUUGAAAAUCAAGUUGGUAAUUGUUCCAUCCCAAAAAAUAAUGAAAGUGUAACAUUUUAGAACAGCUUGUUUCUUAAAUUGUUAAAUAAAUAAACUUUUUUUGAAAAAAUUCAAUAGUUUGUGAAAUAAUGAGUGUCCAAUGAUAAAAGAAUCAUCCUAUAUAUAGUAUAUUAUAUACGUAGGUACGUAGGCUCAAUAGCUUAGACUUUAUUUUAUUUUAGUUGCAAUUCAAGCAAAUUAAUUUAUCGCAUUACCCUAACGGCUAUAAUUUGUAUAGUUCUGCCAAAGACGGCUGCUUAACUUACUAUGCAAAAAAAAAAACAUCAAUAUUAAUCAAAAUUAAAAAAAAAAAUUAGUCUGUCAGUGUAUAAUAAUUAUUUUAAAGUGUUCGACAAUGAAUAGGUUAAUGAACACCAGAUAAAAAAUAAAUCAACGGACAAUAUAAAAAUACAUCGGUUAUCAUUUAACUAAUCUUAGGAUUGAAAAAAAAAAAUGUUUAUAUAAAUGAUGCAACUAUACCUACCAUCGUAAAAAUUUAACGCGUCUGUUUUGUGUUAAUAUUGUAGAGUAGGUAAAAUGAUGCAUGUUAAGCAUAUUGUUGCGUUUAUUUAUGUACAUUCAGUAACAUAAUAUAGUAUAAUGGUGUCACAAUAAUAAUUUUCGAAAAAUCAAAUUGUAUAAACAUUUAAGUGUAUAUAUUUUUUACUUUUUUUUACUUUUUUACAAACGUUAACAGUAUACUAUCGAUUAUUUCUAUUAUUCUCUACGUGUGUUGUGAGUGUAUUGACUUUUUUUGAAGUUAUCCUCUAAAUCCCGUUAUUCAAUUAGGAUUAGUUUUUAUGUACAUACUUACUGAGGUAAUUUUAGAUUCUGCGUGAAACAAGGAAUUUAUUGAUUUUACAAUAAUGUUUUUUUUCCCUGUGAAUACAUUUUCUUAUAGAAAUUUUACUCUUUUGAAAGAAAAUUUUCCCUAAACAGUACUAAAGGAAAGUAAUUUUUUGAUGAGUUUUGAAAAGUAAUAAAAUAAAAAGUUUUUUUCAAUAAUUAAAGAAUAAAAUUAAAAAUUAAAUUUUUCUCUACACCUUCUACAAAACCCGAUUGAGGAAAAAAAUUAAUUUUGACAAAAUUAUUAGCAUACAAAUAUCUUAUUGUAGGCAUAUGUGUAAAUAGGGGAGCUGGAGGCUUAGCUCUUCCCUCUAGAAUUGCUAUUGUAGCAUAAAAUUUAACGAUUUCACUACAUAAUUUAUUGGAAUAUAUCAUAAAGAACAGCAUAAGAGCAAAAAAAAAGGUCAUCAGCCCCCCAUGUAUCAAACACUAUUUGCGCCUAAUGACUGUAGGACACUCUGUAUAUGAAAUGUACUUAAAAUACUCCGAUUGGUGUAUGGAUCUCGAUGAUUAGAAAAUAAAACCAACCUGUACAAUACGCGUGUAAACCCGAGACUAAUAAUUAAUAAAAAUAAUAGUACUGAAAUAUAAUAGAUACAUCACAUUUUGGAACGGAAAACUAUUAUAUUAUUAUAACACGUAUCGUGAUAAUAGUGAAGUGUAAGUAAUAAAAUGUAUAUAGACAAAAUAAUAAUAAUAAUGUGUAACAUUGUACGUAGCGCAGGUAAUCCUUAUUUCUUUAUUUAUUAUUAUCACAAUAAAUUUGAUUUUGUAUUCGUGUCGUCAAACGAGAUGCGUUGUAAGCUGCUUCUCAGCAGUGACGUGCCGUGAGUUCGAAAAUAUUAUUAUGUUUAUCGGCAAUUAAUAAUAUAAAAACCGAACUACGCAGUUCACUUCGUGGCGUUUAAACAAUAAACGUGAUGAGUUUUUUUUUCACCGUUCGAAUCGGAUUUUUUUCUUUUUAGGCGAUCGGGAUCGUUUAUACGUAUGUGCGUGCACAAUAGUAUAUUAGAAUAUAAUAUAUGCCUAGCUAAGGGAAAUCAUAAUUAAUGAGAAUAAUAGAAAUAGAAUUUGGAAAAAAAACUUAUAUUUGUAACGUAUAAGUUAGGCACCGUAUUAUAGUCGAACGUGUUUUUCAAAUGAAAAAAAAAAUAUAAUGGUCAUAUUAUUUAAAUUAUGUGGUCGGUGUUGUUGCGACACCACAAAAGACGACUAUAGGCCGAUAAUUUAUUGCCGUAUGACAUUUUAUUCUCGCGUAUAUAAUAUAUAAUAUUAUUAAUAAGUAGAUACGAUUUUAAAGAAAAUAAUAGUACAAUAUAAUAUACUUAACAAUAAUUUUUUUUUUUUUUUUAAUAUACCCCAACGAAAACGUAUAAUGAUAUUAUUUGUUAUUGUUAUAUGUACCUAUGUACAUAAAAUAGCUUCUUUGUUUAUUUUUUAAAUUUAUUUACAGGAAAUACUAAAGUAAUGUAUUUUUAAAUUAUUUCUAUUAUUUUAACAUAGGUACAAUAUGAACACUUUUCUCGUCUAAAUAUUAUUUACGAAUAAUACACAAAUAUAUAGAAACGAAUACGUAUGGUUGAUGAAACGGGUUAUCGAUCACCCGUUCUGUAAUUUUUUAUGUAUUAAUAAAAUCAUUAACUAUACUUAUAGUUGGUAGUAUAUUUGACUUACAAAGCGAGUAUAUUUUAAGAUAUGCGUUAGAUGUGUGAGAGUUGGUACGUGAAGGAAAAACAUAGAAUUAUAUUGAAACCUAUGUCGAAAACUAAUAUUUUUAUAAAAACUACAAAAAAAAAAAACGGAAAACCUCAAAUAAGGGCAAUGCUGUAAGAGAGCUCAACGGGGAAACGAUCUUUGGAAAGACUGAAAAUGAAGUGAUUGUAUGCGGUUAAAAAUCUUUUGGUAGGUGGAUUGAUCGAACGGGACGAUUUUGGUAAUGGAUAGAGACAGUUAAAAAAUUGCUACAUUAGAAAUUUCAGUCUUAUAAACAAAAAUCAAACGGCUGUUCACAUACAAGUGCAUUUUAAUACAACUAUGUAACACGUAAAACCUUUGAUUCGAUAAAAUAUAUUUAGCCCGAGACUAUAAUAUUAUGGUUGCGUUUGUUUCCUAUAUAUAUGAUGAGAGUAUAAUAUUACGUACACCAAGUAACGUAAAUAUUUUUACAAGAUUCAAGAAUAUGUUAAAUAAUACCCUGGAGAAGAUAUUAUUAACUGUUUUUCUCGUUGUUUGACACAUCAUAAUUUGGUAUGAACGAAGAAUAAAAUUAAAAGUGAAGACGGUUUUUUACAAUGUGUAUUAUGUAGUCUUUAUGAAAAAAAAAAAUUAAUAAUAAUAACCAUCAAAGAAAAAUACCGCAACGACGGUCAAGUUUAUCGAACGAACAAUUUUUUUUUUAAACCAAUUACUCUGUAUGCAUUAUAUACAGGGCAAUUUUUUCUCAUCGGGUAAUCAUUUACGAUGGUUUUAAAAGGUAAAAUUGAUUUUGUUUUUUUUUCUUUAGUCUUAAUAGAAUCAUUUGAUUAAUUAUAUAUUUGUAAUAGUUUCAAGAAAAAGUUACAAACGGUUAUCAUCUAAAAAUGGACAUGAAAUUCAUUAUCAUUUCCUACUUGUUCAGUUUAAGUUUUAUCAUAAAAGGUAUAUUAUAUGGGAUAUUAGUGUUAUGCAGCAUAAUACAAUUUUUAAAAAUGUGUAUUAUUUUUUUUAGAAUCUUCGUUGAAAAUCGAUGAAGGAAUACGAAGGGUAAUCGUUUGAAAAUAGUGUUAAAAUAUAGCUCAAACGUUAUUCCAUAAUGAUCAAUAAAAAAAAAUAAAACUAAGUUUCAAUCCUCCAGGAAAAUCGUUGAAUUGCGAUAAAAAAAAAAUCACAGUAUAUAAUUUAUGUUUUGGGUGGCACUCGUUUUUCCGAUCGACUUUUAUACACACUGUAGUUGUUGUAUACAAUAGAAUGUGUACAUAAUAAAAAAAUUUCCAUUUUAAACAUGAAAAAAUAUUCUUGUUAUUAUUUAUUUGCGAGUUUUUAAAUUUUGCGCUCCAGUCUAUACAUAAGUAAAAUAUAUAAAAAAAGAAGUUACGAUCCGAGUAAUUGGCAUUCAUCUCGGGGCCGCGUUUGAUUUUGGCGCCACUCGUGUCCGCUCCAAAAAUCAAAUAAAAUGUACCGAUCGUAUUGAUUUGUAUAUUUAUUUUUUUUGACGGUUUUAGUCCAGAAUAAUUUUUUAUAAAAAAACCAGAUGUAAUUAAUUUUCAUGCCACCGCCGCCGCCCACAGUUCGGCAAUCGUAAAAACCUGUCCAAAAUUAUAUUUCUAAAUAUGUUCUCAUCGUAAAAAUUCCCUGUAAAAUAUUUCAUUGACAUAAACUUAACUCGACAUUUUAUCAUUUUAUACUGAAAAUAACAAUAUUUUUAUCGUUACAGUGCACAGAAGUUUUCCUAACAAGUACGAUUUUUUAAAAAAUGGUAUACGUAUAAAUAAUAACUGCUACAAAAAAAUGUCAAGGGGAAAAAUUUAUCUCCCCGAUCUCCCCAUUUAAAUAUGUCACUGAUUACAGCUGGCUAUUGAAUCGGGGUGGCUUUGGUUAGAUUAGGCUAAGAAUAAAACAAAAAAAAAAGGUUAUUAAUCUAAUCCUUACAUAUUUUAGCCGGCGUUUUGUUAAUAACCCCCCACUCCUCCCAGUCUCUCGCAGCACGAUUCAUUAACAUACGCACAUGUUCGGCACGUUCGUUAAAUCGAUUUUGUUUUCGUUAAUAAUUUUAGUGUUUUGAGAUAUUUAAAUCACGUAUUUCACGUGCGUAAAAUUAUAAUUUUACAUGCGGAUUUGUGGAAAAUUCUAGCUUGACAUGUCGCGCAUUUUUCGUAGAUAAUCAAAAAAAUGAUGGAUACAUCUGUAUCAGUAUUUAUGUGAUACGCGAUCUUUUUUUCCUGCUGUCUUGCUCAACACAGUUUGGAAUACAAUACCAAAUCUGAGCGUGAGAUAAGUUAUACAAUGGUCAUUUCAUCUUUUUAUUAUCUAUGGUAUUUGUGGACAUUUAAUACACCUAAAAAAAUAUCGUAGGCAACAGUGACGUAGUCAGGACUUUCCAAUCGGGAGAGGGCGAUAUUAUUACAAAAAUAUUUAAAUUAUUUAUUAUUUUAGAUGAUUCACUAAGCGUGAAUGCUCCAUGCUCACCACCGGUGACCAGCGUAGUUCAAAAUAAUAAUAUUUAAAAAGAGACGUACAUAUCUAUAUAUCUAUCUACACGAGUAAAAUAUAUCGAAUAAAAAACAAUAGAAUUAUAAUGUUAUAAUAAUUAUCAGCGGAUUCUAUUAUACGAUACAUAUUGUUAAGGAUUUAAAUAUCUGUAAAAUAAUUAGGUAUUUUCUUAAAAAUAGUCAUGCAUUCGCGUCACAUCUGUCGGAACACAAAAAUAAUAACACGUUAUUAUAUUAUAAUCUAAUAGAAUCCAUUUUGAAUAUAUUAUUAUAUUGUUAAAAAAUAUAACACAUUAACUAAUUAUAAUGAUAAUGCAACUGUUCAUCCAAAUAAUAUUAUACACCGUAGGUACGAAUAUUAAUGUUGUUGAACACCACGCACAUUUAAUCAUAAUAAUAAUAUGUUAACAAAUUAACUUUUUACUAUUCUGCAAUAAUAACGGUUUUUUAUUUUUGUUAUGUUUCAUCAUCUCAUAAUAAUAAUAGUGGCAAAUUUUUGUUGUCUAUUCACUUAAAUUAUUCUUCUAUCCAACGAAUUAUAUUUUGUAAACGCGUAUAUAUAGUUACAUAAUACAUAUGUAUAUUUUUUGUGUUUAUCGGAUAUUUUAUUGUACGUACUUUUUGUAAUACGACUAUACUAAAAUACAUUGUCGCGUGUAAAAUAAUGUUAUAUGAAACGAAUAUCGUGAUUCCGGCGUGAAAAAUAACAGUUAUUUUUAUAACAUCGUAGUAAUGUGAUUAGAACGAAAAUAUAAACAGAAAAUGUAAUAAAUAAACUGACGAGGGGGAGGGGGACGGACAACAAAUUUUGUCGCUGUAUAUUCCCGGAGGACAUGCGCAUUUAGUCAGAUUUCGUAUAAGGGUUGGUCAAACUUCUAGGGAUGGAGGACGAAUGGGAUAAAUCCCCCUCAUGUCUUUUUCCCUUUCAAUAUUUAUAAUAGUUUUAUGGCCAGCUAUAUUACGGGUUAUAGUGGAUUUUAUACUUGGUUGCCUUGACCUCAGAUUUUAUAUAUUUAUUAAUAUAAUAUACAUUAUAAUAUUAUGUAUUAACUGUAUUUAUUCAAGCAAAUAUUUGUAAAAAAAAAAUAUGUUAAAAUGUUGUUGGUAUCGUAAAUUAAUUAUUUUUAAAUAACGCAUACCUUUUUUGUUUUUUUAGAUAUCGGUUCGCCUAGGAUGCGUUUGAAUCAAAAAUAUUGUUAUCUAGGUAAGGUUAUAAGCUUAUAAUAUAAAUAAUUUACAAAUCGUUGGCCUAGCGUCGAAAGUUCACUGCGGUGGCGGCUGCGGUAGUGACACACGAUUUAUUAAAAAUCGUCGUCGGCAGUUAGUUUAAUAAUUUUUGUAAGGAACGGUUUAUACGAACGUUAAAAAUAAAAAAAACGCGUUUCAAUUAUAUACGCUUCGAAUUAUAGGUAUGCACGCUAAAACUAAAUAAUAUGCUUUUAUGACAGUAGAAAAUAAUAAUGUAUCUACUCGUUUGAAUAUCGGUAAUCGUUAUCGUACAUUUAUUAUUAAUUUACUUUCUUUUGUUUUUUAAGAAACAAAAUUUAUAUCCAUAUAAAAACAAAAAAAAAAAAAAUUACUCUCAUAUUUUUUUCCUGUAGAAAGUGAAAUUUUAAAAUAUUUUUUUUUUGUUUACGAAUAAAUAUAAGAUUCUAAAAUAUAUUUUGUGUGGUAAUAAGAAUACGUGUGUAAUUAUAUAUUUACUAUACGACAUGUAAAUAUAUGCACACAUUUUUAUUAUUAUUAUAUUUUUUUUUGUGUCAGCUACUGCAAAUGUUUCUAUAGAUUUUCUUCAACCAGCAUUUUGCCACGCUGCCCACUCUGUAAUUUUAAAAUCGACAAGAUUGUACUGAAUUCUGACGCAUCUGUUGCAUCACAGUGGUUUUCUAUUGAUUGGCUUUGGGUCUUCUAUCAAUGUUCAUUUUGAAAUAUUUUCCCCGGUUCAAGCACAUGCGGCUAUUCUAUAUGAAAAUUAACCAUUUAAUUCAGUACAAACCCCAGAACUGGUUUUUUGUUAGCCUGUCUCGUUUUUAUAUUAUAAUAUUAUGAUGGAUGGUCCCGUGAUUCGUUUGCAGAUAAUAUGAGAACGGCCAACUCGAUAAUGCCUUUGCUAUUGGCUACGCUGUUAUCUCCAAGGUGUAUUUAUCAUUAGAUUGUAUUUCUGUUAGAGACCGAAAUAAUAAUACUCGUGUGUUAAACAAACGUUCAACGUUAUACUCUUAGUAUCCUGUUUAUUGUUUGGUUUUGAAUGUUUACUAGUUUUUGGGCUAUAAUAAUUUGGUGAGAUCUAACGAGAAUGAUAACAAUGAGGCGGCCACUUUGUAACUAUACUCGUAUAGUAUUAUAGAUACUCGUUUGUGCUCAACUGCACUGAUCUUCUCUAGUAUCGAGGGUUGACGAUAACAGGGAAACUCGUUUUUUCCAACUCCGAAUUUCGGACUAGUUGUGUACUGAUCUGUGAUCGAUUUACUGCGUAUGCGCCAACGUGGACUGAUCAUAGAUUCGGAGUUUUGUGUUGGAACGCGUUUUGAACUAACUCUUGGAUUAUCCAUGAUUGUAAAUUAUAGAAAAGAUAUACAAAUUAUAAUAAGAACGAAUCUUGUGUCUUGUAAUAAAAUGUUUGUUUUUAAAUUGAAAAAUUGAAUUGAAACGGUUACACAUUCGAACACAAAUAAUCCAUAGCAUAAACAAAUAAAAAUAACUAAAUGAUAACAGAAUCUCUGACUACUAGUCCCUCCAUUCGAAUCAGCGAAUUGUUUUGAGUGCGUUUUUGGCGUAUUGGAACGGCAAAAAUCUGCUGCGCUCACCAGUUCUGUGAUAAUUUGAACGUGUGUCGGAACAAACCCAAUUCGAUGUCGACGCGUUUGUCCGAAAAUCGGAUGUCGGCUGUGGUGUUUGCUCGCGGACUUUUCGACAUCGGUCGCCACUCCUCUUUUUGGGUCUUAAACAACAUCCUGCGACGACUAUACGUGUAUUUUGCUCGUUGCGACAUCUGUAACCUUUUUUGGUGCGGCCGAACGAAAUCGGUGUCAUAAACGAUACGUAUUAUUUUAAAUCGUGCACCAUUGUUCUCAUCCGAUUUCAAAAUUUAAUAUAAUACCUAAUAUCAUUUGAAUAAAGUCCGUUCCCUAAAUUAAUAUUAUAUACUCGCCUAUUACGUACGCGUUAUACUGCGCGCGCCACGGUGUUAUAUCAUUUCUCGCGCGUUCCGACAUUAUAUUAUAUUAUAGAUUUUUUUUCUUUUAUUUCUGCUGCUACGAUUUGUACGUGUUAUCGUCGUCGGUAUUAUUAUUAUUAUUAUUUUGUUAUUAUGGACGCCUUUCACCGGCGGCGGCGGCGGCGGCGGCAGUGCACUGAUAUCCGUGUGCGUACAAUAAAAAUGCAGUCGACCGUACCGCUGGCUAAUGACUGCGGUGUAUUCAUCGCUGCGGUAAAGUGAGGUUAGAUUUGUUAGGUACUUAUGACUUGGUCGCCGCGGCUUCUGGAAACCCGGAAAAUCUGAAACUCUCAUUGAAUUUGAAAAUGCAACAAAAACCCAAAAUAGUCUGAGAAUUUCUAUGAAAUUCUGGAAUUUUCAUUCCAAAAUUCAAUCUCUGUUUUCCUAAAUAUUAAUUAAAUAUUCUACGUUAGAAAAAUAUCGUAAACAUUAUUGUUACAAACGAAAAAGAAAUUGUAAAAUUCAUUUUUUUCACUAUAGGUGUUUUCAUUAAUUAUUUUAUACCGAUUUUUUACAUAAUUUGACACUUUAUUUAUAUACUAGGUAAAUUAUUCUGAAAAAAAAAAAUGGAAAAUUCAAAAUGGAGAUGACGAACAGCCCAUCAGAAAAAGCGCAGUUUUUGUUUUUAUUAAUCUAAUUACGCUUAACUCAUCAUAAUUAUACUCUACAUUCAAUUUCAACCAAACAAACUUUAAACAAAAUAUAUUAAAUUACAUAAUAUUAUGUUAGGUUAGGUUGGGACGCUUUUGUGUGUUGCGUUUGGAUCUAAUAUUUUGCGCUUGGUAGUCUACGUAUAGUAUAUUGUAUAAUUUUUUUUUUAUUACGUUUGAGGCGCGUGUUCGUGAACCAUAGUGUUUUUUUUUGGGUGAGGUUUUUCGCUGUUUUUAACCCGCCCUAGAAUUAGGUGGAUAUAAAAUAUUGUUGUCCACGCUCUCCCCGCGCGUGGUAAUCAAUCGAUGGCGAUUAUAAUAAUAAUAAAAAAAAAAAUAAAUCGUAUAAUUUUAUAAUAAUAGGCUCCCACGAAAUAUGAUAUACGAGACCGGGCGUUUUUGUGUGAACGCCGCCGACAAAAGAGAGAUGACGUGACGGACUCUACUGUAUGUUAUAUACUCUUUCUCUAAAACCGCCGCUUGCACGGUAUGGAUAUUGCAAUAAUUAUUAUAUCUCGGUGUGGUAUAUAAUAAUGUAAUGUUAGCUAUGUUUAUAAUUACAACGUGAAAAAAAACCGUCAUCGUCGUCGUCGUCAUAGUAUAUUUUAUAUUAUAGCGCAGAUGAUGGAUUGUGCCGAAAACUCUUUGCGUGCGUGCCGGACGAAAACCCGCAAUACGGUUUUUUUUGUUUUUUUAUGUAAUAAUAUUAUUAAACUUUUUUUUUUCUUUUUUUAUGAACUCGGUAAGUCUACAGGUAAAAAUUAGCUAACCAACUACAAUAGCUUGCCGGUUUAUAUACGGUUCGGGAAAUAAUAUUAUACCUAUAUCUCAAUUGCGUUAUGGUGCUACACUAUUUAUACAAAUCUGCAGUAAAUAUCGUCUGCGUUCGGGGUUUAUUAUUAUUAUUAUUAUUAUUGUUAUGCACUGCAGAAGGCCGUUGAAGAUCUUUUGUUAUAUAUUUUAAAAGAAAAAAAAACCGUUUAUAUAAUUUCCUAUAUAUAUAUUAUAUUAUUAGCGAAACGAAUACGAACAUCUGGCGGUCACAUUCACAUAUUAUUACAUUAUCGUGUGUAUUUUAAACGAGUGUUAAUUAUUAUUUCCAUACCAUUAUUAUUAUUAUUAUUAAUAUUAUUACUCGAAUGCGGACGUAAAUAUUAUAUUUUAGAUGUUUGAAAGCGGUGGUUUUCUGUGUUAGUCUAGAAUAGAGACGCGUUUCAUUUCCGACGUAAGUACCGAUUGAUCCAGCGCAGAAGCGAUAGGAAUUUUGAAAAUCUAUUUAAAUUUGUUGCCGAGUCUAUAUAAUAUACUUGAGAUCAACUUUCCCACGUUUUUGAUUUUAUCCUUUAUAGCGCAUAAUGGGUUUAUUAAUUAACGAAUCCAAAGCAAAAUAAGUAUUAUACGAUUUUGUCAAGUAUAGGUUAGGUUAAUAAUUGAAUAGGUUUUAUUUAAGAAUAAACUCAAGGUAAAUACCCAAUCGAACAAGUGGACGAAUUCAAGUAUCCAUACUGGAGUAAAUAUUAACGAGAAAAAUAGUAUACAUAACGAAAUCAAGCUUGUAUAAUGAGGUUUUUAUCAUCAAAACUCGGAUGUCAAUACGAACAAAAGAGAGGUUAAACACUAAAAUAUAUCUGCGCCCCAUAUGUAUACGAGUAUAUCCGUAAAUGCGUGUGAAACAUGAGCUAGCACAUUAUGAGACGAAUGAAAGCUCUUGAGUUUCGAAAUGAAAAUAUUAAGGAAAAUAUAUGAAUCUACGGCAGUGUAUACAAUGCGUCAACGAUGAUGUACAAAGAUUUAAAAAUUAAAAAAAAAAAAAAACUCCACCCUUCUUCCAGCACAAUAAAUUAAACACCGAAUUGUGUACGCUAAGCACUGUAUCGAAUUGUCACAAAAAAUUUGCUUAGCCCUUCUCGACUCAGGGCCCCGAUAUAGACGGAAACAUAAAUAAAGUUUUAUUUAUCGGGUUUAUCGCUGAUUGAAAAUAAAUUAAUUCAAUUUAUAUUAACCGUAUAAACGGUUUUUUUUCGCUUCUGUAUAUCAUUCAAUAUUAUAAUAUAUUAUAGGUAGUCUCGCUUAACGGUAAAUAUUAUUAUCGUCGUCGCAGAACUAUCGACGCUGUUCUGCUGUUACUACUAUCGUCUCGCGUCGAACUAGUGCGUAUCAUUUAAAAUCAUUAUAGUAAACCCGUUUUGUGUACCUACGGUGGUAUACAUUUUUUCAAUCGUAUUUUAAUUGUCCUAUAUUAUUAUACUUAAACCUAGUAUUUUUAUAUACACGGUUAGUUGAAAUAUUUACCGCGUAUAUAUAACGGAAACUAUAAUGUGUAAGUGUAGCAGCAGUGUCUCCUGCAGUAGUAAUAAUACUAAACGUCGUACCGCCGUACAAUAAUUCAAGGAAGGAUAUGCAUAGAGUAAUUUAAUUUAAUACAUCUGUACGCAAGAUAAACCGUUGUCAACGAAAAACGAUUCAGAGCAGAGUAUUAAUAACUGUGUUUUUUCCUUUUUUUGGUAACCCAGAAAUCAACCAAAAUUUUAUGAAAAAUUACCAAAUUUCUCGUUUAUUAUACAAAUAAACUACGAGGGAAAUCAAAAAAACGAUCUUCUCGAUGCACCGAAAAUGCUACAAAAGUUUUCAUAUAAAGUCUUUAAUCGAAACAAGAUUUCUGGUAAAAAAUUGUUUACAGACAGAAAAUAAAAUACAUCAUAGUAAAACCAGUACAUUCCACGUUUCGAUUAGAAUACAAUAUAAUUAUUUCAAAAAGUAUUUCUCGUUGUGGUAAAAUAAUAUUUUUUUUUUUUACAGUUUGUUUCCCGCGCCACCAUAAGCGUACUAUAUGUACGGGGUCGAUCUAUAGAAAAAACCUAUUUGUCGUUGUGCUUUUUAUUUCUCCUAAAACUCUCGUACGGCCGUGUCAUUUAUUUUUUGCGUUUCAUUAUUAAAAAAAAAAAGCCUGUAGGAUAAAAUUACAAAUCGUUCGUUGUUUGCGAAAGGUCACGGAGAGGAGACACUGCUUUCUUUUUUUGAAGACACGCCGCUGCGAACUUAUCCAUAUAUACGCUUAUAGGUAUUUUUCUUAUUAUUACCUAAUCGUCUGUCGUCGCUGCGAAGUUUCCCCGGAAAUAAACGCCGCGGUUUCGUCUCCGCGCACGUUUAUCAUUUUUCGCCGUCGGUUCCGGUCGGCGAGCACCCUCGGAAAUUAUAUUAUUUUUUUUUUUUUGUGUAUACGCGAGGCGCACCUCGUCUGUCAUAACGUGUCGGUUAUUGUAUACUAUUCUCUGAAAAAAAAAAUAUAAUAAUAAUAAUAACAUAAUUAAAUAAUAAAUAAUAUCGCACAGCGGUGCGGUGAAAUUUCGUUGUUCGCCUCGUUACCGCGCGCGCGAGCCGUCAGGUUUUCCUUUUCUCGGGUGGCGCAAAAUUGAAUUUUUCGCCGUCUAUACGCGGAUUGUCAUUAUUCUGCAAUGUCCGUAGCGCGUUCUGUAUCGAAUUAACCCGUUAGUUAUGGAAAUUUACAAUUAUGUUUACCUGUAAUAUCUUUGGGAUUUUUUUUUUUUAUGUUUUAUAUAAUAUCAUAUUACGUCCGUCGUUGCCCGCUGCAGUAGUAUAAACGCGUGUGCUACAGUAUAGGUGUACACGUAAUUUGACCGUUAUAUUUUCCCCUUAGAGUGAGGGACGCCUGUAAAUUUUAAUGUGGAAAAUACGGCGAAAUUUCCGCAUUGAAUGACAACAGUAUAACUGUAGUGAACACGCGUCGCCCGACGGUAAAGAAUAUAAUACAACGAAUUAUUAUCCGAAAUACGUGAAGUAAUGUAUGUAUACGUUUGUUAACAAUUAGAAAAUGAAAAUAAAACUAAUCUCGUACAGCCCGGCGGGCUGGUUAAUUUCUGUAUUUUUUAAAUCUGCGAUCAGAGCGGACAGAUCCACGGUGAAUUUACGAAUAUAUAGGUAUAUUGUAUCGUUUUGUGAUGCUCCGCCCUCCUUUUUUUUUUCGAAGUCUAGUUAUCUUAGCGCUCUUUGGGUACAGCAGGACACAUAUAGCGCCAGGUAUGGAUCUAGAAAUCACUAAUAGGAGGACUAAAUUAAAAGACUUUUUUUAAUUGCUGUUAAUUUGUUGCAAAUAACGUAAAUUGAAAUUAUGACGAUUCAAACAAUUUAUUUUGUUUUUGAUUAGUCUUCGGCUAUUUAAAUUCGUACUUAAGCUUUUGUCAUUAAGGUCGAUUUACGACUAUAUAUAUAUCAAUCGGUAUAUCAUAAACACUUAAAAUAUGACUUAAUUGGGUAACCCCCCCCCCUUCUUGGAUCCUUGUCUGUAUAGCUCGACAGUGGGACUGUUUCACCUAAAGCGAGACGUAUGGUCAUAUCAUGUUGCGAUAUACGGUCUUUAAAAUGAAAGGGGAGAAAAAUGGUUAAUCGCGCAAAAGUGUUUUAUAUUGAAAAAUCGACGGAGGCGAGUAGAUAUUGCGCUAAAUUAUUGGCUUAUUGCGAUAAUAUUAUUACCGCGCAAAAUCGAAUAAUUUUAUUUUUCGUUUUUUCUUGGGCAAUCUACCCGCGGAUAAUAAUGUUAUUAUUUUAUUUGCUAUACGGCGGAUAUUUAUAAAAAAAAACGUCACAGCAGUUAUACACAUUAUAAUAUACUUAUUAUACGGUUAUUAUUUCUGGUAUAGUACCUAUAUAAGUAUAUUUUUAUGAAAUUGUGUAUAUUUCACGCAGCGGCGAAUUUUCGUAAAUUACGUAUUGUUUCUACUAUAGACUUUUUUUUAAAUGAAAUAUGAUUAUUAUUACCGGAUUAUUUAAGUCGGUUAUAAUAAUAAUAUUAUUAUUAUUAUUAUUAUUAUUAUUAUUAUAUAUACGCAUGUACACGGUAUUAGGCUGCUGUUUUUCGUUAUUAUAUUUUAACGAUCGUCGGACCCGCGAGAAACAAACUACAGACAAAAUAGGUACCUCCCCGCCCACUUCCAUUAUAUUAUUAUACAUGUAUGACGUAAGUAUGUAUACCUCAAAUGGCAAUUUAAUGCGUCUCGCGCUCACCGCAGCCGUUAAUUAAAUAUAAUAAUCGUAAUAGAAUAAUACGUGUGGCUACCAUAUAAUAUUAUGUGCUAUUUACGGCGCGUUACGUAUGGAAUCGCAUUCGAAUGAACAUUUUCAAGUUCAAAUGACAUCGAAAAUGAACACUGCGGGCAUGCUGCUGCACACAUCGCGCAUCAAGGACGCUUUUUAUCGACAUUGUGCGUUAAAAACAAUGAAAACUGCAGUCUGUAAAACCGAACUCCGCGACAGGGACAGCGACGACGCAUAAUAUUAUGUGCAUCAUAAUUCAAUUUCGGGAACGAUUCAAAUGACGUCGCGAGUUUAUAAUCAAGUGUAAUAGUAUAGUUGAUUUCAGGCGCAAAAAUUAAAAGACAUUUUUGUAUUAUUUAUUUUUUGCAUUGCUUUUUACUAAACAGCUGUAUUCUGUCAGACAAUAGACUGUGUCCCAAUCGAGUUACUUACAGGUCGUUUUAAUAAAUGUCGCAACAACCCACUGCUUCCUGCACUCCUCCCAAUAUAUCGUAUGCAGCUUCUUCCUCAUUCCCGCAACACUGACUCUCUAGCAAUCUUAAAAUUUGUUGGUUACUGUAUACACUGGUCGUUCUCUGUGAGUGUCUAUAUAGUGUUUGGUUUCCUUAUCUGUAGUUAUGUGUAGUCUAAUAAAUUAGUCUAUUCACACAUGUCUUGUUCUGCAACUUAUUUUUUUGCUUUUUACGAUUCAAACUAUAAUAUAGCUUCAUAAUACUUAAUAUACGUUUGAUAAUUCAUUGUAUCUUCUUAUUUCAUUCAUUAUUUCUCGUUUAGUGACCUAUAUUUUCCUCAAUAUAUGUAUACUCGUAAUAUUUUUCGAAUAUUUCAAGUUUCCUAUCAUCCGCUAUUCAAUAUAAUAUAAUAUUUCGUACUUGUAUGAAUCGUGUUAUCGGUAGCAGUGUUUAUCGUUUGCAGUUGAUAAUGUAAAAUAGACAAUGGUAGUCGUAAAUAUCGUCAGUUUCACUUGUGACGUGACCCCGAAAAUAGGUUUGACAAGUCGUUUGGUCGUCGCGGAGACAAUACCAGUCGUGGCUGCGGUCGCGACGAUGACACAAAGCGCCCGCAAACACAACAAUAAAGCCCCAGUCCGCGUUUAUCCUUUUUUUUUUUUUUUUUCAGCACCCAUUUAUAUCCACUCGCAUUAUUUUAUUCGGCAAUAUUUUGCGCUCUAGUUCCGAUUGGUCAACUGCGUAUAUAGCAACCACCGCUGCGUAUAUAUAGCGAUUUCCAGUCCGUGCCAAUUGUCCUCGGGCGGUCGUAUCGUGCAUCGAGACUUGUCGACUGUCGUUAUUAUAUUAUUAAACGCACGCCAUCCGCGCGCGCUCGCGUACGACCGAUAAUCGCAAUAAGGCGCGUCCACACCUGAGUAUGUAUUCAGGCCGAACCUAACCUUAUAUGCUUAUAACCUAACCUAUAACUGAGUUGAGCACGAGCCACCGCGACCGGUCUUCGCUCAGGCGUGCUAUAGUGAAUACGAAAACCGAAUAGUACCUGGUUUAUAUACGACUAGACCUUACGUAUAAACUGUACUGUGAAAAUCCGGCUGUAUUAUAGCACGUAUUGACCUUGGCGCGCGUUAUAAUAUGUCGAGGGAUUUUUUAUUCGUACCGACUAUACUUAAAAAAAACGACACAAGUUCAAAAAAAUGGUUUUUCGGAAGUAACAAAAAACAGCUGUUUUUUACCGACGAUAUCCGGUGAUUGAGCCGAGAAGCUCAACAGAAAGUAUGCGGCGGUCGGCGACAAUUUUAAACAUUUCAAAAUUACCUCGUUCUACACUCGUUUGGUGAUUUGUGUCUUUUAUCUAAUAGGCCGACUUGAAAGAUCGCAGCUCAGGCUUGUAUAUAACGCGCGUGCUCAACGGACACACAACCUAACCUCGCCUAAUUCAACCUAACCUGCUUUGCGUGCCGUCUUGUUUUGUUCUGCGGACGACCCGAAGGCGGUGUUAAACACUCUAGUGGCCCAACGAUUCACGUCCGUAUUAUCGCGUGUGUUCCGCGUUUUCCCGCUGGUAAUUCGCGAUUUUGUUCGAACGAAACGGUUCAGAAUUAUAAUAAUAAUAUAUUAUUAUUAUUAUUAUCAUCAUCAUCAUAUUCGUAUGUACACGACGAUAGGAGAUAACUAUACGUCGUACGCAAUAUUAUCAACGUGUAUCCUUUGCGUGUCACUCGAGUGAUUGCGGUACUUAUCACGAAGUGCAUGUACAUACGUAUAAUAUAUAUAUAUAUAUAUAUAUAGUGUUAUUUGUCUGUUUAUAAUAAUAAAUGACGCCGUCGUCGGUUUAAAAAUAAUAUUAUACUUAAAUGUGGCCACCCCUCGAAUAUUAUGUGGCGCGUUUCGAAAUAUCUAUCGUGCCCGAGCAAAAUGCUUACGUUUUAAUGUCGAACACUCGGCGGCAACUGCUGCACCGUAAAUAUACAUAUAUACGUAACCCGAAAUACUAUAUAUUAUAUUGUUGUUUCGUAAUUUUUGAGAUAAAAAUAAAUCGAUAUUUUAAAAAUUUUCUUCGUCUAUAUUCUACAAAUAUGAACAGAUUUUUAGUGGUUCCUAAACUGUUGUGGGAGCCUCUUUAUAUCCCUAUAUGGGUGGUAUGAUCGCCGAGGUUCUGCACUGGAGUUUGCACGGAUUAAAUAUUGUAAGAAUAGUUGUAUAAUUCUAUACAUUGAGAUUGAAAUAAUUUAUAUUUAUCGAGAGUCGGGAAUCCCGAUUGGUCGAAAACCAAUUAUUCUUGGCCGGCAUUUUACGGAAAAAUUGUUCUGGCUUGGGUAAACAAACAAAGGUAACUGUAAAUCUUUGGGCGCUACUAUUAAUUAUAUACCUAUACGUAAUACGUUUCGAUUUUUGAAACCAAUGUAAUAUUAUAAUAAUAUCCGUUUAUAAUGUCUAUUAUAUAUUUUAAUAACGAGACGCCACGAGAAAUUACGGUGUCAACAUAUUAUAACAAUAUGAAUAGGUAUACGCCAUUAUAUUGAAAUAACAAAUGUAGAUCAUGCCGUUAACCCUUAGGGAAUAGGUAACCUCCGCACAAGUGGCGUAAAUACGAAGGAAGAGGGGGUACUGGGGGGUUACUCCUUCUACAAAAUCAAAUGACUUUUAUUAAUAUUGGUGGACUUGAUAUACGAUUUAGAUGGACUUAGCCUUCUAAAUUGUGUUGAUGCACCCUCCAAUCCCCCUUAAAAAAAAAGUUGGAAUUACGCCACUGUUCCGCACGUGUUAUAUUAUAUUGUAUUCAUAUUGUCCAAAAACUUAAAAUUAUAAACACCAUUCAUAUGACGAGGACGUAUUAUUUUAACCGUAUAAAAUUACUGAAUAAGGAAAACUGUUCGCAUACCAAUUUAAGUUGGCACUGUUCGAUCAUUAGGCAAAAUGUUUCCUAUGGUUGAAUAUACGUAUGUGUUUGUGUGUGCAUGCGCGUAAGCAAGUAAAUUUUAAUUAGCGAGACUCAAAUAGUUUUCGAGAAAAUCGAUUAAAUAGCAUUUUGUUAAUUGCACGCUUUCGUUUUGUUUGUACGUUUAAAACGAAAAAUACACUAGCUCGACGAUGCGUUUUGAAAACACGAAGAGACGUGAAUUGUUCGGUCGUUUCUUAUAAUAUACAUAGUAUACACACUCGUGUAUCGUACUGGCGCGUUUUUUAUUUUUAACAAAACGUAUACAUCGGCCGUUUUCAAGAAAUGAUUCUCGGCUCUCACGUCUUGUAGUUUACAUAACGUUUGAGUCGAUAAUAUUGUACUGCCAAUUGCGCGACAAUACUAGUAUUUAGGAGGUCACAGCUAGAAAUUAGAAAUUUACGAUUUUCGUCUUUUCGCCGUUUUUCGAUACGAAUUCGUCGUUUUAGUGCGAUACAGCUGUAAAAAGCGAAACGUGGCUAAUUUCUUGAAAAAAAAAGUUAAUUCAUAUGUGUUGGGUAAAAUGUCAUUGAUUGAAUGGUGCGCAUGAAUAACGUGUUACCGUAGCAGUUCGUAAAUUGUACAAUAUUGUAAAAAUAAAAAUAAAAAAUGUAUUGCUAAAAUCUUUUGAAUAUUAUUAUUUGGACUACACGUUUAUUAUGUGUUCGUUAACUCGUUAACUGUGAUCGACAGACUCAAUGCUGUGUAACGCACAUGCCACGUUUUAAGUAUCGCCGAUCGACGAUUUCCUCGUUUAUACAUGGCGAUGAUUGUGUGCUCUAAGAAUAUUCUGGGAAUUUUAAGAUUUAAAACAUAUAUUGAGAUCACUUUUGAGCGCUUCUUUAUUCCGUAGAAGAAAAAAAAAAGAAGAAAAUAAGAAAGCGAAAUCCGAAAAAGUUCUACAUAGCACUACGUUAUUCGCGCGCACCCUUCUAUUGAAAACCACCUAUUUGAGAAACGCCGGAAGUCCAAAGAAGGACACCUAUUCGGAGAAAACAAUAAAAAAUUGUUUUCGCACUACUAAUGGGAUAAAAAUCGCAACAAAAUUCUGAACGCAUUCAUCGACCACCGAAAAUAUUGUUAUUAUUUUUCGGACUGUAAACGAUUAUUAUCAUAUUCUUUUUCCUAAACUCUUGAAUUGAUUUCCCGAACAAUUGCAAUUUGUCGAGUUGCCCGCCAGCAGACCGUGAUGUUAUAACAAUAAAUUAUAAUAUACAGACGGCGUGAUUGACGUGUCUUUUCGAUGGCUGAUAUCACGACGGUAAAGUCAGAACCCGGCGUAUCUGCAAUUUAUUAAAACAAUAAUAAUUUAUAAACGAUGACGGAGCCGACCAUCUGCCGAACGCGCCACGUGUGUUUUAUAAUAAUAAUAAUAAUAGGAGGCCGCAUCGGCUUCGGGCGACUACGACGGCGGCGGGACGUUGUUAAAUAGGAUUCCAAAAAUAUCGUACAGGCGCGUGGUCGCUGUCUCCGAGCUUAGACGUUUUUCGUGACACCCGAUACCCCGGCGUGCCGUCGUCGUUGCCGGCCACAAGUCUCGUGCAGCACUUUUAAUACACUCGACGGCCCAAACCGCGCGGUAUCGACGGCGGCGGCGUGUCGAUGUUAUAACCCAAUAAUAUAUCGUCUGCCUCAUCUUGUACUCGUUACUAUCGUGACGUUAAGGGGCUUCUUCGCGCGACCCGACGGCCCGUGAGGGUAUUAUCGUUGCGCUUAUAAUAAGUGCGCGGAAAACCGACGACGAUCCCCGGUCGCGUAUACGCGUUCUCGUAUCCGUUUCAGCGCCCAUAUAUUAUAGGAUAAACAUUUCCCGUUUGAAAUCGAUCCGUCCACUCGUGCGGUAAUGAUACAUGUUGUAUAUUGUUUUUGUAUAGUUUGAAUAUCCCGUAGUGGCGUGUUUAGGAUGUCGCCAAGGUGGGAGAUAUUGAAUUCGGUAAUUAUGUCGUGUUGUAUAACGUGUAGUAUUCCGGCUAAAAAAAAAAAAACAUCAAUUUUUCAUAAUUCAUAUAUUUUUGUAGAUGCUUUAUUAAUAAUUCUAUUAGCCCUAAAAUUACCAUUGAAAUCAAAUUUCCUAAUAAUGUGUUUAACAUUAAUAAUAAAAUUCUUUAUUCUUUAUUUACAAUUGUAUAUUUAGGUACUAGUCUAACCUCUUUUAUAUAUUAUAUAGUGGUAUAAAUAUAUAGAUAUAGAUUUCGUUUUAAAUGAGGCAAUUUAAACCCUGAGGUUUUUUUUAAAUAUACUAACCGUAUACAGAUACUAACACAUUAAAUUGUGUCAUUUUUUGACUAAAAGGACAUCAUUUGAAUUUACUCGUAAAAAUAGGUUGACUAUAAAGUCAUAAUUAUAUCUUCCUAAUUUAGCUCCGUAAAUAUACGCCACUGAAAAUAUAUACACAUUUACGAUACGAUGGUGGUUUAUCAGCAGGGGCUAACACAGUGCUCGCAAAUCAUUUUUGUCAGAUCUAAUAUCGAUGGUCUCGGGAUAAUUAUUUUGAUUUAUUUUUCAUAGUUUUUCUCCUAUAACCUACUCGACGUGAUUUUGCACAAAAAAUCGUGGGUUAUUUUUGAAUAGGUUUUGUCACGAGCUCCUCAGCGAAUAGAGAUGGCCAAAGCCCCCAAUACGCAAUAAUUUGUAAUAGAUAAUAGCGAUAUAGUCAAUACGCAAUAAUUUGUAAUAGAUAAUAGCGAUAUAGUAUGUCACUAUCUUGCGCUCACUAUAAAAUUCAUUGCGGCAAAUUCGAAUCGAUUCGGUGCCGAAAUGGGUCCUAGAACGCUAAUAUGCUCCCCUGUCAAAGAUUGUCAAAAACAUCGUACGCGGUUAACGGUUAAAGACCACGGAACACCCGGACAUUAUAUUAUGUACUUUACGCAUAGGAUACUCGAUCCCCGAAGGUACCGGGUCUUCGUCCUCGUUUAUAAUAUUUUAAUAUCCUUGUGAGUUACGUCAUAAGAAAAAAAAUAUAACGUGGUAGUAACGCAUAAUGAAACAAUAUACUUAUAAUUAUAUUGUUGUUAAUACGAUAAUUAUUUAACAACCCGGUGAAAGUGUUAGUCGAUAGCCACGUGCCCACGCGCUACAAUUAUAAUAAUAAUAUUAUUAUUAUUGUGUUAUACUAUAAUAGUGUUCCCGACGUUGCACGAGAUUCGCGAUUUCGUAUUUUUUUACUCGUUCUCCUUUUUUCACCAACGGACGCAUAGCACCGUUUAUAUUUGAAUAAAUAUAUUUGGCAUAUACAGCAUAUUUUAUAUGGCGGUCGGGGGGCACACAGCCAAAGUCUCAGUGUACGAAUACGCAGCUCUCGUCGGUACAGAUCGAUUCACGUGCGGUGAACAUAUACGCGAUUAACGAUAAUACCGAACACUGAAAAAAAUAAAUGUUCGACUUAUUUUGUUUUACGCUGCUUUAUCGCUCGACUCAAAAACCUGAUCCGCCCGAUCAACAGUGUCUGGUCCGAACCCGAUGAUGCUCUCCGUGGGGAAGUCGCGGCGUCCUAAAACCGCUUGAACGAAAAACCCCAAGGGGUUUAGAUAAAGCGGGAAGGAUAUGAAAAAAAACCUUGUGUAUGUUACCCCGGAGGUAGUCAGGAUAUCGUCGUAUUACCAAACAUUUUAUCCUUAAUCAGUGUUAACGCGUAUUUUAACCGCGAAAUUCAAACCGACCAAUGAUAGCUGGCAGCGUAUGUUCACAACGGUGUUGUUACGUUACUAUAGAGGCUUUGGUAAUGCGUGGUCGGGGGCAGGCAUCGAGCCAAAUAUAAUAUUCUCAUCGGUCACGUUUAUGAAUUACUGUACGCGAUACGAACGAGCGAAUGUCGUAUGUAAUAAUUUUUUUACACGUGUGACGGAGUGUGCUUAUAAUAAUAAUGGUACGUAUACUGCUUUGUGUGCGGUUUGUGUUGCUAACACGAGUUUGUAUUGUAUAAUGAAACCGAUGGAAGUGUGUAUAUGAGCGAGGAAAGAUAGUAAGAGCUUUUUUUUUUUUUCUAUAAACACAGUGACCACUAAAAGUUUUUAAUUUACAAGAGAACGUCAUUGUCGCCGUCUUACGCUCAGUAUAUUUAUCAAGGGGUCGUGUAUAGGCAAUUUUAAAACGACAUCUUCCGAAAAAAUAAAACGAACAUUUUUAACCAAAAAAUAUUAAAACUACAAAUAUAAUUUAGUCUAGAUUUGUUAUCACAAGCAUACAUUGCUUAUUGUUUAACCGUAAAGUUAUAGUAUUCAUAAUACACGUUCAAAUGAACUUAUAAAAUACGAGUAUUAUACCUUUGAAAGUGAUUUAAGAUUUCACAGAUAUUACCUCACAUAUUACGUAUCGAUAGUAUUAUAACUAAAAUGCAAAGCCAAUUUUUUUUUUUUUAUCUGUAUAUCUAUUUUUCUGAUUGAAGAAGUUCAUAUAAGUACUUUUAUUUGUAAAAGCUUUUGAAAAGGUAUAUUUUUUUUAAUCAAUUUUUCGUAAACAUAAUAUAACGAUGUUGUUUACUUGUCCUGUAUUUUAUUAAGUGUCACGCGAAGGCGGUUUUCGUCCUAUAUAAUAUAUGUAUUUUUUAUACAUACGAAAGUUUCGUUUUUUGUGUUCAUUGUCAUUGUAAUAAGUGCAAGAUUACGAAAACUGUAAUUUUAAAAAUAUACGGGUAUCUCGAGAUGAACGGUACUAAAGAGCAGAGCUAGCAAUACUUGUAAUAGUAUAAUAUCAUAAUAUUGUUAUCUUGCGCUUAGUCGGUUUUUUUUAAAUAUUUUUCCCGUUUUGUUUUUGACGGUAUAUAUGACAGAGAUAGAUGCUGUUGUGUCGUCGUUUUUUUAAUAAUUAUAUUGUUUUAGAAAUAUAUCAUUAAAGGUACUUGAGUAAUGUUCGUAUAGUGCUUCGAAUAAUGGGCUUCAAUACUUGGGCCGUAUAUACAGGCGAAAAAAACUAUUACUUAUCCAUGUAUAUUAUAAAUACCGAUAACCCUGUAAUUUUUUUUAAAAAUUGUUUUUAAAUUUUUUUGUUUGUAUACAUUAUAAUCAAUAAUAAUACUAUGCAUACAGGAACAUACGGUUUUUUCCCUUUGUCAUUACCUAAUUAAUUCGACGCGUGUGUAUGGUUUGUGCUGUUUAAAAUUAUAAUAAUAAGCACUUUUAAUGUUAACCCCGACGUCAUAUAUAUAAUAGUAAAAAUUCAGACGUACACUUUGCACCAUUAGACUAUACAGUGGUAGCAGGCGAGAAGUUUGAAAUGUAUGUGUAUGAUACAGUGUAAUUUAAUUCAUAAUACUGAUAUUGACGAUAAAUCAUUGCAAUAAAGAAACGAUUCUAAGCGGAGUUGUAUUGAUGUUCAUGUUUUCCCCCUAUUGUAAUUAAGGUAACCCAGAAAUCAACAAAAAUAAAACCAAAUGUAGUAUCGACAUUUGUUGUCAGUUUUUAACACACAUUUUUUUUUCAAAUAAAGUGUAGCUACUACCGGGCAGAAAAUUUUAAGUUGGUGCGUGAAAAAAUAAUAACAAAGCUCAAUGUUAUAUAAAUAAGGUAAUCGGAAUUUCGAAAAAAAAUGUUUAAUUAAAUCUGAAAAAAAUCUGCAUCUUAAAGGCGUGGCAUAAAAAAAAAAAGGAUCAUUAUUACUAACCGAAACAAGUUUUUAUUAAGAGAGGAAAAAACUACACAUAUAAAACGUAAAAUUGUAAUAACCAAUUCUUUGUUAUACUCUUUGGGAUCUAAAAUUAACAUAUUAGUACAAUUUUAAACGAUUUCUGUCUAAUGAACGUUCGGUAUUAUAUGUUUAGUAUUUUCUUCUAAAUAUCAAUAACAAUAGUUACUCUCAUUUUAUUGUUUAUAUUUGCAAGAAAAUUCUGUUUUUAAAUAUGCACAAAAUUUACAAGAAAAUUGUAUUAUUAAGCGUUCUUGGAAAAUAUUUUUUCUUUUAUAAUAUUUUCCCAUCAACUGUGGGAGUAUUAUAGUAUAAUAUAUAGGUUAUAUACAUAUUCGUCAAUACUCAAUAAUUGCAAGAGCAACUCUAGUUAAUAAAAUAAUUAUUUCUCUUCUUAUGUAAUUAGUGUUAUAUAUCGAUAAUUUCGAACGCCUGCGGUCGAUCAAAUAAUAUAUAUUGCAACAUGCCCGCGGCAAAAUUAGUAUAAUAAAAAGUAUAAUGACAUAAUUAUUAAAAAAUUAUCGCGACAAUAUUUACAUUUUUGUUUGUUUGUUUUUUUUUUUUUUUUUAAUGUAAAUAAUAGGUAGUUAAAUUAAAAUAACAAAUUACACGAUUGAUUUUUUUUUUCUUUUCCGUUUCACAUUAAUUGAGCGCUAUUAUAUGAGCUAGAAAAAAAAAAAAAAUACACGUUAUUAUUAUUGCGGCUUUUGCUUUCACGCAUUAUACAAACAGAAUAAUAAAAAAACAAAAUCCCGAUAUACUUCGCACCAUAAGUUAGUCAAAAAGUAAUCAAGAAAUCAUCAAAAAUACAACCUAUGUAUUUUAUUGUUCGCUUUUUUUCCUAAGAAAAACUGUGGGGAGUCUAGACAGUUUAUUUGAAUAAAGUGCAACCGGGCAAAAAAUCUCCAUAUUUUAUGAUGUGACGUGUAUAUUUCGGAACAUAACCCAAAAUAUUGUUUUUUGACAAAAAAAAACACAUCUUCGUUUUUACUAGACACUAGACUCAUGUAUCAAAUAUUUCGACAGCUUCUUGUAUAUAUCCUUUGUGUAUUGCUUGAAAAUCAGAUAACGUCUGAUAAACAAAAAAAGGGUACUCGGAAAGAAAAACAGAAAUGUUUCGUGUAUUACCGUGAAAACUAUGAUUUAUCACACGUUACAUCGUAAUUCAUCGUCCAUUAUAUCGUAGAUAACUUAAUAUUAAGUGUGGUGGAAUCACCUUCGUAUUAAGUCGUAUAAUCUAUAAUAUGGAUAUUAUAUUUUAUGAUAAAUCAAUGCUUUUCAUGGAAAAAACAAAAAAUGUUUGUCUAUGAGUAUAACUUAGUAGCUUCUUCGCUAAGUAAAGUACUAUGAAACUAUUAUCAUAUGAUGUAUACGCGUUUAUAGUACACAUAAAUUACACGUUCAUUAUUGUAGUAUAUAUAAAAAAAAGUGUUUAUAAUAUGUAUAAGAACUAGGAAGUCGUUUUAUUUGGCAACGUUCGCGAAUAAUUUAUGGAACGUGUUCUGCGCAGCGAAGAGAAAGGUGUCGGGAUGAGUAAAUAACGUGUACACAUAACAUUUAUUUUAACGGUAUUUUACACGAGUUGACAUUAUGAUGUCGGGUUGUUCUAGAUUGUAAGAAAAUUACAAUAUUUCAGUAUACUUUUGUUCUUUUCGAACAAUAAUCGUUUUAAGCGACUCGGUUGAUGGUCCAGAAUCUUGAAACUCAAUCUAUAAUAAUAUUAUAUACCCGUGAGCUACUGAAUUAUACGAUACAUUUAUUGCAAAAAUGAUAUAUUAUUUGAAUAUUUUAUAUAAUAUAUAAUAAACUCCCGGGUAUAAUAAAUUAAUAAACACACUGCACCUAUAUAUUAUUAUAAUACAGGUUUGAUUGUUUGUAUAAUAUUGUAAUUAUACAUGUGCUGCGCAUUACGCAUAUUUUUUUCAUGUGAAACGAAUGGAGGAAUGGUUGGGGGAAUGAUGCAAUACAUUUUUGUAUUUUUCCCGGUUGGUAGUGGUUCCAGAAAAUUUAACCGUAUAUAAUUUUAUUAGGUGUUUUGAAGUGUGAAUUGCGAUUUAAACUACUUUUUUUCCCACCCAAUUUUAUACUAAAGCACUGUGUUUUUAUAGUUUCAGAUGAAUAACGCUGCAAAGUAUACGUAAAGAUGCUGGGGAGUCGUUCGAGUUGCGAAACAUGGCGCGCUCUGCAAUUCGUCGUACACGCCUAUGCUUUUGUCUUGAUCGGUUUGGCCGAGGCUUGGCAACAGAAUUUGCCGGCCAAGAACAGCGUCAGAUAUGGUGAGUAAAUGAAACAUCGCACGGAGAUUAUACAGUUCUUAUCUGCACAGUUUAAUAGAUAAUGUCUGAUGACCAAUCUUUAUUAUUAGUUUUCCAUUUUACCAAGGCAGUUUUAAUUGGAAAUUCACUCACAGUCUCUUUAGAAUAUACUUACACUUAUUCGAGAUGAUUACUAAUCAACUCCUAAAUAAUAUAAACGUUAAAUACAAACACACAAGCAAGUAUUUGGUAAUUACAUAAUCUCAGUUAAAUAUAACUUACGGCGGUUAGUGAUUACAAUUUUAAUUAAAUCUGUUUCAACGAGUGGACAUUGUUUAAUAGGCUGACCGGUGAGACCUCUCGGAAUUGAAAACAUUCGAAGACCGCCGCGGUCGUUAUAGGUAUUCGUAGUAAAAAUGGUUUUGAAAAUCGUUAUUAAGUCCGAUUCAAACCUUUAUUUUGAUAAAGGUAGAUAAAAAGAUAGGUUGAUAAAUGGUAGAUACUUUUAUACUUGAAAAAAUAAAUAUAUAGACGGACCAUAGCUAUGUAUUAUUAUCAGUUUAUGGUUAAUUUUUCUCCAGGGAAAUAUAAACAACAAAUGUGAUAUCUUCAUUCUAUCUAGCUGAUAUUAAUAAGCUCUUCAAUGACGAUUGGCGAUCCGUUUAUAUUAUUUAUUAUUAUCGCAAACACGGAUAAGAAAAUGUUUAGUGAACAAUAAUAAUAAUCAUAUUUUAUCAAUGGUCGACAAUAAUUUAAUAAGGAAAAGUGAUGAUAAUUUCGAUAUUAUGCGUCACGCGUUCGUACUGCACGGAUCGGAUGACUAAACUCAUCGUAUAUACUUACGUAUUCGUACGCGUAUUAUUAUUAUCGACUUCAAAUUCGUGCUUAUAGAUUAUAUACAGCUGUUAAGACGUGUACGCGAAUCUUUACGGCGGUUUUUUUUUUUUGUAUGCCUUGUAAUUAUUAUUAUUCACAUCGAAUGUGCCGAUGACACGGGUCGCACCAAUUCGGAUUAUUCGGAUUCACUUGUCAGAGUUCUCGGGUGUGUAUAUAAUAUUAUUUUAUGUUAACCGAAUUCGUUGUAAACGGUUUCUGUCAGAGUUUCUAUAUUUAAUAUUAUUACACUCUCUGCCUGGGUCCGGCGGCGGUGGAUUUUAAAACAUGCCGAAAUCGCGUGCACCCAACCUAUGUACUAUGAUAUCGUAACUGUCCCGCCCACCAACUGUCUCGCCGAUUAUGACGUAAAAAGUAAAAAAAAAAAGUGAACGGUCAAUGUCAUCGGCGUUGUUAUUACAAUAUUAUUAUUAUUAUUACUCCUCGAAUCUCACAAUCGCAGGUGUACUCACCGUGUUGGGGCAUAUAUUAUAUUAUUAUCCUUUCUCUCUCUUUUUUUUUUUUUUAUCUUUUUUUUGUAAUCGGGUCAAUGAUGCCAAUGGACAAAUGAGGUAAACUGUUUUUAAAACUAUGUUCCCCGCUUUUGACGAAUCUUUAAUUCAAAAUUGAAAAUGUAGGUAUACGAUAGUAGAUAACAUUUUUCAUCAAACGUGAUUAAUCGAACUUCGCUCAGAAUCUUUUUUUCGUUUUCGCAAAGAUUUGUCGUUUGCAUACAAAUAUAAUCAGAUUAUCGUAUAAAUCCUACCUCUCCAAUUCCCAGCUAUACAACAGUUGGCUCUUAUCCAUGAGUGGCGUGAGCAGUAUUCUGCACAAGGAUUGUAGCGACGGUGUACAAAAUACCCGAAACGUAUUGGUUUUUUUUUUUUUUUGUAAUAGUUAUAAUAACAUAUAUGAGGGCCAUUAAAAAAGUAAAUUGCAUUAUGCUAGAUUUUUUCCCGAGUUUCAAUACAAUUUCGUGACAACACCCUAUCCUUUAAAAACUUUUAAAAAUAUUGAAUUUAUGUUACGAAGCUUAACAGUUAUCAUUUGAUAAUCAUGGCUACUACUAUCGUUAGAUCGUCCAAAAUUUAAAUUACAUUUUUAAAUGAUAAUUUUAAACAAAAUUACAAAAUAAUAGUAAUUUUUUACCUAUGGCCUGAUGCUACUUACUUUCUCCUCAUAUAUUACGUAGAUUGUAUAUCACCAAUACGAGUAUUACAAAUAUUAAUUUCAGUUAAAAAUCGGAAUUUUCGUUUCUUUUGUUUUCCUGUACGUUUUCUGCAAAUAAUAAUUGAAAAAAAAGUAAGUACGGAUGUUGUAGAAAUAAAUCAGAGGGAGGGGGGCAUGUGGUAACGGAAUCUCCCGUUAUUUUAAAACAUGAUUUCGAUAGAAAUGUCGUUUCCUCUCGAUUUCUGAAAUUCCUGCGAACGGCCGCAACGUCCCGUGUAAGUAAAACCGUCCCGACCUAAACCUAACCACAUGCUAUUUCGCCACCUCAGUGGCAACACGAUAUUACGUGCGGUUAGGCUUAGGACGGAAUACUUAUACUAUACUUGUUUAUUGGUUGGUUUUUUAUAUGUUUUGGUGUCCGGUUUUUCGGUGGCCUCUUAUCUAUGUAUAUAAUACCGAGAUUCGAGACUAAUAUAAUAUAUUUUCCCUCGCGGUUUGGUGGUAGUCAAUAUCAUAUUAUUAUAAUAUAAUGCCGGUUAUUGUCCUUUGUGAACACAACGUAUUGAAUAUAAUAUUUUAUGUAUAUUUAUUGCUCUCGUGCACGGUGUAUUUAUGAUAUGUUUAUAUGCGUAUAAUAUGUGGGCGGGUCGGGUCAUAAUAUUAUGUUAUUAUAGUUUUACCGGUUGCCCUCCCGCGGCCCCAUGUAAAAUCGGUUAUCUCCAGCGAUAGUUUCCCCGAGAGUUUCGGGAUAAAUAUUUAACCGCCGUUCAUAGGUUUAACCGUACAACAGAUAACGACAAAAAAAAAACACGUAUAAUAUUUAUUGUCAUAAACGGCAUGUUGUGACACACGAAAAAAUGAAGGUUUGGUUUCUUUUUAUUAUUAUGUACACUCUUUAAUUUUGUGUGCCGCCUAUUUUAAGUGUACAUUUCGAUAAUAUCACUGCUCGCUGCAGUCGAGUUUGUUUUGUCUGCAAGUAACUCGAUCGUAAUUUAUUAUUACGGUGGGCUUUGGGGACCCCCCAAAAUGUUAUAUUAAAAAGCCAGCCAGUCAGGAUUUUGGCAGCAAGGUUUAUAGAUAACAAACCUUGCUUUGGUAGUUCUUCGUCUUUGAUAAUGGAACACAAAAGUCCGUGGAAGAAGUAAAAUUUCCAUUUACCUAAUAUAAAUGAACUGAGCAUAUAAAAAUAUAAAAACUGCAUUUUAAAAUGAGAUAACAAUUUUAUUACUUUUUGAAAGAAAAUAUUUAGUAAUAUGCUUUUUAUUCCAUGUUCAAUAGCAUGAUAAUAUUUUAAAAGUGAUAGUUUUGUAUUAAUAAUUUUGUUUUUACUUUAUUAUUUUAUUAUUUGAUAGUUUUUGUGCGUUAUCAAAACAGGUCAUAAAGAUUCAAGAUAUAUUAAAAUUGAUAAUUCACUGAAUUUAGUUUUUAUUUAAUGGAGAUAACCACAAAUUAAUACUUUUUACUUAUAAAAGGAGUGAAUUCUAAAUCCUUAAAAAAGGAGUAUAAAGGAGAAAAGAAGUAAUACUAUUUUUAUAACACGCAGAGGAUUAUUGCGUUCCAACCUACCCCAAAUUGUUUUUAAAUUACAAAUCGAUGAUUUUUUUCCAUUAAGUUUCGAACUAAAGCCCUAGAUGAAACAAUAUUUGAGGUUAUGUUCUAUAAUUUAUUUCUUUUAUUAUGUGUACGAGGGUUAAAUUCACCCCACCUCUCAUAAUAUAUAGCUGCAUGUCAAACUACAUAUUUCUUAUGGGACUUAUUUAUAAUAUUGUUAUACAAUAUACAUCUAUGAAUUCGACAGACCUAGGAAGAGCGAAAUAUUUUGUUUUGUUGUGAAAAUACAGUAUAAUAUAAUUAGUUUAAAAUUAAUUUUGAAAUAUCAUCGUAUAACAGGCUACUGGAUAGAUAGUAUACGUAUAGAACGACCAGAAAAGACUACCGCGAAGGUCAUCAGCAUCACGCUGGAUUAGCAUAAUAUGAUGACUGUGACGCCACUGUUGACAAAAUUGAUUAAAAUACACAAUAUAUAAUUAAUAUUAUUACGAUGAGGAUAAACAAACAAACAAUGAAUCGCUAAAUGUUUUUUUUUGUGUGUCCUUCAAAUAACGCUAAUACAACCAUUACCAUUUUUUCCGGGAUAAUUUAAUUUUGGUAUGUUUUUUUUAAAUAUUUUAACUAAAAUAAAUACAUACAUAUACAUACAUACAACUAUACAAUGUUAUGUAUAUAACUAUACAUAUUUGAAUUUGCGACUUAAACUGCAAUUUUUUAACCUUUACUUAUCCUCUAUUUAAUAUGUAUUACAUAUAUAUUUUUUUCAAAUCAAUCAUUGUGUUGCAUGAAUAAUGGUUAGUAUUCCGUUCUAAUUAGUAUAUUGUACUAUUAAGCUAUAUAAUAUUAUCUAUUACGAAAUAAGCUUUUUUAAAACAUUUUUCAAAGAUAACAGUGAAUUAUUGAUUAAACGCGUGUAAACAUACCGAAUUUUGCUAAUAGCACAUUUUAUUUUAUAGAGCACAAUAUUUGUUUUGUAUUUUAUUUUAAUCAACUUCUUUAUUUAUCCAGACAAUUAGGUUACUUGAACUGGUGAUAUUGCACUAUUCGAUAUAGAACAAUACAUCUCAAUAUUAUACGUCUAUAUAGUUAUUAUAAUAUAAUAUUAAAUAUUAAUUUAUUUCGAUCGUCUAACCUAACUCAAUAAAAAAAUGUAAAAAAAAAACAGGUUUUACGAUAUAUAUUACAAACAUACGAAAUAAUAAUACUGCACAUAUCCAGAGCAUUAUAAAUAAUCAGAAAAUCAGUCCUUAGGGCGUCUAUAAUUUUCUCGAAACUCGGAACUUAUGCUAAUUUAUAAUAUACGAUAAGUAAUCUCCCCUCUCUUUGUCUCUCUUAAUAGGUAUAUUUCGUUAACCGUACCGUCGUUUGUACAUUGCGUGCCAAUAAAAUUGAUGUUUUUUUUUUUUUUUAAAAAAAACAAAUAAUAAUAAUAAUCUAAAUCUACCAAAAAAGGAAUUAAAAAAAAAAAAAAAAAUCAGAUUAUGUACAUAAUAUUAUGUAAAACGAUAAAGAGAUUGUUGUAAUAUGUUGGUGGUUUCAACUUAAAUAUGUCUUAUAUAUAUAAAGUGGAAUAAAGUUCGAAUAAAUGUCUUAGACUAUAUUAUUACCUAUAAUAUUAUUCCACAUAAUAUGUAUAAUGUAUUUCUUAAUUUUCUGUAUUUUGUAAAUUACGUUUAUUAUAAUGAUAUGAUGUAAAAACACUUGCAAAAAAAAAAAAAAUAAUAAUAAUAAUAAAUACAAAUUGAAAAGGAGUGCGAGGAUAUACAUACUAGUAUAUGAUUCGAAAUCCUGUUUAAUUGCAUCGAAAUUGUUUUAAAAUAUUGCCCCGAUUUCGAGACGCCCGCCCGUCUACGAGUAUAUAAUAUGUGUACUACAGUGAGCUAUUAUAGAAAAUAAUCGAUUUCGCCGCAAUUUUCUCUUUUAUAUAAAAUACAUCUAAUAUACCUGCAUAAUAAUAUUUUGUAAUAAAACCGGCUUCUUUUUCUACUUAUUUUUAGUAUAUCCUUCUAUAUUUUUAAUAUCCUUUAUUAUUAUAGGUACUCGUGUAUUAAGUUGCGGUCACACGAUGAUAGUUGAACGUGAUAGUUGCUAUCGCAAAAGUAAAACAUCUUUUGCAAUAAUUUACAAUCACUAUCGUUAUGUGAUCACACCGUGAUCUUAGACGUGAUAGCAUCUGCGUGAUAAUAGCAGUAUAGUCAGGACCAGCUUGGAAAAUAUCGAGACCCAGCAGAGCAGUAAUUUUUACGAGAUCUCAAUAAGCUUUUAUUUGUUUUAUCUUCUUAUACCGAGCGUAGGUAAAUCUUAAAAAUAUUAUAUUUUUUCUUUAGUUCAUUAAUUUUAAUUUGUAUUUUCUAAAUAAUCAUUUAGGAUUACUUAAAUAGAUAGCUUUGAGUAUAUAGCAUUAAAAGGUAUAUUGUUAUAGAUAUUGUCCGGACUAGUUGAGUUAGCCUAUUAGUGGCUUAGGCAGGGGAGAGGUUUUUGGGUGUUGUAACCCUUCCAUUGCUUUUUUUUUUUUAGCUAUAGUUAUAGGUAAGGUAAGAAGGUUGUAAACCCCUAAAUCUCCUAGAACAUGCAAAAUCCCAAACACUACCCGAAUCCCCUCACUCUCACCCCGAUGAUAAAUCCUGUUGUACGCACCACGGUAGUAUUACGUGAUAGUUAGUAUCGUUAUCUCAAUAAAAUUAAAACUAUCAUGGAGGUAUGAUUGUAUCUAUCGUGAUAGUGUGAUAGCAUUGGCAUACUACUGGAUAGAUUAUAGGUACCUUCUGAAUUGUUGUUUUAUGUACGUUUAACACGGCGACGAGUUUAGUAUAACUCUGGUGAUAACGGCUAUACAGCGACCAUCGCGCUUAACUAUCACCGCGGGCAGACGGAGACGUCGAUAGUCGCGAACGCGUUAGGAAAUGUUACGACAAAUACAAAAAUAAUAAUAUUAUCGUGCUUAUCUACACAUAAUGUUAUUAUAUUGUACGAAGAGAGAGGACAUCAUCGACGCCACUGCCGCCGUCCGGGCCGGUUUCGCAGUUGUUGGCUUCAAUCAACUCUUGUUAUAUUAUAUUAUGUACGCCGCGUUGACCCGCAUUCGCCUUUCGUGUGCGUUUAAAUUAAUAGUCACAAACGCACGCGCGAGCGUAAACGCUUUCCGUACGGAUACUCGGUGUACGUAUAAUGCGAUCGGUGUCCCGAAAAGGUCAUCGCGUCUUGAGGUUUUUUUUUUCUUCAAUCAACCACGCUAUUAUUAUUAUACUCUCGUAUUUUAUCCCCGAAAAGACCCGCGCGGCCGUAACAAAUGUGAUAUCAAUUAUCCGCAAUGCCCGGUAAUUAAUUAAUAAUAAUAAAAUGUAAUGCCGCAGUAUAUAUAAUACGUAUUGUAUUAUACGCCUAAUAUAAUUAAUGAUAAAUUGGUCAUGCCUUCGACGGGACGACCACCUGACCGUGUGUGCAGCAGGUUUCGGUGCACGCGCGAUAAAAAUGCCGUCAACUAUAUUAUGUUACCCAACAACCCGGAAUAAUGCGUUUUCAUAAUCUAUUAUGACAUUAUACACUAUACAGGGUGAUCUUUUUCUGUCACCGUCCAACGUGAUAUCUCUCGCAAGAUUUCAGUAUUACGUUUGAUAUUUUCUUUUCGACCAUUAUGCAAUUGUUUAAGCAUAAUACUGCGACGUUUUCAAAUGUUUACCCCUUAUUAUAUUAUUAUCUUAAGUGGACUUUGAUUUUCAACCGGUUCCCUCUCAUUUCGAAAUAAAAAAACAAUAUAUUUACCGAACAUAGUUGUAUAAUGUAUAAUCAUAUAAUAUCGGAUGUAUCGUUUUAUGAUAAGUUUAAAAUCAAGAUCGUAGCAGAAGGGGAGGGGGUAAUAAAUUUCAUAUCCAUUUUUAGACGAUAUCAUCCCUUUCCUACCCCUCCGGUCUAAUAAUUGUUUAAUACAUAUAUGGCAAAUCCAAUACAUAGCGUAAUACUAUCGACAUUUUUAGGAAAAUUACUCUUUUCGAAUCUCCGAUUUGAUAAAGAGCGUGACAUAGGCACCGGAUCAAAAGUCGUUAUUAAAAUACGGGGGAUCAUUCUGAGACGUAAAUUGGAUCGUCGACAAGGGCAUCAUUUCAGGGAUUUAGACUAUAAUUGGCAGUCCUAUUUUUUUAUUAACGUAGUUUUGGCCCGCAUAAAAUGUUAUAUAAUUGCGCUGUCUUUGAUAAAAUACCGAUAAACUAUUACCAAUGACUGCCUUUACCGGGAUCCGACCUUUUGAGAUAUUAGAGUAAGACAUGGACAACAUUAUUACCACAGUUAAUUGUUACCUUGGUUUACGAUUAAGGAAGGUACUAUCAUGGUAUCAUGGUAAUUAUAAUGUCGACAAAUUAACAGUGAAUAAAUGCACAUGAUAUUGAAACCUAGUUUCUUAAUUUUUUUUAGCAAACAUAUUUCUUUAUAGCAUUUUAAUAUUAAAAUGUAAAGUGGAAAUACAAGUGAGAGAAGUGAUCGAUGUUUUUUUUUUGAAUUUUCGCAAAAUAAAUAAGAUUUAUUAUAAAUACCCGGAGGAGAAAAAAUUGGCACGAUUCAAAUACUCGUAUCCCUAUUGAGAAACUAAAACGAAGCCCCCAAUCGUUUAACGUUUUUACAUAAUCGUGUUGUAACAAAACUGAAACAAAAAAAAAAAAAAAAAAAAAAUUGUCCGAAUUCUUCGUAUAAUAGAUAUAAUAAUAAUCGCUGCGGAUCGUAAUACAAAUCAAUCGUCUUGUAGUUAUAAUGUAACGCACUGCGAAACUUUGGUAUGACCAUUACGACAUAAUAAUUUAAUUCCGGCGUGCGGAAUAUUAUUGCUGCAGCGGAAACGCUAUAUACGGAGAAUUGGAAUUAUUAUUAAAAAAAAUAAUAAUAAUAAAAAAUACUGCCGCUGUAUUCUCCUUGUAGCUAUAUAAUAUCUUGUAUACAGUUAUUAUUUAUUAUUUAUAUUUUUUUUUCAACGUUGCUAUUACCGGUUUGCCUGUGGGACGUCCCAUUGACUGCUGCUGCUGCUAUGUAAGCAAACGAAAUAAAUACGACUUUAUUUUCAAUUUAUUCAUAUGCAUAAACGUAUGCGUACGUACGAGAGUGUAUUAUGAUACUGCAGCGAGACGAGAUUACAAUAUUUCCGGAGUUCGUAAAUUAUAAGCGUAAAAUUGAAAAAAUCAACAAAAAAAAUCUAUAUUUCUUAUCGGUAUACACCGUAUAUUACAAUAAUUUCUAAUACACGAAUCGUAUAUGAACAUACGCACGUAUAUAAUGGGAUAUUCUCGCCCCUCUCUCAAAUCUUUGUAUCGCGGAUUAGAUUAUAGUACCUACAUAGGUAUAUUAUGUAUUAUUAUGGUUGUUACACUCUCGCGUAUUAUGAUAUUAUGUACCGUAAUUUUUUUCUCUCGUGUACCAUAUUAUAUACGAACAUAGUAAUAAUAACAAGUUUUUAUUAUAAUGAUAAUUAAUAUUAUUUUUCUUUUUGGUCUCAUUCCAAGUGCGACCGAGUGUAGUAUACGCACUUUCCAACGGCAUAUAGGUACCUGCGGACCUGCAGUGUGUACGUAUGUCGUAUACGUUAUAGUUUCGCGAUCGUACACGCUCCUGAUUAUUUUAUAUAUACAAUUAUUUUUCUUCUUCUAAUCCGAGCAGAAAGUGAAAUUUCUAUAUGUUAUACUCGCCCAAAAGCCACUUCGAAUUCCAAAAUACCUGUUAAUUACUAUACAGAGUGAUCUGAAUCCUCGACGAGACACUCGUUAUCACGGAAAGUAUUAACUUUUUAGGAAUUAGUAUUUUUUUUUUUGUAACCUUUAUUUUUGGGGUAAAUUACUACUAUACUUUUGAUUUUCAAAUAGUAACUUAUAUAUUUUUUAAAUUAAUUUUUAUUGUUGAAAAUACAUUUUGGUGUUGAUAAUUGUAAUUUCCGUUUAACCGUUGACUAUUCGUAGAUAUUCGUGUGAAUUCCUCUGCCCGAAUUGUAACGUGUCGUCUUAAAAAAUGUCGUCGGCGGAAAUUCAAAAUUUCACUACUAAAACUUCAUCUGUUUGUGAAAUUCUUAAUAUAGGUUGCUACUUGAAAACCAAAAGUGAGUAGGGUUUUCACCCCUCAAAAAAAGGGUAACCGAAAAUGUAUCAUUUUAGAGCUGCUUGUUACUUAAAUUGUCCGAAAAAAAUUAUUCUUAAUAAAGUUUAUACUUUCCGAAAUAACGAGCGUGAGGAUUGAUUACUCUGUAUUCUUCACAAAUUUUAAGUUUAUAAGCGUACAUUUAUUAUUAUUAUUAUAUUAAAAUCAUUCGUUGUAAAAUAUUUAUACUUACCGGAAUUAUAUACACCUACCAUUAUAGCAUUACACAUCGCAAUUAAAAGAAAACUCAUCGUUUUCGAUAAUUCUAUAAUAUCGUGUUUUAUUCUCAAAAUAUUAUAUAAUUUUUAAUAAGAAAAUCUUUUUAAAUGGUCUUUUUAAAAUUUUUUAGAACGGUUUACAUAUUAUUGUUAUUUUUUUUUCGUAACAAACCGUUCCAUGAACAUAUUUGUAUACCAAUGAUUUUAUAAUGUCAUCUUAAUACCGUGUGCUGUAUCGACGAGAGUAUUUCAAGAAUUUGAAUGUAUAGCGCGCAAUACGCAUAGAAUUUUUAUUGUAGAUAAAUGUUAUUUUAUUCGAUUGUUGUAACGAGUAAAGGAAAAAAAAAAUAUAAAUAUAUAUAAUAUAUUAAUGUCGUUCUAGUUACGAACAAAAUUAUCUAAACGGGGCCAAAGACAUCACGAAUAACUAACUGUUAUAAAAAAUAACGAAAAUUUCGUGGGGUUGUCUCAGUGGCCACCGCAGUUUCGGGGCAGAAUGACAAAUUACUUCAUUUUCUCUGUUCAUUAAUUCAACGUUAUUUUCGUUGUAUUUAUCUCCAACGAUCAUUUUAUAUGUAUAUCUACACUACGUAUGACGGGUUGACGGGUUAUUAAAAUCUUACUAAAGUCGUCCUGACUAGAAGUUUUUUGAUCUCGAUGUUUAUCGGCCCUAUAUUACGUCCAGUGGUAGUUUUGUAAGAAAAUAUUACGAAGGCGGAGUUAAAAAAAAAAAAAAUAAUAAUAAAAACCGAUCAGUUGUAAUUUGAUUUUCUUUUGUUACUUUACGGUUUUUUUUAUUAUUAUAUAAAUUAUAUACACUCGUGUAUGCAUGGAUAUAAUAAUAUGUGUGUUUGUGUACUAUGUGAGUGCGUAUAAUAAUUAUUAUACAUAUACUAAUACUUACUUAUAUUAUUAAAACAAGUACUCACCUACAACUCUGUUAAUUAUAAUAUUUUAUAGAAUAUUCGAAUAAUAAUAAUUUUUUGAUUUAUGCUCGAUAAACGUUUAGGCUAAAAAAAAAGUUUUUUUGUACAUAAUAUUAUAACAAUAUAAUCCAUACACAUUCAAACAACAAAACUGUUGUAACGUGAAGUGGUGUGUAACUGUAGCAUACGAUUACACCUUAUAUUAUAAUUAUCUCGAGUGUUAAUAAAAUAAAAAAAAAGUAUUAAAAAUAUACAUCUAUGUGACAUAAUAUAAUAUCGUAUAAUAUGUUUUACAUUGAACGUAUAUUUAUUUGCUUACUUCCUUACUUACUUUAUUACUUACUUAAUUAAUUAAUUAAUUACUUACUGAUAUAUGCAUAUGUUGUGGUCCUAUUGUACAUUUAUUUUAGACUUAUAAAGUUAUAUAGCCGGAGAGAUAUCGACUGCUGCGUAUAGCUGCAGUAUAUUGCAGUGAACUGUAUAUAAUGCAUAAAUGUCAUAACAGGUUCUUAAUUAUUUUUUAUUACUUAUACACCUAUAAUAUUCGCGAGAUUCUCAUUCUAUUUCUCGCUAUAAUUUAUUAGACAAAUUACGCGUAUAUAGUGCAAUUAAAGUUCUUAUUAGUUACCUGUAUACUAUUUUAUAACGUUUCUUUUUAAUUCAAACCAAUCGACUGGAACAUUUUUUUUUUCAACCGUUACAUUAUAUUAUAUUGUGUGAUGUGAUCUUAGUGUGUUCGCUGAAUCGAGACUUUAUCCCGCUUGACUUACGACACCUACCUGUAUAUUAUAUUACGUUGCAAAGUAACCUAUACAUUCUACGUUAUAAUAUGUAUCUGUUCCUCAGAGCCGGCGGAGGGUGCGAAAACCAUACGGGCAAGAGCCAUUAAUUCAUGUUAUUACUAUACACACAAAUAUAUUCAAAGGGAUUCUAAAUGCCAGUCUACUUCUCAUCUAGUUAAAUAUCGAGACCCCUGCGAUAAAAAAAUAAAUAAAUUUGCACCGGGCCCCGCAAAUCGUUCCACCUGCACUACUAUUUCUAUAUUCGAACAUGAUUUUCAUAUCAUGAUACAUAAAAUAGUCCUAGAUGAAAUCACAGGUUGGGCUUUGGGUUCUAAUUUAUUGUCGACUGAUGACAUCCCUAUUAGUAUCCUUAGAAUGGAAUGUAUCCUAUUCUUCAAUAUUAAUAGUGAAAGUAAGUAAAGUACUUUGAAAUCCUUGAAUCGUACAAGUCAAAAAUUUUCGUACAGCGUUAAAACAGAACACAGGUAUUCGUUGUCAUGACGAUUUUUAUGGUGACGCUUACGAAACAAUGUCUGAUAAUGUUGAAUUCGACGACGUAAUUAAAUACAGUUCAAACACUCGCGACUCUGUACUAUAUUUUAAUUGUCGACUUUUGUUAACAGUUUGUAUUUAAAAUUUGUUAACUUUUUAUUUUUAUGCAUACGUAACCCGCAGUUGAUAUUUUUAAAAAAAGUAGGUCUACAUUCAUUUGUAGUGGACUAAUACCUGGAACUUCUUUUUUUAUUCUUUUUUUGCGGUGGACGAUUUUGAUGCACUUCGACUUGACCCAAUCAGAAUAUUUCUAGUUUCGCCUAAGGUAAUAUAGUAGCCGACCAGAUUAGUUAUGUACUAAAAUAUUUCGAAAAAAAAAAAAACGCUUAAUAAAACGUCAGUUUAUUUGAAUGUAUAUUUGACUAAUACGAUUGAAACAAAAUAUUGUGAUAAUACGAUACAUGAUAAUAAUUGUGUAUACGCCAAGGAUUUUUUUUUUUUGUACACGUUCGGUGAAAUAAAAUGUGUGUGCGUAUAAUAUCGGAAUAUCGUUUGAAAUAACCUCAUAAUAUAUUAGUCGUAUUGCUCGUGUAUAGUAUGUUAUAAACUGUAGUUAUUUAAAUUUGAGACGAGAUAAUAUACCUACUCGUGUAAAAUACGUACCGCACAAUAAUACGUGCAUUUCUCGUGCGAAAACAACGGUAUAGUGUUUAAUUCGUUUAGCCCAUUUAAAGAAAAGAGAAAAAACCACAUACAUAUAUAUAUAUAUAUAUAUCGCGGCGCACUUCAAGUAUAUAUUUUUAUUAUUGUUGUCGAUUGUGUGUAGAUAAUUAUUGAAGAAUGCAUAUUAUUACACUCGUAUACUGCAGAACGUGAGUACAUAUAUUACUGUGUAUAAUAUUAUACGUAUUAUUUGCAAUAAUUGUUAUUAUGCAACUAAUAUGCGGGUAUAUCGUGCAAAUUGUUAAUAUUCAUAAUAAUAUUACCAUAUAUUUGUAUACGUUUCGUUCGAAAAUAUCACGACGGAAAUAUUUUAGUCUUUUUAGUAAGAGUAUUAUAUAUUUUUUGUAAAUAUUAUAAACGCGAUAUCAUGUGGAUUGUUGACUACAAUUUAUUAUAUCACGGUAAUAUCAUAUUUUUUUUUGUCUAUAGUUUAUCGGUAUACUCAUAAUAGUACGGUUAUUGAUACCAAUUCAUAAUAAUAGUCCUCGUAAAGUAUUAUUGUAUCGCCGCGGUGACUCAUUUAGUAAAUUAUUAUUGAAUGUAAUCCGAAAACGCGAGAAAUAUGAUAAUAAUAUUAUGUUAUUAUAAUACGCUCUAUAUUAUUAUAUGCAUAUUGUUGUAGCUUUAGUGAUAAUAAUAUAGUGAUAAUGUCAUUUGAUAUUUGAUAAUAUUGAUUUUUGAAACCUGCGCCGCCGCAAAUAACGAACCGCGUGCAAUACUAAGUGUACGCGUAUUAUUAUUUUCAAGAUCGAAAUUUAAUGUCUAGUGACUAGUUGUUUAGCGUUUUACCCGCAAAUUUUACAUAAGUCAAUUUUUGUCUAUAUAGUUAUUACGAAUAUAAUGUAAUGAAUGUAUCGUUUUUUAAUUUAUCGGCAUUACGUCCCGAAUUUAAAUUAUCGACACGUCCGUUUCACUGAACCGGCGAGAGUAAAAUAUCUAUUACGCUGACUGUUGCGUCUAAUGUGAAAGUGUCACCAAUAUUAAAAACGAAUAUAUUAUACAUAUAUACGUAUCACCGACAUUACGAAAUAAUAUCGAAGAAUAACGGACAUUUGUUUUUCUCUCUUCCGAUUUUUGAACUACUAACUCCUCAUUCUGUAUGCCUAUUACAUAUUAUUAUUAUUUGAGGUCCGCCACUUAAAAACAAAAACAAUGUAUAAUUUCAUGUAAUUGGGCCUGGCCUGUUUAAAACUUAAAUAAAUAAUAAAUAAUCAGGGAGAACGGUUGUUUUUUUUUCACUGCUACCAUCUAUAAAUUAUUUGAUACCUGUAUAGGUACUUGUAAAUAUAGUGAAGCACGAUUUAGCCUUGUUCGCCACCAUUGUGAACGCGUCAAGGUUCGUCCACAGAUAAUAUAAUAAUAUAUCGUCCGAUUUUAAUAAUACAUUACGCACACUUUAAGUGUGUAGCAUUUCUGGAAGAAGAAAAAACUAUAUAAGUAUUUUAAAAACAAAAGAAAGGCCGAUACUGCUGAUGGGUGUGCUACUACUGUUUUAGAAAAAGAACGGGAAGGGAAUGUAAACAUAAUAUAGAGUAACUUAAUGUAUAUCUGUACGCGGCGAUAAACCAUUGCUAAAAAAAUCGAGCUGAGUAUUAUUAAUCAUAUUUUUCUCUUUGUUACCAAAGUAACACAGAAUUAAGAAAAAUAAUACAAUUGCCAGUUUAAUCCCGUUUAUUAAGAAAACUGUCAGGACAGGGGGGAAGAAUGACCGCUUCAAUGCAAAAAUCUGAUCAAAAAUUUCACAAGAAAAUUCUUACGAAGUUUUUGAUUCGAGUUAGAUUUCUAGUAGAAAGGUCGUUUACAGAUAAAACAAAAAAUACAUAUCGUUUUAAAACAAAUUCAUUCUUCGAUUCGCUCAGUAUGUAAAUCACUACAUUAGGUGUAAUAUUAUUUGUAUUUUAUACUCGUGUGGUGACAAAUAUUUUCCAGUGGCGUACAUUUCUGUGAAUGAGAAUGGUAGGAUUUAUAUCCUCCUACCCUCACUGGCUUAAAAAUACAACAAAUAUGUAUAUAUAUUUGAUAAUUUUAUCUUGAAAUAUUACAGCUGAGUUACAAGAAGAAGAAAAGAAGCUGGAUUUACUGAAUAAAAGUUACCUUUUAUAGAUCCGGUUUUUCAAUUCUCUUCAUCAGGUUAGGUGUACCUAUAUAAUAUCAAAAGAAAAAUCUAAAUUUUAUUUACGAAUAGUGGUUAGUAUAUUUACUGAAUUCGUUACCAAUGAAUAUUCUCGGGCACGCCAUUGGUUUUUUUCCAUACAUAACCGUUUUGUGAUCUUACCCAGGGUUUUAUAAUAAUAUUAUACGUGUACAUAAAUUUAUUGUCAACGUAAAAAUAAUUGCGGUGUCGUUUCGGUAAAUAUUAUAGGUACUUAAUAACAUACGGGCCUACGUGCAGUGUAGUCUCAAGGUUUGGCGUUAUAUUGCAUAAUAACUAUAAUACAAUAACAAAAUUAUUAUAAUCCAUAGGAGGAGAAUUAUUGGUAAAUGUGCGGCGGCAGUUGUUCGAAUGAAAAUCAGUGUAUUAUAAAUAAAAUUAGGUAUAUUUCCUUGGUCCCUCCUCCCCCACUUUAGUAUUUUAAAACAACCUUUUCACCACUCGUUUGUAUUGUUUUGUAAACGUUAUUAGUUUCGUUUGUAGAGAUUGCUUGCACAUAAACAUAUAUAUUUUUUUUUUCUAAAGCUCACCGUGUAGUAAAACACGUUUUAUUAUUUGCAAAAAAAAAAUAAAAUAAAAUAAUUAUAAUAUGUGUAAAAUAAAUUAAAUCAAAUCAAAUAAUAUGGAUUUUUCAAUGUAUGAUAAAUAUAAUUAAAUAAAAUAAUUUUAUUUUUUUAACUGUAUAAAAUAAAUAUUCGAAUUGGACCGCCGUUUUCCUUUUUAUCGGUAUUGAUUUGUUCUUCAUGUCCAGACUUUCCCCAGUUAUUAUCAAUUCGCCUGUAAUAGGCUUUGUAAUGCCUUUCAUGUUUCAAAUCACCACCUAUUAAUACGUGCAUACGUCUCUUAGUCAAACCUGAAAAUUAAUAAAUAAUAAUUUAUUAUUUCAUCAUUAAAAACAAAACAAUAAUUGAUUAGUAAAUUGUAAUAAAUAUCUAACAAAUUAUUUAUAUGGUCGAUACUCAAACAAAUUAUUAUUACAAUAUUGAUGUGUACCAAAUACAUAAAAAAAUAAUAAUUUUUUUGAUUUACAAUUAUUAAACAUUAAUUAUUUUAGAUUCUGAGUGUAGCGAGAAAUGUAGAUCCAUUUACCUGGCACCUCCGCCUAACUUAAAUUGUUCUAACUAUUAUUAUAACAUUAUUGAGAUGCCUUUUUCUUAAAUUUAAGAAAAAAAAAAAACGAAAAAAAUGAAUAGGUUUUUUCCAAGAUGAGUAUUUUCAGUUGAGUGAACCAUCCUGUAUUUAGAGUGUUCAACAAUUUUUUAUGAAAAAUUUCUGUUAAUAUUUACUUUUUGUUUGUAAUCCUAGUAAACUUAGAAUAAAACUGAGAGAAAUUAUAAAAAUAGUCAUCGUUUGACAGUGUUAUUACCUUGUACUACGAUUAUGAUUCCCUAAUGAGUAUCUAUUAUUUGCAUACCUCUUCUUUAGAUAUAGAUAACAAAAAUAUUAUACAUACUAAUAUUGACUAAUAUAGGACUUAAAAAAAAUCAAUACUAUAUGAUUUUAUUUGUUUAAUUUCACACAUUAUUAUUGUUAUUUUUUGUGAGAAAUGUCUUGGUUUUUUUUUUUUAAAUAAUAUUUUUGUUUGUAAAACACCUAUCUAGUAUGUCAAUUAGUAUAUUCUGUUAAUAUAGUGUACGCAGUACAUAUAUUUAAUAAUUUGUUAUGAUGAAUAAUGCAAUCUCCCUACAAGUGAAACUAAUAACGUUAUAAAAUAAUACAAACCAGCUAUAAACGAGUGAUGAAAAGGUUGUUUAAAAAUACUAAAGUAGGAGGCCAGGGAAAUGUACCAAAUAAAAUUACAAUUUAAAAUAGUCGUCAUUCAUAAAAUGUCCAAGAAUUUUUACACGUAAAUUGAUUUUGGACUGGAUAUACGAAUGGCGCAGUGAACUCGUACUUAUAUUCGAUUGGCCAUUCGAUAAGGUUAUCGUUUAUUUAAAAAUAAUCUAUAUACCUAUAUAUAAAUUAUAAUAAACACGCGAAAUAAGUUUAUAUUGUUAUCACAUUGUGUGUUCGGUACUUAUCGUGUUAUAAUAUUGAUGAUGUAUUAUUGUUGUUGUUAUUAUUAUUAUCCUGUUAACAAGUUUUGUUUUUAUUUCUUUUUCAGGAGGACUUAAUACCGAACAGAUAUUUUACGGAAACACCACGGCCACGGACUAUUUCAAAAUACUCCUUCAGGAUCAAACGACAGCACUCAUCGGAUCCAGGUAUAAACAACGAUGUGUUAUUUUUUACCCCGUACGCUGCUCACACCGCCGAAUAUAAUUCUAAUAAAAAAAAAAAAAUAAUAAUAAAAAAACAACAGCACUAUGCUUAUAGGUAAUCCUAGGGGAUUCCCGGUCGAUAAGUCUCCGUAUAAAACGUGUCGUAAACAAAGAAUACCAUAACAUAAUAUUUUUUAACGAUGACUCGGCUCGAAGACAGGAUACAUGCUCUAUGAACCGUAAUAUUAUAAUGUUAUACAGGAACCUUUUAGACUUACACGAGUAUUGUGUGUUCGUUCGCGGUUACACUUUUUUCAUCGACCGUUUUCCUAUUAAGUUUCGAUAAUUAUUUCACAAGUCGAUUCCCAAGUCGCCGAAGAAAACGCAAACGUAUGCAGGAAAUACAACACCGGGGUACACGCGUAAACCAACACAUGAGGCGGAUAUAAUAAUCAUUUUUAUUACUAUAUUCUAAUCGUUCUCUAUACGUAGGGUGUUCUUACGAAUUUUCGAAAUUUUCACACGGUUAAAAAAUCGCCGCCGCGCGCGGUAACUCCUUGGAAAAUGUCAAUAUUUAUAUAAUGUUAUUAUAUCCCGAUCUUGUUUCAUUGUCGAUUUUAUGCCGGUACAUAAUUCGCGUUUGUCGCUAAAUUCUGUUUUAACAAUCGUUUUUUUUUUUCAAACGUGAUUUUCGGUCAUUUUUACCCCGUUCAUCUCUGAAAAUCUCAUUCUCCGUCAAAAUCCUUAAAUCGCUCUUCAAACACUCGGUUCGGCAAUUAAUUACAACAAUUCUACUCCUGUAUGUAUUACAAUUUGCAAUAAUAAUCAACUGUAGUGUAUAGUGUAUUUUAUUGGUUUUUAUGUGUUUUAUAAGUGAUAAUUUAUAAGAAAUGCAGAAUUAUGUUAGUAGUGCAGCAGCUCUCCACGUGUAAAAAAAAAUUAAAAAUCAUAACACAUCGUGAUAAUAAUAUAUUUAUUAUUAUUUAAUAUUUUAAUAUGUAUAUAUGCAAUGUUCUACUAUAUCGUGAUCAUUAAUCAUAAAAAAAAAAACAGAUGUUCGUUAAAAUAAAUAUACAAUUUUAAUUGUGAUGUAAUAUUAGUGAUUUAUUUUUGACGAAGAAGGCCUCGCAUAUUAUAAUAUACGAGAUAAAUCAUAAUCCAAUUAUAAAUUCUGUAUAGAACAGUUAAUAUAUCGUAUUGUAUUAUAAUAUUAUGAUUGUUAAACAUUUUUCAUUUAAAACGAUUUCAAUUUUUCGAAAUUUUAAUUUUUAACUAAGAUAACCGCGUGAUAUAUUAAACGUUAAACGUGAUUAUCUCGAUCAAUUUGAAUUUUGGUGUCGUGAAAAAUUGUAUACGAAAAUUAGCUAAAUAUUAUUAUUGCUAUUGCAUAAUUAUGCGAAUUCAAUUAGUUUUUGAACGGUCCAAAAACCGGAAGUAAUUUUCACGUAAUACCAGAAAUAUUAUACGCUCAAAUUGAUUAAAUAUUUGAACUAUGCAAAACGCGGACGUUAACCGUUUUUUUUAUUUUAUUAUUAUUAUUAUUAUUAUUAUCAUUUAUUUUAAUUGUUUAAUUAUUAAAUUACGUAAACCGCAUUUGAAAAACCCAGGUGUAACUAUACACAAUUCAAUAAUUAAUGUAAUGCGAUUUGUCGUGAUUUCAUUUUAUUAUUCUAUUUUUUUUUUGCCGUGUCACAUUGCCACUGCGAACAAUGGCUGCGUGUGUUGAAAUUGAUUGAAAGUUUUUUUUUUAUUAUUUAUUUUUAUUUCAGAAAUGUACUGUACAACAUCAGUCUGGACACCAUGAAGGAAAAUCACGUGAGUGAAUUCAUUUUCGUUACACAUUAUUAAUUCAUUAUUGUAUUAUAUUAUUAUUCUCGACGUAAAAUACUAGACACGAUUACUGUAUCAGGUAUUUUUUUAAUAUUAUUAUCAUUAUUCUGGUAUAAUCGAUAUUUUUUCAUAGAUUGGCUGGAGCUCUGCACGUUUUCCCGUCAAAACUCAAGUCCUUUAAUUCUCGAAUACUUUUCAUUAAGUUGUUUCUACAUGUCUUCGUCUUUAAGAAUUUUCGGUAUAAAACUUAAAUAUAAUAUACUCUCCUCGGUCUUCCCCCUUUAAUUUUACCUUUUGCGUAACCUUCAGUAAUUCACUUUAACUAUCACAUUGUAUUUAUGUGACUUAUUAUAUUAUUCCUUUUAUUUUUUUUUAUAUUUACACAAUUUGUUAAAUUUGUCUUUUUCUCUUAAUUCUUUUUAAAACUUUUUCAUUUGUUAUACUCGAUUAUACCGUGAAAUCAGAAGCAUAGUAUAAUGGCAUAGUGUAGUGACACUUGUGCAUUUUAAAUGUUUCCUAGUGAUGUUGAUUUCAACGCUGUUGACGGUUAACAAAUGCCAUUUUUAUUUGACGAAACCUCUUUAACUCGUGCAUUCCUUCUUAUCGUGUUUAAAUUGCAGAUAUCCUCUAUUAUUUUAUCUUAUACUAAGGUAUAGCAAUAGUUUUGUACUUGUUCAAUAGUGGUGUCGUAUUUUAUUGGAAUCAUUGUACAUAGAACAGACGUUUUAAAGAAUCAAAUAAACAUAUGUUUGGAAAAAAAUUGUUAUCGGAAUAUUAUGUAGCGGUAUUUUAUUUAAUGGAAAUAUAUUAGAUAGAAAGACUUUUAUUGGAACUCUCAUAUUUUUGCGGUACUGAUAUUUUGUUAGAAUUUUAAAAUUCCGCAAAAUCUCGGUUCUAAGCAAUUUCUGUUCAGCACCGUGUAAUUCCAUUCAUUGCGUCUUCAAAACCGUAUUAUUCCAUAAAUUGUCCGUUCCAAUGAAUAUACUUGUAUGUCAAAGAUUUAUUAUAAUUUUCCAGUGUAAUCAUAAAAAAAUUAAUAAUUCCGUAAAAUGUAUGUUUCUGUUCAAUAGUCCGUUCAAUAUUAGGUUUUCUAGCAGUUAGUAUACUUAUAUUAUGUUUUUAGUUUUAUCUAAUUUACUAUACACGCUAUUACUUUCGUUGUUUCGUAUUGUGUUUAAUAUCAUUUCAUAAUUUUAUAAAAUUUCUUCCAUUCAUUAUUAUUUUUUUAUCGUUUUUAAAUAAUUUUUAGUGCAUAACGCUAAACCGUCCGCUAUACUAUAAUAAUAUUCUUUUACUCUCUAAAAAUAAUGCCUAGAGAUUAAUUUACAUCGAAUCGACGGUGUUGUAGCUGCAUCGAUAAUUUAGCCUGCAAGUCGGACGCAUUUCAGUAUAUUAGAUAUUGUUUUUCCGGUUCGUCGCUUCGAUAUUAUAGUUCUUUGCACUCGUUGGUGAUUUCCAAAAUGGUAUUAUCGCUAUUAUUAUGAUAUAAACUAUUACGCGGUUAAAACGAUAUUUUUCCGAAAGUUGUCUCUUCAUGUGGUGUUUUACGAAACCGGUGUAGAAAUUCGUUUUUAUUUUUUUUAUUUCCACAAACAAUACCCAGUGAAUUUGGUUAUACUUUUAUAAUAUUCAGUUGUCUCGGAAUGGUUGUUAUCGUAAUAAUAAUAAUAUUAUUGUUGUGACCCGCCGGAAACAUCGUUUUACAAACUACAUACCUACUAUAAUAUAGUAUAUGUACGUUUAUAUACCGUCACCGCAUCACACAAACAGAAUAUUAAUAUUAUAAUAUAAUAUAUAUGUACACACACAUAUAAAUUCGAAUAAAAUGUAUAUUAUAAUGUAAAUAAAUGGAUGGACGGAUCACGUUACCGACAAAAAAAAAAAAUGCCAUAACCGUAGUACGGGGCGUUUAUUAUUGUGUACAAUCAUAUAGCCGUUAAGAUGAUUUAAAAAAAAAAAAAUAUAAUAAUAAUAAAAUAACCAUUUGUGUCUAAUACUAUUCGAAUUUACGAACGUCUAUAAUAAUGCAUGUAUAAUAUUACAAUAUUAUAAGCGUUUACUAAUAUAUAAUAUAAAAAAAGGAUCGCACAUUUUUUUUUUUUAAGUAUUAAGAAAUAACAUGUUUGUUCUGUAAAUUGAAUAUAUAAUUUUUAACUAUUAUGGUAUAUUAUAAAAUAUUUCUGCGAUGACGACGAAUAUAUAAUGAUGGUAUAUAUAUAUAUACGCUUGCCAAUAAUAUUAUUUUACCAUGGGUCGUAGAUAUUAUUAUUAUAUUAUAGAGAGUGGGUUACGUACAAAAUUAAUUAUUUUAAUAUUCGUGUAUUGUAUAAUCAAAAGGUGACGGGGAUAUUUAUAAUAUAAUAUAAUCACGCUUCUUUAUUCGAUUUUUAUUUAUGCGACGUUUACACAAGAAGAAGACUCGCUUUCUGCGGCGAUGUUCAGUAACAUUCAUCAAUAUUAUAAUAGUAUUAAAAUAUUCGUGUCCGUGAAGUUGGCCGUUGUGGACUUUGUUCGAUCGAUUCGAAAAGUAUGCCAAUAUUUUGCUAAUCGAUUUUUUUUUGGCGAGUUUUUGAAGAAUUUCCCCAGCCCUUCCCCGAAUUUGUCCGAAUUUCCCUAAUUUGUUUAUAUUUGUAUUUCAUUUCCUUUGUCUCCUUGUUUUCACGUUCAAUUAAUGAUUAAAUACAAAUAUCAAAACUUGACACAAGUUCCGAGUGCAGUGUGCCAAGCGAUUUGGAAUAUUUUGAAAAUCGAUUCGUCAUAUUUGUCAAAGAAGACAUUUAAAUAUUGGGGAAAAUAUGCAUAUGGGAUAUUGCCCUAUUAGAUGCUACAUAUGGUAUUUCAUAGGUAAAGCAAAAUUAAUUUCAUUGUUCAUAAAAAUCGAUUUGUAUCGUUUUAAUAUUUUUAAAUUCAUUAGAAAACUUACCGUGACUUGUAUUUUUUCUAGUCAAUCAAGAUAAUGAGUGAGUUUAGGUCUAUAAUAAAUUCGUAUAUUUCUCUAAACACACUAAAUGCAUAUAUUUCCUUAUUAUGAAUGAAAAUUAAACGUAGGAACAGGGAGACAAAGAUAAUAAAAUAAAAAUCAAAAAUAAGAGGGAAUUUUUUUUCAACAUUUCCAACCGAAUUACGACUAUCUAACUCUAUUUCCUAUUUAAAUAAAACCCUUAUAUAUAUGUAUAUAAAAAUAAAAAAAUAAUUUAUUUAUCACGAUAAAUCAUAUAUUUAUUAUAACCUCGUAAUGAUUUUAUGACUUUAAAAUGCUCAAAUUUGCGUUUAUUAUGAGAUUGUACAAAUAAAUCUAACUCGUUGGUUGGUUUUACAUUGGCCGAAACAAAAGUUUUUGGGAGAAAAAUAUGUAUUAUUCCUCCUGUUUGUUCUGUAUUGUAAAAUUUUGAAUAAAUGCAAGUUUCUAGUGUUAAGAUUAUACUAUUAUUAUUUCCUAUGACGUACCUACAUUUAUUAUGACGAGCCACGAAUGUUGUGCUAUUUGUACAAAAACUGAAAAUUCAAUAUCAAUAAUAUAUCAUUUUUAUCCUCUCUAUCUCCCCCCCUCUUAUCCUUUGUUUUACGAUGGUAUAAAUCAUUAAGUAUCUAUAUUUUAUUAUUUAUGAAUUCACGAACAAUCAAUUAAAACCGGUUUUUAAUUUUUAUUUAUCGACCGAAAACGAAAUUAGAAAAAUAUUUUACAGCAACAAAUGUUGCAAUAUUAAUAUCGAGACUACGGGGUAAUAGCUGGAUUAUUCGAUUGGGUUUUUUUGAGCUUAUAAGAUAAGUAGUUGAUACAUAUAUUAUCAUAUAGUAUACGAGAUAAAAUUUAUAUAUUAUUUUUUCCGUUUAAAAAAAACCCCCUCCCCCUUUUUUCUGUUCCUCUGAAAAAUGAACUAUAAUAUAUUAUAACAUUUUAUUACAUCUACAAUUUUAAUAAUAAUCCAUUUCAAACAAUAACUUAAAAUAUUCCGUCAACUAAUUUAUUUAUUUUAGCGAUAAACAUAAUAAACAAUAAAACUGUGGUUCUAUAUUUUUAUUUAAAGAAGAAAAGAUAAAAUACGGAAAACAUAAUAUGCAUAUUAUGUUAAACGUGCUAUACGUUUUUUGUUGAAUAAAAACCGUUUUGAAUUACCGUACAAACCGUUUAAUGUUUAUUAUCGUAUAAUAAAUGUAUAAUGUAUAAUACAAUAAACAACCAUCGAGUUUUGUUUUAAAAAUAAAAUAUUAUUUAUUUACACAUUCUUUGGCCAGCUAUAAUAGGUGAGUAUUUGAUAUAUGAGGAGCUAACAAAAUUAAAUAUAUCAUUACUUAGUUCUUUCUCAAAUCAUUAGGAAACUAAAUUAUUUUUAAUCUGAAAACCGGCUCCGGAACCCUACUAUUUUAAAUCAAUAUUAAUCGAGUAAUAUCGCGUUUUUUCUCAUAUUUAGAUGAUUAAAAAUAAAUAACAAAUAAAAACAAAUUUCGACAAAGAGUUUAACUUUCAACCCUUUAUUAUGAUUUUUCUUCUUUACCUUUAUCCCAACUAUUUGGGUUUGGUCACUUUCGUCUUAAACUUCUACUUGAUUCGAUCCCCUACAUCGUCCUCGCGUACACUUGCCAUCCUCAUAUCAUCCUCAAUCGCAUUUAAACACCACGUUUUUGGUUUUCCUUUCCCUUUCUUUUCUCCUAUGUCUAUUUUCAUUAUAAAUCUUACUACUUUUGAUUCGUUUCUUCUCGUGACAUGCCCAAACUAGCUCAGUCUAUUUUAUCUCAUUUUAUCCACUAUCGAAGCUACACCUAAGCUAUUUCUUAUGUAUUUACUCCUCAUCUUAUCUUCUUUCGUUAUUCCACUCAUCCAUCUAAGUAUUGUUAUCUCUGCUAAACUUUGUUCUAGUUUUGGUCUAUCAUCACCUAACGCUCCGCACCAUACAGUAUUAUAUAGCUGGUUUAACCACACUCUUGUAGAACUUACAUUGUCUCACACUUCCGUAGAACCUUCUGUGGUAACUAUAAUAUAAUAAUUUAUAAUAGUUAUAAUAACUAUAACAUAUUCGUAUGUCGGACAAUGGACGUCAUGUUUAUAGUAUAUAUAUAUUUUAAAUUGCAUACUCCCAAAUACAAAAUCGAAUCCAAUGAAAAGGAAUUCAGAGUACAAAAAUUAAGUUUUUACUACGUUUACUGGCUAAAAAAUCAACACUCGUUUUAAAAGUAGUUGUUUAGUUUGGUCAUAAAUCUAUAAAUGUUAACUUUAUUGGUAAUAACUAAAGGUAUAUUUAAUUUAUUGAUUUAUCAAAAACAAAAUGAUAGGAAAUGUCCCCCUUAACUAUUCAAGUUUACCACGUACUUAAAUAAUUAAUUUUAAAGUUUGUAUAGCUAUAAUAAUAAUGUAAAUACCUUUUUUUUGUGAUUCUAUACCAUUAUACCUAUUAUCCAUUGAAAAAUGUGUUAAAAAUAAAUAAUAAACAAUUGCAUGUUUUUACUUUUCUUACGAAAAACAUGUAGCAGGUUUUUCUCUUAUUAGUUUUAAUACCGUUAAUGGCUAGGUAUGAUUAUCACAAUAUAUGUAUAAAGUCACUGGGUUAUCGGAAAAAAAAAAAAAAAAAAAAAAAAAAAAAAAACCAAAAACUAAUUUUAAUAAUAAUCGUUCCAAUCUUUCGUCGUGUUCGAACACACAUCAUUUUUUUCUUACUGUUAUUAUGGUUUAAAAAUUCAUAAUUAAUAAAUACCUGAGCAUGAUGUAAGUCUAUUCAAUAACAAUGGAAAGAAUUGCACGGAUAUUAACGAAUGUGUAGGGCACGUGUGGGCCUUUCUUUUGUUCGCAGAUUCGCUCGCGUUUUGAUUAUAUUUCGCAAAAACUCUAGAACAAUAUAAAUAAAAUAAUUAUUAUUAUUUUCUAAGCGAUUUAUAUUAUAUUAAAUUACGUUUCGCAAAGAAACCUGACAUUGUGUAGCUAAUUAAUUUAUGUAGCCCGACGAAGAAAGACCAAUACGCUGUCGAGGAAGAAAAAAAGAAAGACGGUGACGAAGGGGAGGACUGCACUUCAACUAUACUUGUUUAUUUACAAUCUCCUUGUUAAAUAUCAAUUACUCAAGGUUAUAAUAUUUUUUUAUAUUAGGUGGUGUUGUAUCCGCCGGAGGAUAUAACAUAUAAUGUAUUAUUAUUGAGGUUUUUUGUUUACGUUAAAUAUAAAAUUGCAGGUUUAAUUAUAUUAUAAUAAAUACUUACCGUAUACGUCAAUAAUAGCUCGCGUAUUAUUGAUAAAAUCCAUAAAAAAACAUUUUUUGUUCUAUGGUCUUCGUACUUAAGUAAAAUUUCGGUUAUGAACUGUUAAAAAAGGAAUACAUUUUUUUUUUUUACAGGUAAAUUUCUCUUAGUACAGUAGAUAUAAUUAAUUGAAUUAUUCCGUUGAAAUGCAAGUGCACUAUAGCUAUUGUAUUGUAUAGCUAUACAAUACAAUUUAUAUUAUAGUGUUUAUCCGAACGAUUUUCAUAGUCGACAAAACUCGCUUCUGUGUCGUGUGACGGAUCCGAGUUAUAUAUUAUUCUAAUUCUAAUAUAUUGAAGACGGUAAAUUUAUGAAAACUAGAGUCCGUGUACACGCGGAUGAAAAAUCACGUACUCAUGUGUAUAUACCUUAAUACACGUGAAUUUAUUAUCCGUUUUCGCGUGUUUUAGUGUUAUUCUCGUGAAACACGAUUCAUUAAGUACACGUGAAAUAGAGCGCUCUAAUAAUAAAAAUUAUAACAAUAAUAAUAAUAGUAAUAAUAGUGAUAGAUAUACCGUGGGCCGUGGGCCGUGCUGUCGUGGUCGGUAUACGUGGUAUACUGAAGUAUUUUGAAUGACAAGAAAUUUUAUGAUUGAUGGUCUCUGUAGUUGUGGAACAGUAAAUGACGAUUUAAAUGUGUCUCCUGCGUAGAUAAUGUGCCGCGCGUGUAUACGUCGAAUGUCUCGUAUACUACGUUUUUCGGGGACAAGUCGCUUUCUAAUUAGAAUUUAAAUUGCACAAUACUAUAAUAAUAAUAAUAAUAAUUGUCCGGUCAAAGCAUUUCCGCGCGCGACCUUCUUCAUUGCGUCGGCGGUAUAGCAUAAUACACAGACUUAGGCGAGUACCAAGAAAAAAAAAAUCGAUGUGCAUUUUACUUAAGAGUAUGUUUUAUUAUUUUGAAAUAGGGUAAACGCAUUAUUAUAUGGAUAUAAUACAAUUAAUAAAUUUAAUAAAUAAUGGGUAUUAGGGCCGCAAAAGGGUUGAAAAAUUACCGAUGAAGGUAAUUUGAUCGGAUUUAGCUUUACAAUGAUUUUUUUCUGUCCUUUUGUAAACACAUUUUCUACCAGAAAUCUUGCUCCUAUCAUAAACUGUAGCAUCCUUUAUGUACGAAAAUUUCGUCUAGUGAAUCAUUAGGAGGUGAUUUUGAUUUUCCAUGUAAUUUGUUUUUAUUCAAUAAUCGGGAAAACGAGAAAAUAUAUUAACGUCUAUUUAUCGUCGUAUCCGUCCAUCAAUAUCGUAAUAUUUUAAUUCGACAGAUAUUCGCGAUGUACACCUCUGAAUCGUUAGCGUUACAGAAAAUCGGACAAUAUGAUACAUUCAUACGUUUAUUAAUAUCAUUUGAACGGUCGGAUUGAAAUUAUUUUUUUAUAUUCGUGCGAAUGUUAUGCAUUUACUUUAAUAUAAUGUGUAAGACGUAGGUAUAUCAAAUGUGAUGUUGAAUGUUUGUUUUUUAAAUCGUUUUUGAUUAUAUUAUACAGGCCGACUCAAAAAUACUAAUCGUGUGACGUUUGUAUAGGAUAUUUGGUGUAAUCCAACGAGUUUACCCAAUCCAUUUAAAUUAAUUGAUAUCGUCGGACAGAAAAAAAAAAAAAGUGUUAACGUUUUCCCUCGUCGCUUAAUCCUAAAGACGGCCUGAACUAUACAUAAUAAUAUAGUAUAUUGUGUUCGCGCAAUAUGUUUUCGUUCAAUUAUUAUAUUAUUUUUAACCCUAUCGCACACCGUGAAGGGGGAAAAAGGGUGAGUGGCGCGCGACCACAUUGAAAUCGUCGUUCGACGGACUUGGGCUUUAUUUUUAAUAAUAAUACGCGCUACCCUAUUUUUAUUUUUGUAAUUUUUUUAUUUUCUGUCCCUUAUACCGGGAAUAUUAUACCGACGAAAAUAAAUAAUCGACUGAGAGCGCUCGUCUUGAUGUAAAACGGGAGCUCGAACUAUGACGUCCAUUGGUCGGUUGAAUACGUUUUUAACUAUAUUGUUUUAAGAAGUCGUCACAGUGGCAUUUGACACGUUUGUCUUUCUAAGAGACGAUAUUUUAAUAUAAUAGUAAACAUCCGUUUACCUAAAACAAACGAAAAGGACCUUAAACAUUUUAGGUAUGUAAUACAAUUUUUUAAAUAAUAGGUAUAAGGAUGAUUUGAUUUAAUUAAAACAAAAUUGUUGCAUUUACAUGACGUGUUAGAUCUUAAUUACAGAUAAAACACUUAUUACUCUUAGACGACGACAUUUUAAGACAAAUUCAUCGGUAUUUUUUGAAGUAUGUAUUUAUUAUUAAAAACAAUUUUUUUAAAUACUAUGAGUUAUUAAGUUAAAUAUUUAGAAAAUUAGAAAAUUCAUAUUUUAUUUCUAAAAUCGAUUUUAAAGACCUUUUCGUUGUUUUAAGUGAACACGUAUUUGCGCUUUAUUGCCCGUUAGAAAGACAGAGACGGCAGAUGCCACUGAGGCAGCUUCUGUUACGCGCGAGGCUCUGGAAAAUCAUAUAUACACUGUCGCAACUGUCACUUUGUAUAUAAUAUUAGUUUUCUGUCGUAGUUAUUAUUCGCGACUAUUAGCCACAUUUAUUUUUUCCAUGGGUUGUGCAUUGUAUGUGUGUUUUUUUUUUAUUUAUUUAAUUUUUUUUUAGUGCAUACUAUUACACUCACGCGGAAUCGAGUUUCCGGUUUUACUAUCAUACACGAUGCCCAAAUGGAAAACCUGUGUUGGGUUUCUCGACCGCUAUUUUAAUUAAUUAGUCAGUUAAUAGCACUGCACUUGUAAUUUAUUAUAUCUAUUGUUAUUGUGUGUAUAAAUACUAAAAGUCUGCUGUUGCAGCGGGUCGUUAUUUGACCGAUGGUCAUUAACAACUCGAUGUAUUUUCCCGCUAGAUUACAAAAAAAAAAACCACGUACAAAUCAACGGUGUAUUAAACAGGCGUUCUUCGUAAAUAGUACUUACAUAAUUUAUUUUGAUUCUGAUAGUGUAGAGCGAAGACGCUAUAUUAUACUAUAGUUUUAAUAUGUGUGUUUUUCUAUAUUAUAUAUAAAAAGAUGUGUAUUUUUUGCUCCUUGGUACUUUAUUUGAAACUUUUUUUGACAUUUCCGACAAUUUAUCCAAAUAGUUAAAAAAUAAAUUGACAAUCUAUAACGAUGUAUCGGUUUUAUUGUUUUGAUUUCUAGAUUAUUUUAUUGGAUACAAUGGAAAAGCCAAAAAUUAGAACCAGAAUCAUUAUUCAAUUAUUAUGAUUCAAAUUAUGUCCGUUUUUUUCAAAAUUAUUUCCUGUUCUCGUUAAACCUAGUAGAAUUGCUUUUCACCGUUAUAAAAUAUUUUUCACGAAUAAGGCAACCAAAGUUUCCAAAUUCAUUUUUUUACCAUUUGCAGUCAGUGCUUAUAUUUUUUAAAACAUUCCAAUUUCAAAGGGGGAUGCUUUUGAAUCUACCCCUCCUAUAAUUCUUGUUGGAAUUCUUAUUAUUACGGAAAACAUUCACAUUUUGGUGGUUUUACUUUAUAUGGAAAAAUUAAUAUAUCUAAUAUAUAAUUAACAUUUAUAAUUGUACGCGUAUAAAGUUUUUGGAACUACAACUUUAUAUAAGUAUUUAUUAGUAUAUGCUACGACGAAAACUUCAACUUCAAAGAGUUUUAUCAAUCGCCCGCCUAGAUAACGGCAGUUGUCAUUUGAUGGUGCCCGAAUAUUUGAACUUGGAUCACUUUUGCCAAUUAUACUGCAGUAGAUUUGAAAUCUGCACGUGGACAAAAUUAAUUUUGUCAUCCGAUAAUAGGAUAGCGAAUGUGAUUUUAAUUUUUUUUUUCUUUGAUUUCCUGUAAAAAGUUAUAAAAACGGACUAGAUCCUUCUAUUUCUCGGGUACAUAACUAUAUUAAAGGUGAUCAUUAAAUAUUAACGUCUUUACCGCCACUAGCUGUUUAUACAGUUUAAUUGGAAAAUUUCAUUUACACCAUAGAUUAUUUAAAACGUAAUUAUUUUUAACAAAAUACAUUUCCGCGUUAUUAUAAUAUUGUCUGUUGUUGGGAACGUUCUAGUUUACACGAAUCGUAGAAGUUACGGCUAUGUAUAUAUAAUAAUAGCUAUUGUCUGAUAUAAAUACAUCGGGGAAAAAAAUGUCGAAUUAAUCACUCGAGGGGUUGUUAAUAAAAACAAAUAUCUAUAAUUUUUCUUUUUUUCAGAGAUAUUAUUGGAAUUCUUCGGAAGCCAAUUACGAAAUGUGUCAGCUGAAAGGCAAAUCUGAGGUAAUUUUUUCGUGAUAAUAAUAUGAUUAUUUCUGUUCGCGGUCGACGUUAUUUUCACACCAUUCGAUUAUCUCUCGUUUCAGGACGAUUGCCAAAAUUACAUAAGAGUCGCGUUCAAAAUGAACAACGAAGAAAUGUUCGUAUGCGGCACGAACGCUUUUCAUCCGAUGUGCAAAAUGUUCAAUCUGACAGUAAGUCAUCGUUUUUAUGUAAUACAGUUGUUAUUUUUUGAGAAUGAUGACUGCCAUCUUGGGUUUUAUUUUUUCGCAGGACGGUACCAAAGGCGUCGAGGAAGUGGACGGCCGAGGUAGGUGUCCCUAUGAUCCGUUGCACAACAGCACUUCGAUUUUCGCCAGUGGCCAACUUUACUCGGGGACCGUGGCCGACUUUUCCGGCAGCGAUCCGCUCAUAUAUAAAGAGCCCAUGCGAACCGAACGGCUGGACUUUAAACAAUUGAACGGUAUGCAAUAUUCUGGCGAUAACUUGCUAUGGCACUAUAGUGAAAGGUUCGAUAAUUUUCGGUGUGAUUUUUUUUUUUGUAUAGACCCGAAUUUCGUGAGUUCACUGGAGUAUAAGGAUUACAUAUUUUUCUUCUUUAGAGAAAUCGCCGUCGAAUACAUAAACUGCGGAAAAGUGAGUAUUUAUGAUAUUACUGUACCGCCACUAUAAUAUGGGCACUGUAAAAACUAUUUUCAGUGAUACCAAACUAAUAAUAAUGAAUAUUAAAUGAUCUUUAUUGUUUUGUUUUCCCCGCAGGCGAUUUAUUCCCGAGUGGCUCGAGUUUGUAAAGACGAUAAAGGAGGUCCGCAUUCCUAUAGAGAUCGAUGGACAUCGUUUUUGAAAGCUCGACUCAAUUGUUCUAUACCUGGCGAAUAUCCGUUUUAUUUUGACGAGAUCCGUAAGUAUCCUAAAACUGCAGCUAAUAGAAUAAUAACUAUGAUGGUGAUGGUUUUUUUUAUUAUUAUGAUACGUUCACAUAUAUUAUGUGAACAAUUUUCAUAAUAUUAAUGUUGUAUUUUGCGCAGAGGGCACCAGUGACAUAUUGAGUACCGCUCUGACCGGUAUCGAUGAUCAUAUAGUGUACGGUGUGUUCAACACGCCUGUUAACGCCAUCAGUGGUUCGGCUGUGUGCAUGUUCAAUAUGAGUGACGUUAUUAAUACUUUCAUGGGUUCGUUUAAAGACCAGGAGGCAAUGGACUCCAAUUGGUUGCCCGUGAAAAAGGUAAUGUGUUCGUAACGAUUCGUAAUGGAUUCGUAACAAUAAUACUUUCCUAAUCUACAGAUUCCCGAACCGCGUCCUGGUAUAUGCAUGGACGACAGUAGGACGUUGCCGGAUAUAACCGUGAAUUUCGUAAAGAGUCAUUCGUUGAUGGACGGGGCUGUGCCAUCGCUUUUCUCCAAACCGAUCUUUACUCGGAUAUCACUACAGUCCAGAUUGACCAGCAUUGCUGUGGACAAUCAGAUUUCAGGUCUGGGUGGACAACACUACGAUAUCCUGUUCUUGGGCACUGGUAUGAUUUCCUAUACAAUAACCAUAAUACUGUUGCAUACUUAAAUACUAUUUGCAAUGUGAUUUUAUUUAUGUAACAUAUCAUUUUUCUGCAGAUGAUGGACGGCUGGUUAAAGGCUCUUUACACUCGAACAAUGGAACGCCUGAGUUCAUCAAUAUCGAAGAAGUGAACCUUACUACAAAUAAUACAAAAUCGUUGCCUGUCCGGACGUUGAACAUAAUCAAAUCCGUUGAUGGAAAACCGGGCAGGAUAGUGGCCACGUUUGAUCAACAUAUCAUAUCCGUGCCGCUGGAUCGCUGCUAUCUGAAAAAAAAUUGCCAGUAAGAACCGUAGUGUGAUCACAGUGUAAUAUAUUAUAAAAAUUAAUAUAUACAUUCAAUUUGUUACAAAUAUCUGUUAAUAAUCUAUUAAGAAAUAGUGGUUAAAAUUAUGAUAAAACAAUAAAAAAAAAAAUAAAGAAGAAAAUAUUAUAAAUAUUGUUUAAUCACAAUCUAGUGUCAUUGAUAAAUGAAAUACUGCUGAGACGAUUAGAGGUAGUUGUAAAGAAAGAAUUGAUUGUGCAUUAAAUGAGAAAUUAUAGGGGUUUACUAAGGCAGAGAAAGCAUAACAUUGAUGUAUAAGAGAAGGACAAUGACAAAGAUUAUGAGAAAUAUCGCAGAUCGAUUCGGAGGUGUAGAGAGUACAAAGAAGAAAUUCAUUAAGGAAAAGCUUAUAGGAAUAGGAUGGGGUAGGGUAUAGUCUAGUCUAAGGUAAAAGAGAAAGUAAAUAGUUUUCAAACUAAGAUUUAAAUUAUAAAACCUAGAUUUAGAUAGUAUAGUAAAAGGAAUAUUCCUAUACCAGGUAGUAAAAUUUGACCAUUGAUUAAAUCAUAUUAGGUAGUGUAAGAGGAAACAGCUGGAGGAAGAUUGCUGGACAUACAAAUUUUUAGGUCAAAAAUUUUAAAAGAUUAACCAUCUGAAAGAAAGGAAACAGAUCCGUCAGUGAAAAUUAAGAGAAAAUUACGAUAAAAAAAAGGAAGGUAGUAUGAAUAUAUUCAAGAAAAGAUUAUUAACAAUAACAAAAGAAGUAAUUUUAAAUUUUUUGGUAGGUUUAAAUGAGAUUUAUAAAUGUGAACAGUAUGGAGGGUUGAAAGGGGAUGUGUAAAAUAUUGGAAAAUAUAUUGCAGAACUUUAUUUUUUCAGAAAAAUAUUUUGUAGGAACCGUACUUUGUUGGAAAUGUACUUUGGCAGAAAGUAUUUUUCCGGAAAAUAAUUUUUACCCAACGACGAUAACAUGCAGUCACAGAGUGCUUAUGAUAAAAUUAUAUUGACCAGUUCUGAUAAAAUAUUUUCCAACAAAUUAUAGCCUUCCGAAUGAAAAAACAAGGUUGUAUAAUAAAAGAUUUCAGGAUUUGAAAAUACAGCUGCUGUUAGCGGAUAACAAGUUGAUUAAAGCUAGAAUCAGGAGAGAUUUUCAAAAAUGUAAAAAUGUCAGAAAUGUAGUGCCACAAAUAAUAAACAUCAAGAAAGCAUAUUAUAAAUAUUAAGGUGUUGAAAGAAAAGAUUUUUUGUUAAAAAAUAAACCUACUGGCUAACCAUUGGCAUCUAAUUUCAUACAGUUUUAAUUUAAAUUACAGAAUUGGGGGCAGUUCUUAACGUACUAAUAGUUGAUCUGGGGCAAAAAGUUUGGAAAUUGUAGUCUUUUUAAGUAUAAAUGUGAAGUAGACCCUGAUAAAAACUAAUCACUGUUGACUUUGGUGCAGUUGGUGAUUUAUGUAUAGUCAAUAUAUAUUUAUAUAUAUGGACAUUUAUGACCUUCAGCUUGUAGCUGUUUAUUUAGCUAAAAAUUUAUAUUAAUGACAAUAUUUUUUAAUAAAAUUCCAUAUAUAUUCAACAGAGAAUGUGUUGACCUGCAAGAUCCGUAUUGCGCAUGGAAUGGGACGGAAUGUAUAAACCAUUUGGAAAUAAAGAGUUCUUUCAAGGAGCAUUUUGUUCAGUUUCAAAACAAUGUUUGCCCUAAAGGUUAAAUUUUGAAAUAGCAAAUUAAUCUACAGGUUUUAAAUUAUUUGAAUAUCUUAUAUUUAAUAUGUGAUUUUUUUUUUAUUAUUAUUAUUUAGCAGUGAAAUUUGAUGACAAAAUUAAGGAUACCAUGUUGUCUGAAGGUGAGUGUUAUUAAUAUAUUCUGUUAAAAUGUAGUUUAAUUUUUACAAUUUUCGUUUUUUUUCCCCUUUAUGCAGAUAACAACAUUGAUUCAAAUUUAGCAAGAUGCCCUUCUUGUACACCAUGUUACACGGAGAAUGUUAUCAACAGCGAAAGUAUGUAUUCAUGUACCCUUUUAUUCAUUUAUUAUUAUAUAGUGUAUAAUAUAAAUCAGUUUUGAUAUUGUUAAAAUUUGUUUAGAUGUCAGGGAAAAGAUUUCCGAAAUGCCUGUUAUUUCGCUGGGCGAUGUGAUAGGCUUGCUGAUGAUGAUGUGUGUGCUGGCUACGCUACUUAUUGGAUUUGCGGCUGGUUUUGUAUGCUCGCGGUACUUUCGGCAUGCCUCGGAUCCGUUUUCAUCAAUGGCUGUUCAUGCCCAUCAUCAACUUAACAGACUGGCCGAUAUGAAUGGUGGUGCCGAAAUCGGUACAGCUCCUUUUUUGCCAUGUCCUAACAACAAGGCACCUCUUAACCUGUUGGUGAAUGUGACUAAGUGCAAAAACGAUACACUCGAAAAAAACUUGGACUCAUCAGUCGAAAACAAGACCUUGCAAAAGGUUAAGAAAACUUACAUAUAAAAACAUUAAAAGCUGGUUGAAGAUGGACAAUAACAGGGAUUAUUGGCUGUUUAUUCUAGGACUUAAUUUAGCCAAAAGAACUAUAGUGACUGAUUUGAAUGGCAUUUGUUUAGUAUGAAGUUCUUGUUGUUUUUUUCGUGCUUGUAUAUGUAUGUACGUGAUCAUGUUGUAUAAUAUGACUGGAUUGGCGAGGCGGCAAAAAAGAUCUCAAACUUAAAUCAAAAUGAGUUAAGUAAGAAUCUACAAUAUUAUACGAUGACAAUUUGCAUCAGCAAAUUUAAAAAAAAAAAAACCAAUGACCGUACAUACCGUUAACAAAUGAUGUUAUCAACACUCGUCAUAAAAAAAAAAUAACACAUUUCGUACUGAGUUUAUUAUUGACAUUCAUUAUUAUUAUUAAAAUAUAUAUGUACGGACAUUAUAGAAGUUAUGGUUUGACACAUAUUAUUUGUGUUGAGGGUUGUUGUUAAAAACUAAAUACAUUUAUUACAUAAUAUUAUUUAUCAGUGUUAUGUUGCAAUAAUAUGUUAUCAUUAUUAUUAUUAUUAUUAUUAUUAUUAUUAUUAUUAUUAAUAUUAUUAUUAUUAUUAUUAUUGAGCGACUCAAACAAAUUCGGUAUGAUAAAAAAAAAGUUUACUGGUUAAACACAGAGCAGAAAACUGCAGUUUUUCAACAAAUUUUCAANUUUUUUUAAAACUAUAUUGUGUACUAUAUUAUAAAUAACUCAAUUGUAAAUGAUAUUGAUUGUAUAGUAUGUUUACUUUAAUUUAUAUCUAUAAUAUUAUCAUUAUUUUUAUUAUUAAUUAAACAUUAUUAUUAUAUUAGGUAUUAUCUUAUGUAUAAAUUAUUUUUGUCAACUUCACAAAAAAAAGUUGAAUAUAUUCACCGAACUGAGAGAGUGUGACUAUGAAGAAAGUAUUAUUCUUUUAAAUAGGCUGAUACUCGUGGUGUAAAUCAGAAAUGAACUAAUUAUGUUCAUUAUCGAUACAGUAUUAUUAUUUAGUUACGUACCUAUCUACACUUCAACAAUAUAUUGGUAAUUAAUUUCUUAAGUGCAUUAUACACCUGAUUGCACAACAUUUUUGAUCUCUAAACAUAAAUAUUUUAUAAAAUCUAAGUGCCUUUUGAAAUCAAUUGUGUUUAUCUCGAAUAGAAUAGUAUUAAUGUUUAUUUUUAAACGAAUGUUUAAGUAUUUUGUGUAUGAUAUAUUUUAUUAUUAAAUAUUAUUUUGAUAAUCAAAUUGUAUUGUGUAUAGGCGUUAAGCAAUAUUUUCUAUGUUUAGAAUAAUAAUAUUAUUGGUUACCACUGUUUAUAUUUACAUAAUAUAUAUUAAGAUAAAUAUAAUAAUUAUUAUAUAUGCAUAUUAUUAUGCAAACGAUUAAGAUAUUAUUUUUUAUUAUUGUCUAUUUUUUUAUAUUAAUUAUUAUUAUUAUGGUAAUAUUAUGCAUAAAAUGUUAUAUUUUUUUCUAUGGACCAGUGUAGUAUGCAUUCACGCAAUUUACGUACUAUUCUUGUUAAAAUAUAUAGUGCCUUAUUAAAAAUGUUUCAUUAUUUUUCCUGUUUUGGUUUUUACCUUGCAAUUCUAUAAUGAUUCAAUUGAAUAACUUUCAAAAUGUCAUAAUUUUCAAAUAAUUACAAAGUCAAAUAAAUUUAUUUUUAAAAAAACAUAUGAUAUUUUAUAUCUACGAUAGUUAAUUUAUAAAAAAAACACUUUAAAAUAUUAAUUUACUACAUGCUUAAGUAUCUGAUCAUUUUGAAGUCUACACAUUUUUAGCUACCUUAAAAUCAUAAAUGUAAUGUUUUAAAAACUAAAAGACAAAAUGCUCACUAAAUCUUAUUCAUUCGUAGAUUUUGACUGAAGUGAAGAAUAAAUUAAUUUUCAGUCAGUACAUUUAAUAGUUAACAUAUUUUUAACCAGGAUUUUAGUAUCACUGGUAGGGAAAGAGUCUUGCCAUCAGUUUAGUGGUAUCAAAAUACCCUGAUAUUAUUCCAUUACACUCUACCUUUUUAUCUAAAAAAUGGCACACUCUCUCUUUUGAAUGAGUAAAUGGAAUUUAAAAUUAUCAAACCCAAAAUGUAUUCAAU